GGGCGAGAGAGGCAGCGAGCGCGGCCGGCCAGGGAGGGAGAAGGAAGCGAAGCCUAGCUCCCCCGGGAAGCGUCCCGCAGCCCCGCCGGCUCGUCCUCAGCAUCCUCCCGCGGAAAGCGCGUCUCCUGCAGCCAUGUCUGUGGCAGGUUUGAAGAAGCAGUUCCACAAAGCCACUCAGGUGAGGGGGCCGGGGGGCGCACGCGGAGGAGGCCGAGGAGCCCCGGGCAAGGAGGGAGGCGCGCGGGGGCGGCGGAAAGCGCGGGUCUAACCCUCCGAGUUAGGAACCACUGGGCGCGCGCGGGAGGGAGCGAGGCGCCGGCGGAGGCCUCCAGGGGGCGCUGCGUUGGGGAGGGGGCGCUGGGCAAUCGGGAGGACCGGGGGCAGCUGGGAGGAGAGUCAGAGAGGGUGGGGGGCAGGGGGCGAAACUAGGCUUUAUUUCACCCAGGGCAAAGACCCAGUUUGGCACCCUUCCCAAAGCGCAUUUGCGUGCGCACACACACACGGGCUGGGAGCCUCUCUGGCGCCCCUCUGGAGGCUUAACCCGGGGCAAAAAAAGCGAGGAGGGGAGAGGGUGGGGUGGGGGAACACAUCCGAGAUCGACGAGGCUCGCUGCUUGGCCCUGGGCCAUUGCCAGGUCGUCCCAAUUAAGUGGUGUUUUUGCAAUAAAUAGCGCACCUGCUCUGUGUGACUGCAGCAGAAGCUGGAAAGGGUCCUGGCGGAGGGGCGCUUGGCCGGACCAGGUCUGGCCAAUGCAGGGGGCGCGAUGGGUACCGCAUUCUGCUUUCCAGGGAGACGGAGGAUCAGACACCCGGUUUUCCCCCUCUCCCCCCCCCCGCUUUAUUCCUCUGCCCGGCCUCGUUCCGUGCUGGGCGCCCACAACUGGCUCGCUGCAGACGCGGGAUCUUGCGCUUCUCUCUCCUCCCGCCCUCCAUCUCCGCGCUUCCCCCGCAUUGGAGCAGCUCAGCCGCUGCAGAGCCCGGCGAGGAUUUGUGGCUGCUUUUAUCCGCCGCGCUGCUACUGCUGCUGCUCCUGCAGCCUUUCUGGGACGCGGCUGGGAGGGGGGAAGGAGGGGGCACCGGGCGCGGGAGGCUGGCGGAGCUUGCAACGUGUAAGCGGCUGCUGGUGGAGGAGGAGGGCUGGCCAGUUGUACUAUUUCCAUACCCUUCCAGUGGACUAUCCGGCCGGGACUCGGAUUAUGUAAAAAUCCUCCUCCAGUGACCUUGCAGUGAUGUAGUUACUGAGCUUUGAUUCCCCCCCCCCCGCUGCUCCAUCACACGGUGUCCCUAACCGUGCGCGCGUCCCCUCCCCUCCCUCCGCGCCUUUCCCCGUCUCAUCAACGGAAAACCAUCCUUUCCUUCCAUCGGGUUUUCGACUUCAUGAAUGGAAGUAGAUCUAUAUUAAACUUUAGUCUUUAAAAUCCCAAUGAAUGAGGUGUUUGGGGGUUUUUCGUGUGGGGUAUUUUGACGCUCGAGUUGGAUAUUGCCAAACUGGUUUGUUUUGGUAUUUUGUUGGUUAAACCUGUUUGGUGGUAAAGAGCCUUGCCACCACAGCCACCCCUUCAUUAUAGGAGGGGAAGUUCCUUAAAAAUAUAAUCUAGUGUGUCCGUCUGUCAGGCCGCAGUGUUUUUUUCAGUUUAAUCUUGUGUUGUGACCAGUGGCAAUGCGCUUGUGUGAGUAACUGAUUUGGAGAGUGAAGUCUGAUGGUUUAAUGGCCUCAUGCUGUAUUUCUGUAACCAAGGAUUAGAUUCUGAUUCAGUUCAAUUCACGCUGGUGCAAACCUGGGACAGGAAGGGGAAUCGAAUCCCCAAUAUCUGUCGGGUCACAGAAAACCUUCUGUCUUCCUUUUUUGAAGGCCACGUGUUAUAUAAUGCCGCCUAUGAAGUCUCUUCAAGAUAACGUCAAGCUGUUUAAAAAUAUCACCCUAGUGAAUCUCCUCUGCAGAAUGCAGUGCAGCAUCAGACCUUUCGGACCAGCUCUAGCACAUUGUCUUAUCCUCUAGGAAAUGCCGACCUUCCAGAAUUAGUACUUCACGAUGGAGCAGUUCUACUGGCACAUGCCUUCAUUCUGAUUCCUCCAUCAUCAUUUACUUUAAAUUACUUUAAUGGCCAAAGUGAGCAAUGCAAAUACUUUAUUAGAGGGAAGCAACACUGUGUUGCAACCGUUCUUCAGUAAUUAUUAUUAUUAUUAUUAUUAUUUAUUAUUUAUACCCCGCCCAUUUGUCUGGGUUUCCCCAGCCACUCUGGGCGGCCUCCAACAGAAUAUUAAAAACACGAUCAGACAUUCCAACAUAAGAUUAAAAACACAUUAAAGCAUCAGUCAUUAAAAACUUCCCUAAGUAGGGCUGCCUUCAGAUGUCUUCUAAAAGCCAGAUAGUUGUUUAUUUCCUUGACAUCUGGUGGGAGGGCAUUCCACAGGGCGGGUGCCACCACCGAGAAGGCCCUCUGCCUGGUUCCCUGUAACCUCACUUCUCACAGGGAGGGAACCACCAGAAAGCUCUUGGAGCUGGACCUCAGUGUCCGGGCUAAGUAAUGAGGAUGGAGACGCUCCUUCAGGUAUACUGGACCGAGUAGCUUUGAUAUGAACAUGACAUGGCUUAUCAUCACCAUGUCAUGGGAUCAGUGGGCUUCAGAUGUUGCCUUCAUCGUCUCAAUAUUUUAGUUCCUUUCUGUCAGUCUUUGGUCCCAUCGAGAAUAUGGGAGAGCAGUAUAUAAAUGUUGGCACUCUUUUGCUAGUCAGGAACAUUUAGGGUUAGAGUAAAAUGAUCUGGAGAAGAUUAUCCUAUAACCAGCAAUAAGAAUUUUGAAUUUUGUUAGUAUUAACAGGAGUGGCAAAAGUCUUCAACUAAGCAGGCUUUAAAAACGAGAUAUAUUAGAAAGAUGGCCCAACGAUAUGAGGGCUUUCGUUCUAUAUGCACAACAGAAUAAGUCCCAUUGAAUUUGAUUAUUAAAUAGAUUUGGCAGACAAAGGAUGACACUUUAGCUGAUGUUGCAUUUUAAACGCUGGUUUUGAUCAAUAUUUUCAGCAUUCUGACUCCCCUUGUAAAAGGUGGCAAAAAAUCCUGUGAAUGGUUCAACACCCCCCCCCCCUUACUAUAUUCUUAUGGGGUUACACUUCUGAAACUUUCGUGCCGGUUAAAUAAAGUAGGUAGAAAUUAAAACUGCAUGUGUCAUAAUUUUAAGGCCUAUUUCUGAGCAAUAAACUGUGAAAUAUAGUUCUGAAGGCGAAUCACAUUUGAUAUAACUCCUUUUAAAAUUUCAGUUUUUAAUAUUGUGUUGUUGUUAUUUUAAAAAAGACUGAAUAAGCAGGUAAAGCUCAGUGCUGCAGAAAUCUCAAAAACCGCUGCUGAAAACUGAAUUAAACUUUCUGUUAUUAAUUGUAGUUUUCUCAGAGAUUUGCAUUUAAAUUAGUUUGGUCUCCAUGAAUUGUGUAUGGCUGGAGUUAAGGAAAUGAAUUCCGUGCCUCCUUGUCCUCUGCUCACCUUUUUAACCUAUUCUGCCUUCCAGUUAGCGUAAUACCUACAAUUACUUAACACCUGCAAAUCCCUUUUAGCCUCCUACUGCACACGGUAAAAAUAGGCUGUGCACUCUUUCACAUUCCAUGUGAAUUUUUAUUUUAUUUUAUUAAACCUCUUGAGUCCUUUUUCAACAUGGCACCUGUUUCUGGUUUAGCCUUGUGUGUACCUCUGCAAGUUGCUGCUCACUUAUUGCACUUUUAGGUGUACAUUUAAAGAUUGGAAUAGUAUAUUCAAAAAUGGAGUGUUUGAGAAAAGAAGUUGGGAGGGGAGGCAAGUGAGGAAUCGCAAGGAAGGCUGAUAAAUAAUUGGAAUCGCUUUCCCUCCCCAGUAGCAUUAGCACAAGAUAGUUCAGUUGGUUAGAGUGUGGUGCCGAUAAUGCCAAGGUUGCAGGUUCGAUCCCCGUAUGGGGCAGCUGCAUAUUCCUUCAUUGCAGGGGGUUGGAGUAGAUGUUCUUCCAUCUCUCUGCUUCUAAGUACAGUGGUACCUCGGGUUACAUACACUUCAGGUUACAUACACUUCAGGUUACAGACUCUGCUAACCCAGAAAUAGUGCUUCAGGUUAAGAACUUUGCUUCAGGAUGAGAACAGAAAUCAAGCUCUGGCGGCGCAGGAGGCCCCAUUAGCUAAAGUGGUGCUUCAGGUUAAGAACAGUUUCAGGUUAAGAAUGGACCUCCAGAAUGAAUUAAGUACUUAACCCGAGGUACCACUGUAUAGGGUAGGUUAGUGACUCAGGGCCCUGAAUCCCAGCAGCCUGGCACUAUUGCCUUAUAGCUCUAGUUCCUGUGGUUUAGAGCUAGAUGAACAAAAAUCUACUCAGUGUUCCCAAAAUCUGUGUUGCUCAGUCUGGAGACAGUGUCUGUCUGUCUGUCUGUCUGUCUGUCUCUCUCUCUCACACACACACACAAUAUUCUGGGAAGAACUGGAGAUGGGUUUUGUGCUAGCUGUGAAUUCCAAUAUUUGUUAAGCUGUUGGAUGCUCUGACCUCUUAUUAAAACAAGGAUAGGGGACCUCUCCAGAUGUUGAACUCCACCUUCCAUUAAUCACAGCAGAUAUGGCCAGUGGUUGGAGAUAGUGGAGUUCAACAAUGUUUGGAGGGCCACAAACUUCCCACUUUUGCCUUAGAUGAAAGAGUUGAGUGUGUGCGAUCAGGACUGGAGGAAAUGUUUUUCUUCCAACCUUAGUAAAUCACCCCCAGGGCUCUUUCAACAGUAAAUGGGUUGGGUCUCCUAAAAGUAGAUAGCAUUCUGACUGUGGAUGGGAGAAGUUAGGGUCCAAUGCACCUUCUCCUCUUCCCCACUUCCCAGAUGCUAUAAUAAUCAGGUUAGGCUCUAUUUGGCAGGCUUCCCCAUCAUCAUCUUCUACCCUGGCACCAUCACUACUUAUAUUUAGGUACCAGGCAAAAUCAUUUCAUUUGCACCAGGCCUUUGGCCCUUAAUUAUCUGUAGCCUUGUUCAGAGGGUAGAAUGUGCCAUUUUAUAACUAUGAAUGUAUUUUUAGGUUUUACUCCAUUUUAGUUUUAUGCUGGUUUUAAUUAUAUGCGUUUGCUUUUGUAAGUCGCUUCGAGUUUCAUUUUGCAUAAAACUAAAAAAUUCAAUUAAUAAUACUAAUUGACGUUUAACUGUUGAGUAUUCUUUAUCUCUUUGAGGGCAAACAACUUCCACGGUCUAGCUACUGGGUGUAUGGGCAUGAAUUCGUAAGACUCUAUUGAAGCCUAAUUGUGUAGUUUUGUGAGCCUACUUCAAUUUAUUCUUUGUAUUUAUUUAUUUUUUGCGUAGUAAUGCAAGCAAGCCAUAGACUACUUCAGGUCAAUCGUGGACAAGUGUGUAGAGAGGCUUAAAAUAUCCCCACUGGGAACCCUGCUAAUAGCAUCCCUGCUGAGUAAAACUGAACGGGCAUAAACCAAUUUGGCAAGUGUGGAAGUUUACAGUUGGGAAGAAAUACGCAUUUGAGCUUUAAAAGGCUUCCAAGUAAGUGCUGCUCUGGAAUGGCUUCUGUCUUCCUAUGGUGAUCGCUGGAGAAAAUGGAUCAGUUCUGAAAAGAAAUCCAUGGGGUUAGAAGGCACUCUAUAGACCAAGUCCAACCCCUUGUACAGGAUUGAUCACCUUUUAAUCAUAGUAGUCUGUAUCAUGUAAUCCAGACUAUAUGGUAUAUCACAAGGAGAGCAAGUAAUGGGACACAUGGCAUGUCCAAGUGAGCCUGCAAAAUGCCUGGUUCCAGGUGUUUUCAAGCAAUUGGUUUGGCUUAUAAGUAGCACCUGGAGAAGGAUGGAGGAACUUUCAGAGCUUCAGCUAGGCUGACCAGCUGCAACAUAUCUUCUUGCCCUCCACAAAUGAUCAGUGAGUCCAUUAUAAAAUAAAAAUGGCAAAGAGACUUUCAGCAGGGGUAAAGACCUGAACCUUUGUCAGCAGCUUUCAUGGAGUGUCAGUCGCUUGAUGCAUCUGGAGUAGACUGUAGCCUACAGAAGCUUCUUCCAUAAUAAAAUGGUGCCGCAAUAUUUGUUAAUGUUUGUGCUGCAACAAGCUGACACGGCUAUGUCUCUGGGGGAUCCCUAAAAAGCAAAACCUAAGCACCCACCUCUGUCCAACCCAACUUCCAGCCUCUUUGAGAGGUGGUUUGGCAAAUGCACACAAAUGUAGCCUGAUGAGUCUUCUGUUCUUUUGACUGGGCUAGUCCAUGCCAUGGGCUAGGAGUCAGCUUUGCCUGCUGAACAGCAGCUUGAAGGGGGGAGAAGGCAGAGUGACUCCACCUGCGGUUGAUCAGCCUCCACAGAGGAGAAGGCACUGAUAAGAGCCAGCUGGUUCUGGUCUUCUUAAACAGAGCUCUCAGCAGCAGUUAGAUGCUGGAAAUAAUACCUGUAGUUCCUGGCUGCUUCCUGCUCUCCACCUGGACCCUUGGCUCUGAGAUCACCUGGAUUCCCUGACUUCUGGACUCUCUGACUUCAUAUGUGGAUUCUGCUCUCAGGCAAGGGUUUAUCAGAGACUCCUAGCCCCUGCUUGCUUGACGAAGGGACCUGGAUGGGGCUAUGGCAGUAAGAUAUUGCCGGAGUAGUAAAUGAUGCCCUACCCAGUCCAGUCAAGGACAUUUUGGCACUUAAGGCAGGAAACCAAGCACACCUUCCUCCUUCCUAGCAGUAAAAAUACAAUAAUAAUAAUAAAUGGCUGGUUAGCUAUUUAAUUUGCUGCCCUUUCACGACACCUUCAGUUGCCUGCCUGAGGCAGCCCUCUCAUUCUGUCUAAGGGUAGGGUCACUCUUUUGGGCAGAAAGCAACCAACUGUCUUCAACACUGCAAUUCUAGGCAUGUUUCUCCAGAAGCAAAUACAGUGGUACCUCGGGUUAAGUACUUAAUUCGUUCCAGAGGUCUGUUCUUAACCUGAAACUGUUCUUAAUCUGAAGUACCACUUUAGCUAAUGGGGCCACCUGCUGCUGCUGCUGCGGCGCUGGAGCAUGAUUUCUGUUCUUAUCCUGAAGCAAAGUUCUUAACCUGAGGUAAUAUUUCUGGGUUAGCGGAGUCUGUAACCUGAAGCGUAUGUAACCCGAGGUACCACUGUACUGCUGAGUUAUCUCCCUAAAACUCAAGCUGGAACAACAUUUUUUACUAGAUUUCAUUAUGUUUCCAAUGCUUCCUGGCCCAGGAAGCACUGAAGCAAAGGGCACAGAAAGCUACAAGUCCCAUGAACCCCAGGAGGAAACAACACUCUGGGAUUAUGUCUUUCAUCUAUGUUUUGGUAACCUCUAGGUUAGAUUACUGCAACGCUUUAUAUGUGGGGCUGCCUUUGAAGAUGGUUCAUAGACUUCAACUGGUGCAUUAUUUUAUUUUUUAAUGCAAGAAUAUGAUUUUAAGUUAAUUUAUGAAACUUUGGAAAAGUUCAAUUAAAAUUAAGAAAGGAAGAAACUGCACCCAGUGCGCUUCAUGGGAGACUUUGGUGGCCAUUAACCACAUAUUUGUAAACUGAAGCAACCCUAAUAAGUAUUUGUUUGCAGUAAUUGCUGAAAGAUAAUUGUGCUGGUUUUCUUUAAUGCUACAUGAACCAAAAUAGGAGUGAGAUGUCAGGGAAGGUAAUUGUGGAAAUAGUUAUUUGGCUGGAGAGAAGGGAGUUAAAUUUAGUAUUUUGAUCAGUUUAAAAUGUUACACAAAGGCCAUUAAGCCUAGGGGAAAAUACGUCUGAAUAUUGCAUUGAUAAUUAGUUUCCCCUGGCAUACAUCUAAAAGCCAACACAGAAAGAGGGGCUUUCUUACAAAAGCUUUGCUAGAGGAGGAGGAGUCUGGACCUGGUGACACCAACCUAAUGAGAGGUGGAGGGUUGGGCUCCAUGUCAGAAGCUAAUAUAGCACCAGCCAAAUUAGCUGAUCCAUAAUUUCCCCUGGAGAUAAAAUUCACCUAAUUAAUGUGUUUCUGACAAUGCAAGUAAAUGGAAUUCUGCACAGUGAUUUCUUCCUAUACCAACUGAGAAGCCUAGCAGACUAAUGCUAUAAAUGUGCUUUGGUGAGCCACCCAGCAGGGAGGCAGGGGCUUGGUGCCUUUGCCCAAUAACUCACUGGAGAAACAGAUUUCCUUAUGGGGUGAGCUGGAGCCAACUUGGCCUCAUCACUAAAACUGGUAUGGAGCCAAUGGCCAGAGACCUCUCUUUGUCUGUCUCUUUCUCUCUUUUCGUGUGGCCUUAUAGUGUACUCUUUUGAGAAACCCCUACUUAGCUUCUCCUAACUUGGAACUUGGGACGUGAUGGGAUUCUGGCAGCAACCUCACUUUGCAGCAUGGCUGAGAGUAGCAUUUGCCAAGAUCCUGCUGAAGGCUUUGUGUCUAAGCCAGCCCUUUCAAGCUAAUACUCUUCGGAUAGUUUAGCCCCCAGCCCCAACCAGCUUGUGGUUUUGGGGACAGAUGGGAGUUGUAGCUCAAAAUAUCUAUAAGGCUGCCCCAAACCUCCUCAGAUGAACCGUUUCCAUGCUAGUGUCCAUCAGCUUUUGCUUAAUCCUCUUGUCGUGGAGAAACCUACCGUGUGUGUAUCAUUUAUUAUCACAUGUACUGUGGUUACUUAACCUUUCUCCUGCUUGUUCAGUCCCAGAGUUAAACUCUGAAUGUGAAGCCAAUUCCCCUUUCCAUCUUGGGAAAGACAAGUGUCUCAGAAACCUAGCCAACUUUGUUGUACGGGUUUGAGGGCGUUACGAACCACAUUAUGCUGUACAAAGCGAAUGGAAAAUGUAGGCAUGGCAGGAUCUUGCAGAGUUCUGUGCAGUAAGGAGCACAUUGAUUGUGUCAAUGGCUGACCUUAAUUUUUUAUAUUUCUUGGUUACCAAACUGACCCUGCUAACCAGCCUCAGUAUAAGCUCCUUGUUUGCUCGUCCCCUGCAGCUGCUGUAUUGACUGCAAUAUUUACCUUGGGCGGGGGGGGGGGGAUAAUUGGUUCACAUCAAAGGGCUGCCAUCUCAGCAUUCACACCGACCUAAAACUCCAUGCUGUUAUUUGCCACAGCAAAGCAGUGGGGCAUAACAGCUGGUGGGAAGUGACUGGGAUAGACUACCAAUUUUAUUUUAAUUGCCUCAUAUUAUGUUUUCCUCAGAAAUGAUUGUUUUGUUUUUUAAAAAAUAUAUCUUUAUUAAUUUAAAAUAAAUACAUUUAUGAGAAAACAGAUGUAGAUACAAGUAAACAUACAAUCAAACAAACAACUAACAGAAAAAUCAAACAAACUACCACACUAUAAUAUAGAAGAAGAUUAAUAUAAUCAUCAUCAUAUAUACUCCUGAUGCUGAACACAAUUAUAAAACUUAUAGAGAAGAAAUUUAAAACUGACUUCCAAUUAAUCUCACUGUAGUUUGUCUAUCCAUUACUUUAUGCUACACAGUUGCCGCCCGGCUCGGAGCGGUGCUCCCGGCCGGGCGGGGGAGGGAACACCUGCCGCCGCCGCCCGGCUCGGAACGGUGCUCCGGCCGGGCGGGGGAGGGAAGACCUCCCGCCUCUGCCCGGCUUCGGAGCGGUGCUCCGGCCGGGCGGUGGGGAGGAAGACCUCCCUCGCCGCCCGGCCUCGAACGGUGCUCCGGCCGGGCGGGGGGAGGGAACACCUCCGCCGCCGCCCGGCUCGGAACGGUGCCCGGCCGGGCGGGGGGAGGGAAGACCUCCGCCGCCGCCCGGCUCGGAACGGUGCUCCGAGCCGGGCGGGGGAGGGAAGACCUCCGCCGCCGCCCGGCUCGGAACGGUGCUCCGAGCCGGGCGGGGGGAGGGAAGACCUCCGCCGCCGCCCGGCUCGGAACGGUGCUCCGGGCCGGGCGGGGGAGGGAAGACCUUCUGAAGGCGGGCGGGGGCGAAGUCUUUGCUCCCCUGCCUGCCUGUCCCGGAGGGCUUUGAAGGCGGACAUAUUUCUUAUAUAAUUUCUUUUUACCUCCCUACGAACUUAUAUUUAUACAAUACAGGAUCAGUCUAAUUCUGCCAAGAAAUGAUUGUUGUGAGGAAAGAUGAUCUCCGUAAGCUGAUGGCUCUGCCAUGCUUUCGAUCUACAGUUGUGCUUUUAAGGUUUCAUGCAGGUAUUAUUGGGUUGCCAUCUGGCCCCGAUUCCAGGACAAAGUGAUUCCAAUGGAAUUGAGACCCUCUGAAGGGUGUUGUAAAAAUUCUAAGGUCUCAAAUAUAGAAUAAAUGUAUAAUUCUUGCUUUUGGACCUUGUUGGUCAUGUGUACCUCUUUGCAUAGUGGGAAUCCUCCAUAAUUCCCCUUGCCUGAGAUCACAUGGGCAGAUAUCCAUCAGGGGAAGCGCUGAGGGGAUUUCCCCCCAAAACUGUGAACCUCAAUGUUAAUUGUCAUUGUUUGCCCAGGCUCUCAUCAUGGAAGGAUUACCUGCGGGUGGCACUGUGGUCUAAACCACUGAGCCUCUUGGGCUUGCCGAUCAGAAGGUCAGCAGUUUGAAUCCCUGCGAUGGAGUGAGCUCCCAUUGCUCUGUGCCAGCUCCUGCCAACCUAGCAGUUCAAAAGCCACCAGUGCGAGUAGAUAAAUAGGUACCACUGCAGCGGGAAGGUAAAUGGCAUUUCCGUGCGCUCUGGUUUCUGUCACGGUGUCCCAUUGUGCCAGAAGUCUUGCUGGCCACAUGACCCGGAAAGCUGUCUGUCGACAAACGCUGGCUCCCUCAACCUGAAAGCGAGAUGCGUGCCACAACUUCAUAGUUGCCUUUGACUGGACUUAAUCCUCCAGGGAAGGGACGCGGGUGGCACUGUGGGUUAAACCAUAGAGCCUAGGACUUGGCGAUCAGAAGGUUGGCGGUUCGAAUCCCCGCGACAGAGUGAGCUCCCGUUGCUCGGUCCCUGCUCCUGCCAACCUAGCAGUUCGAAAGCACGUCAAAGUGCAAGUAGAUAAAUAGGUACUGCUCUGGCGGGAAGGUAAAUGGCGUUUCCGUGCGCUGCUCCAGUUCGCCAGAAACGGCUUAGUCAUGCUGGCCACAUGACCCGGAAGCUGUAUGCCGGCUCCCUCAGCCAAUAAAGUGACAUGAGCGCCGUAACCCCAGAGUCGGUCACGACUGGACCUAAUGGUCAGGGGUCCCUUUACCUUUACCGUAACCAUCCAGGGAUCCUUUACUUUUACCUUUUUUGUUUCAACAAUGCUGAUGCUUUGUGUAAACUAUGUCUGGAACUAUGUAAAAUUUACUAAACCCCAGGAAUGUCACAGCUUGACCUGCCUGAGCCACUGUAACCCCACCUUAUGUGUGAUGUAUUUCUUACUGUAAAGGAGAUGUCCUUCAUCUUCAUGCCAAAAUGCUAACCCUCAAAAAGAGGUGCCUCUCUUUGUUCUGGGUCUCUCACUUUCUGUUGCAGCAGAAAAAUCAAGACCUGCCUUGCUUUCCACUGGUUCCAUCCAUUCUUCUCUGACUGAUCAUGGACUUAGGGGACUCAGAGUCCCUUGGGGAGUUGGGCAGCAAAAGCCAACCCCAAAUUUUCUACAACAGCAUAAUAUGUCCUGACAAAGAGCAUUCAUUGUGUUCUCUUCCUCUUCCUCUCCCUCUCUCUCACUUUAAUUCAUUCACUAUACUAAGUUGCUUCAGGUUUAAUGAUGACCAAAUGGAAUUGACAAAUUGAAUUGCUAAUCUGAAACUAUUUUGGGCCUAUAGCCCUCCCACUCAAAAACCGUAAGCUUCUGUUCUGCACACUUCACAUGAUUUACUCACCUUGGCAAUCAAUAUAAUGAAACAAAUUACUCUGCUGGAUUUGCACAGAACUAUUGUGAAGCCAGCUGCCUGCUCUGUGCCAGGUAAAUAUUUAUGGGGAACCUUUUACAAGCUAAGAUCCAAAUGUAGUGUGCCUUGAAUUGACAGACAAUAAAAGAGAAGCUAUGUGUAUAGUCCAGAAGAAAGUUCCAAUUAAAAGCUUCCACAGAAUUAAGCUCAUAAUGAGGUAGCUCACAGUGCAACCCUAUGCGUAUUUAAUUAAGAAUCACAUUCUGCUGUGUUCACUAGAGCUUACUCUUAGGUAAGUGUGUAUAGGAUUGCAGUUUCAGGCCUGGAAAUGGCUUCUCACCUGGCAUCCUGUGACAAACAAGAUUGACCUCUAGGGAACUAUUGUACAUUGGAAGACCGUUGCUCCUCAGCUUGUGUGCAUUAGAUGUGCCAAAAUUAACUAGUACAGUGACUUGCUGGUUAGUGAUCCUUCUGUGGGUUAGUUAUUUUCCUGGAUGAUGAUGAUGAUGAUGGUGAUGAUGAUGAUUGCAAUCCUUUCUGAUUUACAAUCUGAUCUGGUUUGGGGAUUGCAAGUGCCUUAAUUGUCCUGGUUGAUUACUUUUGCCUAGAAGUAGGAAGGGAAAGUGAAGCCUUUUUAGUUCUCUUGGAACACUCAGUAGCUUUUGAUAAUGUUGAUCCUGGGAUGCCAGGGCUCUUAGCUGGGUGCAGUUAUGAGUAACUGCAAUGGCUACAGUUCUGCCUAUUGGGUAGAUCUCAUGAGGUCAUUCUGGGUUGCUCUGUGAGAUUCCACAGCAGAAAGAAAUGUCAGACACUCACUCACCUCAGUGCUCUAUUGGUCAAGCAUUCUUCUUAUUAGAAGCAAUUAAUUGAUAUUCAGAGGAGAGUCACUUUGCUUCUUGUCUGGACUUCCUCUAGAGCCAAUGUAGAAAACCUCUGGCCCCCCACAUAUUGCUGAACUACAACUCCCAUUAGCCUUGGAAAGCAUAGCCAAUGAUUAUGAGAGUUGUAGUUCAGCAAUACAUGGCGGGUCAAAGGUUCCCACACCUGAUUUAGAGACAUGGUUAAUUUAAAAUUAAAAGUGAUAGUGUGUUCAGUAUUUUAAAAGACUUUAGUUUUUAAAAAAUGGCUAGUUGGGGCAGAGGGGAGAGACCGAAUUCUGUAAGUAAGGCAUACAUAAUUACCAGGCACCUUCAUCUGCCUCACCUGCAAUAAAACAUCUCUCUCCUGUACCAGUCUCUGCUGCCACACUAGGUGUUGUAACUCUCCAAUGGUUUGGCUCAACCACCAAAGGUAUACUCUCCCGUUGUCUCUCGAGACAGACAGAUGCCAACACACAUUCUGUAACUACCUGUUUCAUUCCACAGUGACCCUUUGGGUAUUGCUAGGUUCACACAGGUGCUUUCCAUAGAUUAUCAUCCAUUCGCUGUUUACAUAUAAUAAUGUUAAUCUUCCUGCUUACAGUAAUUGAACAGAACAAUGAUGUAACGCCAAUAAGUUGGUAGGGAAUUUCCUACAAUGACUGGCUGUGUCAUUGUUUAGCCUGUAAUGAUUGUUUAGUUGUGCCCUUUGCCCAGGACUCAGUCAUUGGCUGCAACACCUAUCUAAGCAAAUCAGACAGCUAAGCCAAGUUCUGCUGUUAGCUCCCCCCCCCCAAGAAAAACUUCAAAGGGGGAAAUUAAAGAUUGUGCCAUUUUGUUCUAUGUAACGUAUCAAAGGAGAUUUCCAUUUUUAUGCACACCUGAAGGGCCUCAUAGCCGCAGCUGGUGCAUCUUCCUAACAAGCUAAUCACAGUCUCUGUAAUCUGUUUUGUCAUGUGUUGUAUCAGUUUAUCUGUAGGUGUCCCAAACAACACAAGCAUGUUCCUGGAAGUGGGAUAUUUGCAAUCUCAGCUCCUGUAUUUGCAUCUUCCAACACCCACUCUUACCUGCCUGCGAAAAUGCGUGACAGUUCUCUCUUACUUCAUUGCGCUGUUGGCAGAAAUCCACCUCUGUCAUCACUGUGUAUAACUGUUGAGUGUGAAGUUGUAUUUUGGGUUAUACAUGAAACUUUUUAGCCUGAGCUGACAUUCCACGUGUACACAUGUGUGUGUUGAUCGUGCCAGCUAGGCAGCUUUGAGGCACCCAACUUCCAUGUUGACUGUACAGUAGAUAAUUUAUAGACCAUCAUUGCAUGACACCCCCCCUCAUUUUGUGUGUGUGUGUGUGUGUGUGUAUGUGUAUAUUAGGGUUAGGCAAUAUCUAGUUUUCAACAUUGCAAUAUAUCACUACCUAAACAUUGCAAUAUACCAGUAUAACUUGAUGUCUGAAAUAAAGAUGGAGCUAUGUAGAGCACUGGCUAGCUUGACGGUUUUCCCCGUAUUGUGAUUUUUGCCGGCACCUGCUCUUGUGAUUCGCUUUUCUGUGCAGCAGACAGGGGAGAGCUUAGCCAGCAGGGUUAACAGGGGCUGCAGGAAUCGAGAGAAGCGUUGACUGGAUUCAGUUCCCCCCACAUUGCGAUUUUUGCAUAGCACACAUGUCAUGAUUUGCGAUAUAUUGCCAGUUCAAAAUUUUUGCAGCCGAUAUCAUGAUAUGGACUUCAAACUAGUUUUGGACCCUAGAUCAAUAUAUCGGCCAGCCCUAAUGCAUAUAUGCAUAUGCGUCUCUGUAUUAAUUUUAAAAGCAUUUUAAAACUGCUGAAUAUUCAGCAUGGCUGAAGCCUCUAGACAUGGGCAGAUGUGCACUCAAGAUCCAGAAACAUGGGACCUUCCACGUGGAAAAGGUCCACUGCAAUUAAUACAUAUGUAUAUAUCUUCCUUAAAUUCCUCCAACACUUAGAAUGAGCAGAAAUGUCAGAAUAACUUUACAUUAAGCAAAAAUGGGUGGCAACUCCUGUCUAAAUGAAUAUCUAAUUUGCUUUAUUUUAUUGCAUUUUUAUUCUACCUUCUCCUCUAGGGAACUCAUAGUGGCUGAGAAACAGUGACAGGCCCAAGGUCACCCAGUGAUAUGAACCCUUGUCUCCCAGGUCCUAGUUGGACACUCUAACCCAGGCAUAGGCAACCUCGGCCCUCCAGAUGUUUUGGGACUACGAUUCCCAUCAUCCCUGACCACUGGUCCUGUUAGCUAGGGAUCAUGGGAGUUGUAGUCCCAAAACAUCUGGAGGGCUGAGGUUGCCUAUGCCUGCUCUAACCACUACACCGCACUGGCUUCCCAUCUGGCCUAGGAGACCCCUACCAUCUUGUGGGUCCUUGUAGCUUACAGCAUGCAACUAACAGUCUCCCCUGUACCUUACGUGGGCUGCAUAAUGGUUACAAAAUACAAGUACUAGCGGAUAUAAUGCAUACAUACCAAGUCCCUUCUCUUCUUUGCCCCCAUCCCCAACAGCCUGCCUGCAUAUGGCCUUGGCUGGCUCAGUGCCAUUCUUUGCAGGCACCUUUAAUGCAUGAUGACAGCCCUAUCGGAGGCAGGUUAAGCUGGUUACGAAGUCUCGUUUCCAUGCCAUUUGGAACCAAAUAGCUGCUUUGCGGAAACUUUGUUGCCCAGAGGGUCUUUCCGCCUGUCUCAGCAGCCUGCUUCUUUCAAAGCGGGAGCUGUGCAUGGGAAUUCCGGCUGCUUCUCCAUCUUGGCAGAUGCAUAAUUACUCCUAUUUGAGUUUUGCAUUAUAAUGCCUCCUUGCAACCAGUGGUCAAUUAUCAACACUUGCGCUUCUCUUGAAUUAACUCGGUGCCUAAAUGUUACAGCUCUGAGGGUUUCCGUCCCCCACGAUACGCUGGUGUGUGUGUUUGUGUGUGUUUGCUCUUUCCUCUGCCACUCAGGGCGACUUUCCUUUUCCUCCCAUGUGGGUGGAAGCAGGCUUUGAAUCCCAGAAUCCAAUUAAGACCUCCCUGCGGGCCGGCAGGCCUCUCGCCUUCUCUGUUUUCCUUUUGUUGCAUGCCUGUAGUGUAACAAGCAGCAGAAUGGCUGUUCCCACAGCUCAGAAUAUGAUUAUUUAUUAAGUGCUUCCAGCCAGCAAGAUGAAUAUAUUACUCUCCGACAAAGAAGAUUGGGUAAUUGAAAAUGUAUAUUUUGCCAUGAUACUGAGUUGUUUUUUUUAAUAGCAGACUAACAUGGCUGCAGUGGUCCCUCACCAUCAUAAACAUCAGACCCCAAGAGAUUUUAUUGCAAUGUUCUCAAAGUAAGAAUUACUGAAGAUGCUAGUAUUUGAUCAACAUAAUAGAAUUUUAGAUCAGUUGAGGCACACAGGGCAGGAUUUGCCUAACGAUCCCCAUCUGAAAGGCUUGCACAGAUGGGAAGAUUGGAAGAGUGUCAUGUUGAACUUCACCCAUAGUGUUUUCUUGGCUCAUUCAGAUUUGUGUGGGUAGUGUUACUGUGCUUAUCAUAUCAAUAUUCCUUGUAGGUGGGUAUGUUGGAAAUGUGGCUUAUUAGCCCCGUGAAUUGCUUACUUGAUCCGUAAAGGUCUCUGGGAUACCUUUUUCUUAAGAGGGUGAUCACCCAACAAGCUAGAACAGGGGUGGCUAACCUGGUGCCUUCUUGAGCUUUUCAGAUUGCAUUUCCCAUCACCCCGUGACCAUAGGUCAUGCUGGCUAGGCCUGAUGGGAUUUGGAGUCCAACAGCCUUUGGGGGGUACCAUGUUGUCUGUCCCUGGCCUAGGCAAAAAAAUACUUGGGGAUUCUUCAAUAUGUGUGCUCAUUUCUUGAUUAUCUCCUAAGAUCAUGGGUGUCUCGCAUAUGACAAUGAGCCUUCACAAAGCAAAUCCUAAAGAUCCAGUGUCAUCUUAUACACAAUCCUUCAUAUUGAGGAUAGUUUAGCCAUUCAGUUGCCAGGCACCAAAUGCUAACAAAUCAGUACGUGCUCAUGCAUGUGUGGAACACCUUUCACAGAGAAGCAAAGGGCAGAAUGUAGAAAGGCAGUGUUUCAAAGCUGUCCUAAAUGUAUUUUUAAAUUGUUGUCAUCUGCCCUGAGACAGCAUGCUGAAAAUCUACAAAUAAAACUGAAACACAGUGAUGAAAUACAACUAUUCUAUAUUAUUUUCAUUUUAUUGAGCACUUGUAUAGCCCACCUUUCCUUCAAAGAAUGUAAGUGGAUAUACAGGGUUCUCCUCUUCUCGAUUUUGUCCUCACAACAACCCUGUGGUCAGACUGAGAGACUGUGACUGGCCCAAGGGUGCCCAGUGAGCUUUCUGGCUCAAUUUUGAAAGUCUGGAUAUAGAAUUGCAUAUGAUGAAAGCUGAAGCCAAGUGCCAGUGACCCACAGCAAGAGAUACAUGGCACCUCUUUUGACCCCAGAGUUCCACUGGGUCGCACACACAUGUACAUUACAUGGUGUAUGUUAAGGUGCAUCAAAGAUGACCAGACAGUUUCAGCUACAAGGCUUUUGGUGAAGGGCACCUGACAUAAUAGAAAGAUGAUGCUCAACUGAAUUCUCUUGGUAAAGCAAGUCACAGCAAUGGAAAAACCAUUAUCCUCCCUCCUAUUGCUUUUCAAUAUUUUCUGUAAGUGGAUAUGCAACAAGCCCUCACCUGCUUACAUCAAAGGCAUCCAACACCUUUUCUCUCUGAAAUUGUAUGUCCUCUAUUCCUUGAUAGCAUGGGGCUGGGUUCAGAACUUCAUUUCUUCCAAAACUGCAUGCCUCCACUUCAGGGGCUUUCAGCUCACGAUUGCAAGGCAGACGCAAUUCUGUUUGAUAAUUUGCCAGAAGCCCUAACGUCUGGUCUGUUUUGCAAAGACCAGCUCACAUUCUGAUAGAUGGUGUCAAAAUAAUGGCUGCUAUUUCCUGCUCUUGAGACCCAGCACUUCAGAACUCUAUAGAGAACCACGGGACUCUGCACAAUUAGCGUUCCAGCUUGUUCCAAGUCACUGCAGUUUAACUGAACUCCAUGAAGCUGACAGCGUAGCCCAGAAGAGUGCAUUAUUUCUGAAAUGUUGGGAAACAACUCUGCUCAUAAUGUCGGAAGCCGCAGCAGCUGCAGUUGCCAAGAGACUGAAACAAACAAACAAAAAAGAAUUGUUUUUACGUAUGUCCAAUUUAGUGUUGACUCUUAUAGCAAGCAGUAAGAUGUCUGAGGAAAAGAGUCUCUAGAGUAUCAGCUAUUUUUGUAGAGGUGUUGUUUGCUGGUAGUCUCAAUUUCUCCCUAAAAAUAAAAUAAAAUUCUGGUACUGAGGCAAUUAUGUUACUCAAUAAAUCCACGUAGCUUGAAGCAUGCUUAAUCUAAUGCAUGCUUAGUAGACCCCCCCUUCAAUUUGGACAAUUGUGUUCAAUAGAAAGGGGUUUGGGGCCGUUGAAGCUCCCACAUGCAGUAGACCCUCAGGGUCUUUUCCAACUCUACAUUUCUCUGAUUCUAUGAGUGAAGCUAGCUGAAUGUUGACUUACUUAAUUGAAUUAUACAGUGUGUGCAUCCCAUUUCUCUAUGAGUUUGGGUGUUUCGGGGGGAGUUAUUCUGUCUGGAGAAGUGUGUGCAAACUGAGUAUGUUGAAUUUCAAAUUGUAAGGUUCUUGGUGUUGGUUCUCUUGUACUCUUUAAAGUGUUGUGCACAUUGAUGUUGCUAUAUAAAUAACGAAUAAAAUCAGACAAUGACCACUUCGACAGGAAUAUUUUGCCCGGUGUGCCGCUACCCAGUUUUGGAAGUGAACUUGUGGUUGAUGAUGCAUGUAUGCUGCAGGGCACAGUGUGGACUCUAGAGAGUCAGCCUGGGUGGAUCAGCACCAUGGACAGUGCUCUCUGCCGUUGCUCCUUCCAACUUUCCAUUUUUGAACUGCAAUCUAAAAAUGGAUUUUGGAAAUGGCAAUAGGAGCCAGUAUCUUUCCCAGAGUGAAUGAACUUCUUGGCUGUAAUGAGUUAAGCAGUUGCCUAGGAUGUUUCUUAUUGCAAAUGUUUGUGGCCACCCUCCCUUCUUGUGGCAACGGCCACUUGAUGAUAUAUAGCAACGCUGUGAUGGCCUGGGAAUCUGAUUCAGAAUCUGAACCUGAGGAGUCCCAGCCUGCACAGGAGUCCCCGCCUCCAGGGCCGGCUGAGCCGGGGCAGGGGCUUGAAUCUGAAGGGCCUGCACCUGUGCCAGAUCCUCAGGUGCAGACACCAGAUGUAUGCACUCUGGCUCCGGAGGUGAUUGAGGACCCAUUGCCGGCAGGUGCGCCUCUCCCAGCCCUGUCAGGGGAAGGUGAAGCUGCCCCUGGGUCCAGUAACCCUCCAGCCUCUCCUGAGCUGCAGAGGCUCAGGGCAGAGAGGCAGAGGGAACUGGGUUAUCUCAGGAGGAGUGCUCGCCUUAAGGCCAGGAGCAGCGGGUCACCUGUGGGCCGGGACCGCCCCUGGCCUCAGAGGCGAUAAAGGCCAGCCAGCCCAGUCCCAGCUUGCGGGAGCAACGACGUUGGAAAUCUGUUUCUGCCAGCACCCAGACCUGUUUUUCCAGAGUUCCCAACCACGCCCGGCUUCUUGCUUUGAACCCCGCUUCGCCCUUGGUGGACAGUCUCCAGACCCUCGGCCCAGGACCAGACUCUGACCACGCCUCACGGUAACCCCCCCCCCGGGACCAGCACAAAUGCCUUUAUACAAAAGUUCAUGAUGCCUGAAUGAAUCUUCUUCUUUGGCGAUCCCUCGUAGCUGAGUAUGAUUGUUUUCCAUAAACACGGUUUUAACAAUCAGUCCGUAAGUGACUGUGGAGGCCAGUUCUGUAUCCAAACGUCCUUCCACAGUGGGGACAUAGGUUUCUGGGUGGGAGUUGAUAACAGUGAGGGUUUGCCAAGCGUGUCUUCCUCUAAGUGCAUUUCUCCCUUUUGUCCUGAGUUUGAGCAUCUUCAAAGUCCAUGACACCUUUGGUUAAAGGCUGUUCUCUAAUUGGCGCGCACAGGCAAGUGUUUCCCAAUUGUUGGUGUUUAUACUACAUUUUUAAAGAUUUGCCUUGAGGCAGUCUUUAAACCUCUUUUGUUGACCACCAGCAUUACGCUUUCCAUUUUUAAGUUCGGAAUAGAGUAGUUGCUUUGGAAGACGAUCAUCAGGCAUCCGCACAGCAUGAUCAGUCCAGUGAAGUUGAGGUUGAAGAAUCAUUGCUUCGACACUGGUGAUCUUUGCUUCUUCCAGUAUACUGGCAUUAGUUUGGCUGUCUUCCCAAGAGAUGUGUAAAAAAUUUUGGAGACACCGUUGAUGGAAUCUUUCAAGGAGUUGGAGAUGGCGUUUAUAAGUGGUCCAUGUUUCACAAGCAUAUAGUAAGGUUGGUAGUACAAUAGCUUUGUAAACAAGCAUUUUGGUUUCCCUGCGAAUGUCUUGGUCCUCAAACACUCUGCACUUCAGUCGGGAGAAAGCUGCAUUCACAGAGCUCAGGCAAUGCUGGAUUUCGGUAUCAAUGUCAUCCCUUGUGGAAAGGUAGGAGAAGUGAUCAACAUUUUCCAACGUUACACCACUGAGUUGGAUUUGUGGCACUGCAGAGGGGUUAUUUUGUACUUGUUAGUGCAGCACUUUGGUUUUUUGGAUGUUGAGCAAUAGGCCAAGCUGUUCAUAAGCUUCUGCAAAUGUAUUUAGGAUGGCUUGGAGGUCAUACUCUGAGAAUUCACACAUUACGUUGUCAUCAGCAUACUGAAGCUCUAUGACUGAUGCCUGAAUGAAUACACUAAAUCUGGAGAUGAAGGGGAAGACUACAUAUUAUGACUAGUAAAGGAGAUGCCAGUGUUUGCCAUAACAAAAGGGUAAAUUGUGGUGGUGAUGUGCGCAUCUUUAUCACAACCAACCAGCCAUGUACUUGCAUCUGGAAACAUUGGUGUUUCUCAAACGAACAGUAACAUGGCUCAGUAUGAAAGUAUAUGAGAAGGAAUUUUCAAAUGACCAUCUUAAGGCACUGACUUCAUUUAUUAGCAUUGAUGAAACUAACUUGUGAAUCUGAUGCACUGUGUGAGGGUUCUGUCAGUGCUACCAAUAUGUUGGUAGCGACUUGCUAGUCCUUCAUGGUGCUAUUUAAAUGUCAGUGGAAGGAGAGAAGAAAUGAUACAAACUGAAUAAAAAUACGUGAAGAGGCACGUGGGAGAGGGGGAAAUAGAAAAUAAAAGAAGUUUCUGCCUCUGGAUCAGAAAAUUCUGCCUAAAAGGAGGGGAUGAGUCACGAUACUGAUAGAACCAAUGUCUGUACUUGAAGCUGAGCUAUGGGACUCCUUGCCACAGGGAAUUAGAUAGCCAUACCUAAUUGCUCUUCCCACCCACCACCACUUUGUGAUUGGCUUUGCUUCCCGUAUGUUAUGGCUGGUGGGAUGUGUUGAUUUUUAGCCCCCUCAAGAGGGUCUUGAGGGUAGAAAGUUUGAUGUAGCCCAUUGUGAGCCAGAUGGGUCAGUGGUAUAAGGCAACAUCGGAUGUUCCUAUGACAAACUUAAUGGCAAUUUAUAAAUGCUUUAAAAAUGCCUGUGUGCUAGAUAUGCAUGGCAAAAGAUGUAAAUCCCUUACUAUUUUUAUGGCAUCUGAAAUACCAAACACUCUUACAAUACUGCUGUUUCACAAUCUAAUUCUGAAUGUCUCCAUAAGGGGGCCUUUGAGCCUUGCCUCCUUUCCCCAGGCUGCCUGAAACCUAAAAUGAUACCCAUGUCCCUGUCUGCUUGGCUCUGAUGAUGCUGUGUGUCCUCUGAACCUAUUCCUCAGGCACUCAGUUUUCACUCAUUGGAGGAGGAGCCCUAAUGAUUCACUGUGUAAUAGCUUGAUUUAUUGUGACUUCAUACUGCUGGGCAGGACAUGCAUGCAGAAUUGCAAUCUGUAGAAGAAAACAUUUGCCCAGCUUUAAUUUGCCCAUAGACACGUAGGUGUGUGCAUUAUGCUAUUGUGUGAUUUAAAAUAGAAGCUUACUUUAUUUUCCCAUACAUGUUCAGUCUUGAUACCUAUAGACAAUGUUACAAGAUAACACUGCAAUAAAUGUAUCUAGCCAAGAAUAGAAGUUCUCAAAAGGGCACUUCCUAGAAAUCAAGGGUUUUCAUAAACACACCAUAAGAAUUGAUUACUUAUUUAUCAUAGGUGUGCUUCUGUUCAGUUUAAGCAAUGGUUUAUUUUAGCUGCUUGGGUGACAAAAAGCCAGCUGUAUGGAUUUUUUUCCCUCCCAAGGACUCUGCAUUUGAGUUGCUGACAGCAAUUGCAUUUCUAGGAGCUGUUUUGCUUUUGAACUGUCUUCCAUCUCUUUCUCCUUUGGGCCAGAUCUGUGCUGUUUGCAGAGAAAUUAUAGGAGGAAAAACCCUCCAGCUUGGAAUGAGGGGGUGGAACCACAGUAUAAUCAAAUUAGUACAUGUGAUAACCUUAAGAUGUGUAUCUUUGCAGUUGACUAUAAGAUUGAAUGUGGCACAUCAUAGCAAUCUUUGCUCAUUAAUAAAGCAGUUAUGAAAUUAGAGGCAACAGUGAUGAAGGAUUUUACUUUGCUUUUCCUGUACUGCAACCCUGCAGGCACUGGAUAGAUAACGGGAUUCUCCAAAAUAUCACAGACAUGGAAAAUAGAUUGGAUGCACCUUCUUGCAUAGAUGAUGCGUGAUACAUGCUGUGACCUGCAUGAAGUCCAGUUCUUUAGCUGUUGCAGAAACCAUGCAUUAACAACACAGGAAUGACCCAACCAAAGCUAAGCACAUCACUGAUUUCAGUGGAGUAGUUAAACACAAGUUCCAAGCAUUCCAUUUUGUAUAUGACUCAGAUGCUAAAGUUUGGCUGCAUUGAGUCUAUUCCAUAUGGAAUUACAAAGAUUUGGCUAGGAUUUCGUGCUUUGUACCCAAGGCCUUCUCAGUUGUAGUCUAUUUACUUUCAUCUAGCACAGUUGCUUGUUCCCCCUCCUCCAGUUCCUUCUGCUUAAUACAAACAACUUGGUUAUAUAAAUACUCAUAUAAACUUCAUUGCUGUUCUUGAACAACUUCUUCUUCUUCUUCUUCUUCUUCUUUUACAAAUGCAUGAACUGUACACUCAGAUGCCUAGUCUUCAUUUCCUACUUAAUCGGCAACAGUGGGUGUGUGAGUUAGAGAACUGGAGAAAAAGAACCGUUUCCAAACAAUGGAAGAAUUUUGAAUGUCUGUCACUUUGUCUGUGUUCCAUAUUCUGUUUUGAUAAAGUGCUUGUAUGGGAGGAACUUAACAGGGCCGGCAUUCUCACAUACUUUUAAGAUGUGCGGUGCUUUAAUUUGCCCAUAGACACGUAGGUGUGUGCAUUAUGCUAUUGUGUGAUUUAAAAUAGAAGCUUACUUUAUUUUCCCAUACAUGUUCAGUCUUGAUACCUAUAGACAAUGUUACAAGACAACACUGCAAUAAAUGUAUCUAGCCAAGAAUAGAAGUUCUCAAAAGGGCACUUCCUAGAAAUCAAGGGUUUUCAUAAACACACCAUAAGAAUUCUAGGAAGCGCAGGUAAUAUUCAAAGUACAUUAACCCUGGAUUUCUGUUAAAAAUGCUCAAGGCAACUUACAACACAAUUAAACAUUUAUUUUAAAAAUACCAAUAAAACCUAAUGCACAGAUAGAUGGAGGAACCAAAACUUGCUGUGAGGUUGAAACUCAACAGCUCAACAGUGCAGUUGCCUGGUGAUGGUGACAGAAGGUCUUCAUAUAGCAAUCGUAUGCCAUCAAAGAACUUGUGUGGUUACUGCUAUGAGACAUGGAGUAAGUUUUUUGCGUUAUCUUUGGGCAGAGAUGGCCAGUGCCAGCGGUGUUGUUGGACUCCAGUGCCCAUCAGCCCAGCCCAAAUGGUCAAAAGCCAAGAAUAAUGGGCACUGUAGGAAGUUGGGAGGGUCAUGUUGAUGCAUGCCUCUUGGAAGAAAUAUUAUCCAGUCCAGUUCCAGUAAGGAUUCAGGCCUUGGAUAGCUUUAGUCCUGAUGUAUAGCUUUUAUUGGGAGAGGGAAAGAGUGAGUGUGAGCGUGUUGAUUCUGUUUUGAUACCGUUGACCAUGGAUUUUUCCUGGAGUGGAUCAGUGGCAUGGGAGUUGCAGGCCCCGUGUUGCUGUGGUUCUGCUCCUAUCUUCAGGGAACCAGAGCAUUUGGCAAUGCUUGGUCAACCCCAUGGCUUUUUGACUGUGAGAUUCAGGAAGGUUCCAGUGCUGUUCAACAGCUACAUUGAAGCCAUUGGGAGUGGCCAGUUGGGAAUUUGGAGCAAGGCGUCAUCAGUAUGCUGAUGACAUCUCUCUGUGCCAAUUGAGGUACGUGCCAGUUCUGAGCCCAGUGCCUGGAUGAAGUGGUAGGCUGAAAGGGAGGCAAGAAUUGGAAGCUGAAUCCUAGCACAAUUGAGAUCUUGUGGGUGGGAAGAUCUCAAGUUUGUUUUCUGACACAUACAAAGCUUGCUGGCAGUGAGAGAGGGUUCUCGGCUAAAAAGUGAGGUUUUUAAAGACAACUUCUUUUGUUUUAGUGGUGCCAGUUACCAUCUUGCUGCAAACUCACUGUGAAACCCUUUGUUCAGAUUAUCCCAAGGCAGUGUUAAUCUGAACAUUAAAAAAACAGCUUGUGCACAAUCUCUAACCUCUCCUUGCUUGACUGAACUGAGAUAAAUGGCUUUGAAACAUUGAUGCCUUGUUCUUUCUGAGGUAUUAUCAGUAAAAUGCCUGGCUUUUUUCUUCUUCUUCUUCAAAAAUAAAUUCUAUUCUGCAUCAGUAUUGCAAAACCACGUAUACAGCACAAGAUUGCUUCUAUGUUUCUAUACCCAAUGGAUAAAUAUUUUGUUUUGUUUUAAAUGGGGCCAUGGUGUAAGUCAGCUUUCUAUCUUGGUUGGCUGAAAGCAGAAUUUAUUUUCCAAAAUGAAGGCUGUCUAUUGUUUCUUUAUCCCAUUCUGUUUCUAUGCCAUUCUAAAGUAAUGGCAGUAGGAACGACCAUGAACAGCUCACUUGUAUGAAUUUAGAAAAUCUGAAACAUUUUAUUAGUCAGACUGUCUGACUAAUAAAAAGUUUGAAGAAAAAUGAGCUAAUAGUAUUCCCUACACAUACACCAGAAAUUGGGAGCAUGUGCAUGUUCCAUAUUGGGAAUAAGUUAUGCAGGUUCACCUUCUCCUGGUAUUACAUGAGACUUCCACAUCCCCGAAUGUUCAAAGGUGAUAGGUUUAUAAUUUUCUCUUUGCCUAUCCUGGGCCUAAAGUUUGCUAUUCUGGUCCAAUUGCAUGAAUAAGCCACCUGGGACGGUAUUUGAGCUGCAGAUGAAAAAUGCCGCUUUUGUGAACUUGCAUGUGCUGCUUGAGAUGAAGGAAUAGCAGAGAAUCAGAUGCGAUGGAAAGAAGGGAGUGACAGCAGAUGGUUUCAGGAGCCUCUCUACAUCUGGGAGGUAUGUGAUGCAUGUGCAUCAGCUGCGCACAACUUGUGCACCUGUGUAGAGUCCCAAGAUGCUACCAACAUUAUGCCUACGCCAAUUCCGCAGCCGUGGCCAUUUGUUGUUGCUCAUAGAGCUGUGCAUGCUCAAAUACAGAGUGGUCAAAGCUACACAGGGAGCGUAAACUUGGAAGUUCCACAUCACUCUUCCUUUCUUUUCCAAUAGCCCUUAAACCUGCAGAACAGAUUACAGCGAGAGCUUAUCUGUCCCUGUUUUCAUAGAAUAGAAUAGAAUCAUAGAAUAGAAUCAUAGAGUUGGAAGAGACCACAAGGGCCAUCGAGUCCAACCCCCUGCCAAGCAGGAAACACCAUCAGAGCACUCCUGACAUAUGGUUGUCAAGCCUCUGCUUAAAGACCUCCAAAGAAGGAGACUCCACCACACUCCUUGGCAGCAAAUUCCACUGUCGAACAGCUCUUACUGUCAGGAAGUUCUUCCUAAUGUUUAGGUGGAAUCUUCUUUCUUGUAGUUUGGAUCCAUUGCUCCGUGUCCGCUUCUCUGGAGCAGCAGAAAACAACCUUUCUCCCUCCUCUAUGUGACAUCCUUUUAUAUAUUUGAACAUGGCUAUCAUAUCACCCCUUAACCUCCUCUUCUCCAGGCUAAACAUGCCCAGCUCUCUUAGCUGUUCCUCAUAAGGCAUCGUUUCCAGGCCUUUGACCAUUUUGGUUGCCCUCCUCUGGACACGUUCCAGUUUGUCAGUGUCCUUCUUGAACUGUGGUGCCCAGAACUGGACACAGUACUCCAGGUGAGGUCUGACCAGAGCAGAAUACAGUGGCACUAUUACUUCCCUUGAUCUAGAUGCUAUACUCCUAUUGAUGCAGCCCAGAACUGCAUUGGCUUUUUAGCUGCCGCGUCACACUGUUGGCUCAUGUCAAGUUUGUGGUCAACCAAGACUCCUAGAUCCUUUUCACAUGUACUGCUCUCAAGCCAGGUGUCCCCAUCUUGUAUUUGUGCCUCUCAUUUUUUUGCCCAAGUGCAAUACUUUACAUUUCUCCCUGUUAAAAUUCAUCUUGUUUGUUUUGGCCCAGUUCUCUAAUCUGUCAAGGUCGUUUUGAAGUGUGAUCCUGUCCUCUGGGGUGUUAGCCACCCCUCCCAGUUUGGUGUCAUCUGCAAAUUUGAUCAGGAUGCCCUUGAGUUCAUCAUCCAAGUCGUUGAUAAAGAUGUUGAAUAAGACCGGGCCCAAGACAGAACCCUGUGGCACCCCACUAGUCACUCUUCUCCAGGAUGAAGAGGAACCAUUGAUGAGCACCCUUUGGGUUCGGUCAGCCAGCCAGUUACAAAUCCACUGAGUGGUAGCAUAGUCAAGACCACAUUUUACCAGCUUCUUUACAAGAAUAUCAUGAGGCACCUUGUCAAAUGCCUUGCUGAAAUCAAGGUAGGCUACAUCCACUGCGUUUUGCAGAUCUAGAGUCUACUGAAGAACCAAGGGACCGUUUUCUUCUUUCUUGUGUGUAUACAUGCUGAUGUACAGUGACACACCACAUUGUCUUAAGGUUUGGAAACCAGAAGUUUCAGCAAGGCAGUUGUGAGUCAAGGACCCUCCACCCGCUUAGGAUAAAUAAGACACAAGACACAUGUAUUUUAGGUUAAUGGGCUAAAUAAGGCCACAACUUUAUUGAUUAUAGUAUGUGAGAGGUAUUGUCUUAGGCAUUGGAUCAACAAUCAACAAUAUGACCCCACCCCGUGCAGCAGGGAGUCGUUUAAAGGUUAACACCCAGUGGGAGGAGCUUGUUGAUACAAAUACAACUGGAAGCUUCCCCUGAUGUCACCGGUGGUCUAGCCACCAGCGGAGCAUCGGACAGGAUCCACAACCUCCGGAUUCCUUUAACGGAAUACCCAACAAGGGGAGGGGUAGGUGAUGGCCACGACCUGCCCUCCAACACGCGACAGAUAUUCCAAUGCCUAACCACCAAUACCUGAAAAGUUGUGACGAUUUGUUACCAGGUAGGCGAAAAACCAAGAGGCUUGUGCCAAUUUGCCAAAUGGAUAAAAAUUCCUACCAGGUCCCCUGGUCAACCAGGGCAACCAACCCUGUUCCAUAGCAAGGUCAAAAGGCAAGAAUUAUGACCUGGGGAGGGUGGGCGGGUGAUCUGAAGGUACCAGGCAGCAGAGUGAAGACACAAGGCUGCGGCGUCUGCUUGACUGCAGCUCAACCCUGCCCUAUUGGCUGGCCUGAUGGGUGGGGCGCAGCAGCCAGGACAGUGAUACAGGGGGCCGACUAUGCCCCGCUGCUGACGUGGGACUGGUUCCCGCUCACAACACCUCCCCUCUGUGAGGAGGAGAGGCCUUGCACAGUAUCAGACGUCUUCUGCCAACACACUCCUCCUCCUUGGUCCUUGCACUCUCCAGGGUCUCUUUGCAUAUCUUCCAUUCACCUGUAGCAGCAUCACAUCAGCCCCAAAGGACUGCCUGUUCUUUCUGACUCUCUGGCUUUCCCCAGAUUUAUAGGGCUGUCCAGGAGGAUCUGGGUGGAAAUUUUAACCCCAUCUUUCUUGGCCGUUUGCAGCUGCCUUACCUUUGCUGAUUGUAAGAGGUGGGUGAGGGGAUUCGCUCCCAUUUUGUGCCCUUGCUGGCCUCAGCUAUGCUAUAUUUGCUAGAACACACCCAUGGAAAUGGCAUUACCUGGCACACUUUUUUUAGGACAUGCCAGGAAGAUGCUGUGGGAUUGGGAAGAACUAGAACCACCUGGCUCUUUUUAAAAGUCAUAAUCACGAUGAUUUCAAAAUGCCAGCAGGAAAGCUGUUCGAGGUAAAUCGUGAGCUGACUCGUCUUGUUUAUAAGGAUGUCUAGGAAGAAAAAUAAGGCAUUGCUGUGUAAGAAGAUAUUGUCUGUCUUGAGUCGAGUUGCUGGGGAAGAGGAAAAGGCUUGAAGAGAACGCAUGAGCGGCUCGCUCGGUUCGCCCUUCUAUAAAUAAUUAAGAUACACCAACCUUCCAGAGGGUAUAAAUAAAACAGUGUCACUGUGUAUGUGAUCUAUGAGACACCCAGGAAAAUGGGUCACCAAAUCAAUGAAAUAUGACAGACUGUUCUCACUCAAUUUGGAAAGCAUUCUAGCAGCUCUGCAGCUAAUUAGUUGCCGUUAUUUUAGUUAAUUUCAGUCGCAUAAGGACUUCACGUGAUGCACACGUUCUGUAAACCUUGGCCAUAAGAGUCAGUCUGUGUACCUUUUGCUUAAUAUUUAUAAAAUCCAAGUCUAAAAACAGUCUAUCCUUCAAGCCCUGCACUUACAUGGUCCACUGCGGCUGGAUCUAGACGCAUUAAAAAAACGUUUGAGGAAAACGCGUUGUAAACCUCAUCAUGGGAAAUCAUGUUGCCCAAAGAUGGAACUCCACAGUGCCAUCUGGUGUCACAGUUUUAUAACACAUUUAAAUUGUGUGGUUUUUUGUGUGUUUUUUUAAACUAAUGUAGCUGAGCCCCCAGGUUCAGUAUUUGAUCCACCUGAGAAGGAAUUUCUGAACUCUUGACGCAUUCCUACAUUCUGUCUUGAUUUCUGGCUUGCUCUGCUGUACUCUGUGGUUCUGGCUCCAUGUUCUUGACUGCUGACAUUUCACGUCUCCUAGUUCCCGACUCCUGUGACCUGACGUGAUAAUCCAGGCAGGAGAUAGAUUAAGAGCUCUUAAAAUAUACAUGUAGGUAAACCCUAGGGAUUUAAGGGUCAAUUUUAAUUUCAUUUUUUUUAAAAAAAUUAAAAUUAUAUUUACAACCUGCUUUUCUUAACUGAAGGUAGCCCCUAAGCAGUAAAUGCUGUAAUGUCAAAAAUAAAAGCAGACAAUAUGUAACAGUACGUGAUAACCAGGAAGCAAUUUAGUGGGUUCACAUGUUGCUCAUGAUGCUAAUUUUCUUUCCAUGUAGAUUUUGCAAAACAUUCUUCAGAAAUGGAAUGUUCAAACGUGAAUUUCUUUUCGCAGUGAGGGAAGAGGAGUCUUGGUAGAAACUUGAAAGAGUCAGUCAGAUUCUGUUUCCCUUUUUAAACAAUUUCCACCGCUAGGAAGCUUGCAAGCGAAACGUAUUUUCCUGAAAAUAUGACGGUGGUUUAUUUUGUUUCUGUUUGCACAAGCUGGCUUCCAACUGUGUGCAUUGUCUGUUUCUCUAAAUGCAGUAUUAUGACCUCUGAUACAUAGUGAACUGGUAGCUCAGCGUAAAGAUCUAAAGGUCAGAAACAGGUCAGAGUUUUCAAGCUCCUCAACCUCAAUCGCAUCCGUUUAAGUCCGUGGCUGCCUCUUAAACGCUUGCAGCCAUCUCUUCCUGUGCUUAAUCUUAGUAGCAUGAAAUGAUUAGAAAGCUAUUGUCAUUCAUUGGGAUGCUGCAUAUACGUUGCCAUAUUGUCAGAUAUAUUAAACUUAGUAAAUGUAUACUGCAUGCGCACAUUCAAUAGGAUUUUGUCCACAUUCAUAUCAUUUAUGAAGAAAGCUUAAUAGCAAAAGGCAAACCUUUAAAAUGAGGAAGGAGGGGAGCCAGAAAGCUGUGGUUUGAAUUUCUCCAUCUUAAUGUUCACUUUUGAAACAGGUGAUGUUUUAACUGAUGUGUUUGACUUGUGGAACAAUGCAAGUUUUGCUUUUUCUCUCACUCGCUGAUAAUGUAUGGAGUAAAUUCCAUUGUUGAGAGCAGCGGUAGAUUUUGCAGCAUAAUUUGUGGGCCUGCCCAGCUCUCCAAGGCUUCUUUAUUUCAGGCUCCCAGACUCAAGUAGAUGAGGUUAAGCUGCCCCAUGGCAUGAGAUGGAAAUUGGGUUUGCAUAUUCUCUGAAGCGGCUUUUGGCAAUGAAAAGAAUUCCCUACUGGGUGCAAUGGGGGAUUUCCCCUUAUUGCACAUAGCAACUUUAGAGGAAGGGUUUUCCUCAGGAUCCAUGCUAUGGUUAAAGUAACUCACUCACCGCACCAUAACCAUCAAUUCCCACCCUUACCAGAUGCUAUUUGCAUUGUUUAAAACCUGCAUGACAAAAGGGAAGGAACGUUUUAAUCUUAUAUCUCGCUUGUUCUAUAUACUUUCUGGUUCAGGACUGUAAACCUCCCUUUUGAUCCACAAUCUCUACAUAUAAAAAGGCUACCAAUGAGAAUCGUAUAGAAUUGUUUACAAAAUUGCACUUAACUAUGGGCGAAGAUGACUGAAAGUUCAUGCUUUCCUUUUUGGUCCUGUGAGUUAUAGUGGAAUUAACUCUCCAGUAGUGCAAAUGAUUAAGUGGAUACAGAAGAUACUGCCAGAGAAGUGUGCAAAGCACACUUUAUGAUUAUUUAAUUCAACUGAGACACAGAUGGUUAGAUUUGUUGUGCUGUAUACAAAGCACGCAUAGCUCUUAAAAGGGCUAGCUCAUCAUCAUCACCAUCUCAUUUAUUCGUCAUGUAACCAAGAUCAGAAUCACACUCUGCUUCAAAGGACAGCAUUCUAGACCAAAUCCUCUUCAGCCUUCAGCUGAGUUUAUCAGUUGUAAUGUCAAGUGCAAUAGACUCGAAAGGGUGAGUGUAUUUUUAAUCAAGCAAAGGCCGCUGAUACAGACUUGAAGGAAUUGAUGCAGAUGCAUUAAAAAGACAACAGGAAAGACUACAAAGCAACUUCCCAAGUAUAGAAGUACUUGGAUAUGAAGCCAACCUCUUAACAUGCCACAGAUCCUUUGAUCAUUUGUUGUAUGGACAUUUCCUCCAGUCAAAGUGAGAAUAGGACUGUUUGCCUAUGUGAAUAACCCCAAGGUGAAAUUGCUGACCUGCAUCACACCAAAUUAACAGUCUCUGAAACCACCUUAGGAGCCCAAGUUAUGUAUACAGAACCUGAGAGGUCUAUGAGUGAUCCACCUGCAGAACAGAAGGAGCCCAUCACGUGUGCAGGAGAUUUUCCUCAGGACCAUUGCAGAAGAGGAAAUGGUUGAACUUCCCCUCCAGGCCUUCUGCAGUGGCAUGUUUUCUCUCCACCCCUCUCUGUUUAAAAGCAAAGAUGCAUGUUUAAUGCAGAGAAGCAUUUUAAUGUUAUGUCAUGUUUGGCCCUAUAUAUUUAUUUUUCAGGAUUUCAUGCAUCCCUUUUCUAUAAGAGAUAUAAUGCUAAAUUAUUAAACAUGUUACCUCCCACAAGAAUGCAAACUGUUCUAUAUUUUGGAAAGUUGUUUGGCCAUUCACCUGUUCUCUUUGAAUUCAGACAUCUCUUAAGGUACUGACACAAAAUUUGGCACAAAAGUUCCUAAGAUUGAGGAGCAGUUUUUCCAUGUAUGUUUGGGUGCCAUUGAAUCCCAUUAGAAUUACAAUUUCACACCAGACAUUUUUCAAAACUACACUGUUUUGGACACAUCUGAAGAUAUUGUAACUGCUAUGCCCCCUCUGGAGGAAUCCUCUUGAGAGAAGUACCUGCUGCUCCACAAAGUAAGUGUUAUGAAGGAGUGGGUUGCACAUGGAGAUGGAGAAGGGGAUUUGGGAUCUCCAGGGGUUAUGACACCCCUGAAAGAACACCACUUAACUUCCACUUCUUAAUUCCUGUGCAUGCUCAGAUAUAAUUUAUCACAUUGUGGUAUUUUGGGAUUUGACAAAUGGUAGGUUUCUGGGUCCGGCCUUGGUGCAAGUCAAUGCAGCAUUGCAUUUUAUGAAGAAGAAUUUUAGAAGUUCUUACAGCUGGAGUUUGGCAUUGGAGAGCACUUGCUAAAUGGAACUAAGAAUCUUGAAGCUCCUAGAACUAGAAUGUGUUUGCAUUGCAGUGCCGUCCAUUAUUCCAUAAUGAACCAUAAUGGCAGUGGUCCAUGUUCCCAUUAUAUGUUCCUGAGAGCUUCUGAGUUUAGAGUAGUUUGCCAGAGUUUUUCGAAGCUGAGCUUUCAAACAGUUGCAAACAGUUCCAAGAAAUGAUGGCUUGCUCCUGUCUCCUCUAUAGAGCAGUUUCAUUAAGCUCUCGCCAUUUGACUGUCAGCCGUAUAAGGAGCAUUUCAGGAGCUGUGCUAUUCUCAUUGCUGCUCAAGAUACCCAAACUUUAUUCUGUGUCGUUGCUGCUACUCUCUGAGCCACAAAUUAUUUAGAAGGAAUCAUUCUGCUGCCAGCCUUUGUUACAUCAAGCAGGACUCAGCUCUUAUUAGCAUUUUCCACUAGUAAAAAUAAUAAUCCCUGAAGCUAUGGUGAUUCACUCACUUGUUACCUUUAAGAUCCCAGCUGAUAAUUAGUCUAAUAGAAGUGUUUGGAUGUCAAGGGAUCAGGGGUCACAAGUGGAAUUGCUUGGUAAAGCCUGUGCAGAAUGUCAAACCACCAUUGACAAUAUGAGGAGCAGCUAAAAAAAUUAAUGAGCAAGAAAUGUGUUCUAGUGUAAUCUAUGUUUAGCUAGUAUUGGUCUCCACUUCUCAAAUGGUGUCCAGUGAGAUGUUCCAUAACAACUACCUGUUCAUUAGUGAGCUACGUGAAUUCAGAAAGAGUUGCGUGGUCAUUUUCCUCUUUUCCAGCCGGUUGCACAGCAGUGAUAGCAAUGUUUGUUUUGGAAUGUAGCAUGGGUAGAAUAGUUAGUCAUGAAGAGAACUAUACGCUGCUGCUAUGGUGCUUGAUUAGAUCAGCACCAGCUGCCAAUGGACAGCGUCCAACAUUCACUUGGGAGAUCAGAGCCUGCUAUUCUUCUGCAAAUGAAGCUCUUUUAUUUUUAUUAUUUUCUGCUAAUGUGUCCUAUUGGGAGGGGGAAAUGAUGUUCCUUCAAUAUUUAAAGGCUUAGUCCUUUCUCAGAGGCAUCAGCCUGGUAUAUGAAAUGGAAAUGGGGGAUUGCUACAGCUGUUGGCCUCCAACUUUCAGCAGUCUCAGCCUUUUGGCCAAGUUUGCUGAUGGCUCUGGAUGAGUCUCACUUUUGGCUGUUAGGUGUAAAAGUAGGCAAGAGCUUUACUAAAUAUAAUUAACACAGAGAAAAAGAACGGAGGGUGUGCAGGUACAGAAGUUCAAUACCCCAAAGUAGAAUUGCACAGAAAAACCAGCCUGGCUCAAUAGCCACAAAGCCCCCUCUCCAAUUUCAAGACAGAUAAUAAUUUUAUUAUUUAUACCCUGUUGUUUGAAGGAAUGCAAGUGGCGCUGUGGGUUAAACCACAGAGCCUAGGACUUGCUGAUCAGAAGGUCGGUGGUUCGAAUCCCCGUUACGGGGUGAGCUCCCGUUGCUCGAUCCCUGCUCCUGCCAACCUAGCAGUUCGAAAGCACGUCAAAGUGCAAGUAGACAAAUAGGUACCGCUCCAGUGGGAAGGUAAACGGCGUUUCCGUGCGCUGCUCUGGUUCGCUGACCAUUAGGUCCAGUCGUGACCGACUCCGGGGUUGCGGCGCUCAUCUCGCUUUACUGGCCGAGGGAGCCGGCGUACAGCUUCCGGGUCAUGUGGCCAGCAUGACUUAGCCGCUUCUGGCGAACCAGAGCAGCUCACGGAAACGGCGUUUACCUUCCCGCUGGAGUGGUACCUAUUUAUCUACUUGCACUUUGACGUGCUUUUGAACUGCUAGGUGGGCAGGAGCAGGGACCGAGCAAUGGGAGCUCACCCCGUCGCGGGAUUCGAACCGCUGACCUUCUGAUCUGUGGUUUAGACCACAGCGCUACCCCGACCCCAAGUCAACCCUGUACAGACCUUAUAGAGGCUGAUUUCUUGCUUGAAAUCUUACAAUGCCUACUAAGCUACACUUGCAGUCAUGAGAGCCUCAAGCCAGCCUGGCCCUGAGCCCAGAAAUGAGGCACCAGAAAGUGCCACCUCCUUCCUUCUCCCACAAUUGCUGCCCAACCUGCAGGCUAUGCGGCAAGGGAGAGGUGUUCCUCUUAGCCAGUGGUUUCUGUGCUUAAACUAGAAUUUGCACAAUGCUUCUUGCAUUGUGCAUCAUUAUCCCAUUUACACUCAUUUUGGCACCCUGUAAAUCUGGACUGCUUUGCAAUACCGGUGCCAAUAGAAAGUACAAGCUCUGGUUGUGCUUUGCUCCCUGUUGAGUUUCCCACAUGCUAUUCCGGUGGGGGUGAUGCUAUCUUGAUUGUGUGUGGGGACUGCAAUAAUAAUAAUAAUAAUAAUAAUUUAUUAAUUAUACCCCGCCCAUCUGGCUGAAUUUCCCCCAGCCACUCUUGGCGGCUCCCAAUCGAGUGUUAAAAACAAUACAGCAUUAAAUAUUAAAAGCCUCCCUAAAUGGGGCUGCCUUCAGGUGUCUUUUAAAAAUAGUAUAGGUGUUUAUUUCCUUGACAUUUGGUGGGAGGGCAUUCCACAGGGCGGGCGCCACUACUGAGAAGGCCCUCUGUCUGGUUCCCUGUAACCUCACUUCUCGCAAUGAGGGAACCGCCAGAAGGCCCUCAGAGGAGGACCUCAGUGUCCGGGUAGAACGAUGGGGGUGGAGACGAUCCUUCAGGAAUACUGGGCCGAGGCUGUUCAGGGGCCCUCGCCUGUUUUAACGUUUGCCGGCAAUUCACUUGUGACAGAAAUACUGCGGCAAUAAAACAUAAAUUUUAAACAAGGAAAUCCAAGCAACAACAUAUAUACAAAUUCGAAUACAUUUUUGCAUUUGCUCCUAUCAAGUAGCUUUUACAGAAUCAUAGCUCUAUUUUGUGGCUUGCAUUUUUUUUUUCCAAAAGAAAGAAAGAAAAGCUUGACUUAUCCUAUGUUCAGCUAUCUGAUUUCCAGUAGCCACUAUACUUUUUGUCCAAAUAUAUGUCUCCCCACCCCAAGGUAGUUAAUUACACAGGGGUGCUUUUAUGCUUUAUAAUUUUCUAAUGCUCUAUAAUUGAAUUCCCACUGAAGCUUUGCAGAAAGUCAAAUUAAUUGUUGGCAUAAUGAAAAAUGUGUUAAAUAUAAAGGAAGGUGCAGUGUACCAAAACAUGUUUAUUAAAUGCCUCGGUUUUGAGCGCUGUGGAAAUGCUAAAGGAUGAUGUGAAUCACAAGAAAAAAAGAACAGUAAGAGGGGAAUAUGUGCAGGUCGAACAAUGUAUCUCCCCCUGUGUGUUCCUAUGUAUGGAAUCCUGGUAUUGCUUGAGCAAGUAAUCCAUGAAUAGAGACCAAUGUGAUUACUACUGCCAUAUCGUAGUGUUGACUUUGUCUUUACUCGUAGCUUCCCAGAAAACCUGAAGUUUAUUUAACAGAUAGUACCUGUACUUCUGGAAAAUAGAAGGGGAAGAAAUUGAGGCAGUGAGAGAUAUUUCUUUCUUGGGCUCCAUGAGCACUGCAGAUGGUGCAUGAAAUUAAAAGAUGCUUGCUUCUUGGGAGAAAAGCAAUGACAAACCUAGACAGCAUCUUAAAAAGCAGAGACAUCACCUUGCCGACAAAGGUCCGUAUAGUUAAAGCCAUGGUUUUCCCAGUAGUGGUGUAUGGAAGUGAGAGCUGGACCAUAAAGAAGGCUGAUCGCCGAAGAAUUGAUGCUUUUGAAUUAUGGUGCUGGAGGAGACUCUUGAGAGUCCCAUGGACUGCAAGAAGAUCAAACCUAUCCAUUCUUAAGGAAAUCAGCCCUGGGUGCUCACUGGAAGGACAGACCCUGAAACUGUGGCUCCAGUACUUUGGCCACCUCAUGAGAAGAGAAAACUCCCUGGAAAAGACCCUGAUGUUGGGAAGGAUUGAGGGCACAAGGAGAAGGGGACAACAGAGGACAAGAUGGUUGGACAGUGUUCUCGAAGCUACCAGCAUGAGUUUGACCAAACUGCGGGAGGCAGUGGAAGACAGGAGUGCCUGGCAUGCUGUGGUCCAUGGAGUCACGAAAAGUCGGACAUGACUAAACGAGUAAACAGCAGCAACCUGUACUUCUGCUCUGGUGUCGCAGACCCUGCAUGAUAACUGCCCUGUAGCUAGCUGUCAGGGGUUCUGGGACAGAGGCACAGGGUAGGCAGGAGAUGGAGAGCGAUGGGGAGGAAUCCCAGGACAGCGAGGAAGAGGAUGACAAUGACUCAAGAGAUUCCAUGAGUCUUUCCAGCGAAUCAGAGGAUUCCCAGAAGGGGGCGCCGGUGGUCAAGCCCAGGGGAGCCCCAGGGGGGACGUGUCAGGAGCAGGGGGCCAGCUGGGCAUCCCAAAGUGGCAGCUGGGUGUCAGGACCAGCCUCCCCGCCAGAGUGCAGCGAGGGGGUGGAAGUUUCAGUGUGUCAGGGAAGCGGCUCCGGCAGUAGAGAAAGGAGGGAGGUCGGAGCAAGCCAUCCUCCCGGAAGGGAGGGAGCAGUGAAGGGAGUAGUGUAGCUGUUGAAAGGAAGGUUAGAGGCUGGGCGCGCGCCAAGUUCAAAUGUAGAGGCGCGCGGAAGUACAGGGAGCCCGGAGGAGGGGCCAGGUCCCAAAGCCCCCAGGAGGGGGGAAGAGCAGUCUGAUUCCGCGUCAGAGGAAUCCAGGAGGGGCGAAACCCCAGCGGGCAGAAGGACCCUGCGGAAAAGGAAAGAGAGAAAGAGGUGGAGCAGCGCAAGUCUCUUAAAUUGGUGCAGGGAGGGACGGAUUCAGAGGGGACUUCAGCGGUCUAAGCGUAGCAGACGUAGGGCUGCGCGCCUAGGAUGUCAAGCAAACAAUGAACUGCAAUAAACACUUUUGUAUAUAAGAAGACAUAGGCGUUGGUCUUUUGUGAGCUGAGACUUGAGGCAGCCCUGACACUAGCUAUCAGAGUGGGACACCCAUCACAGAAUUGUGGAGUUGGAAGAGACCGUUGAGGAAGGGGGAGUAACAAAGUUGAACCAUGAUUGACAAAGCUGAAGCAUCAGUGGGGACAGGAUCUGGGGACCCACCCACGGUAUCAUUGCUGGUUCCCAUGGUAUUAUUGCUGGUUCAGACAGUCUGGUAGUCCCAAAUCAGCAUCCUCGUUCAUUAAAUUCCCAUUCCUGCAGGUACAAAGAAAUGGGCUAAAACCAGUUCUACUUAUCGUGAAAUUCCCAUGCUAAACACAGCAUGACAGCUGUGUUUUAUGUAUUAUGGUCACAACGUGCUUAAGUUAAGCCUCCUUCCUUUGGGGCUUAGCUAUUGCUUGUUUAGGGAUUGUAUGAUGCUGACAGCCGUUUUGUCCUGCAAAUGGUGUCAAUAUAUAGGAAUUGGUUUUGAUUCAAAAGCUGAACAGGCUUGAUUGGCCUUGUAAACUGCCUAGAGAGGGGAGUGACUGACAGAGCCACAUUUUAGCUGUUGUGUGUGCCCUUUGUAAGAAUGAAGUAUGACUGUUAAAAUAAAUAAAUACAUGACCUAUUCAGGUUGAGUUCAAAGGUCAGCUGAGAUCAAAACGAUCAAGUCACACAUAACAGGCCUAGAUUUCCUGCUUGAAGUAGAUUUGUAGGCAGAGAACUAACUUCCAUGAAAUGAAAUCUUACAGAUGAAUGCUGCCACAUAGAACUGACAAUCAAAAUGAAAAAGGGAGCUUGACCUGCAUCCCAGUUAACAUUUACAACAAAUCCAGCAUGUUGUUAUACAACAGAAGGUUGUAUCUGCCAAGCAAAUAAAACUGCAUAUUAACACUCCUACCACAACCAGAAAAGAGGUGAGGAGAGGGGAGCGAUAUCUCUGUUCAUGAAUUUAAUGCAACGGGUUUUUACUAUAUGAGCUUGGUGGCUAACUGCAAUUUGAUUUGUUCUCCAAUUAAAGAUGCACAUUCGUUAAAUAUAUGCAAAUAAAAUAGUUUAUUUGUUUUAAUAGAUGAUGCAUGUGACGAGCCUCUUGUGUGUCAAUGAGACCAAAGACAGAAGCUUCUUCUAAGAUGCUACUAGCAAGGAUUUGUAUUUUAAAACAGAGGCAAUAUUUUUUUAAUUGAUCAAAAGGUUUCAAAUUAAUUUUAAUUGACUAAAUUCUGCAGCUCUAGUAAAAAACAAACAUUAAAGCCCUUUGGUGUCUUCUGCUGAACUGAACCAAGUUACACACUACACUUAUGGGAUUACUCUGGAAUGAAUUGGAGUAAAGUGGUUUAAAGAUGCAAUUAUAGAGACAAUUAAUGAUUGGGGCUAUCAGGGAGAUGGUAGGAUAUAUAAGGCACAGGAUGCAUUACAUAGGGAAACAAGAGUUAUAUCCUGUUGGGUCCUGUACCCAAAUUCUUAGGCUGGUGCCCGGCAGGCUUUCUGGCAAACCUUAAAAAGAUUAUGUCCAAAGUAUGGCUGCUACAUACAUAUGGCAAUUUGUGUGUGUUGCAGAGCAUUGGACUAGGUGUCCCUUCCAAUUCUACAAUUCUAUGGAAAAUGUAGGGUAAGAUCUGUUGUCUGUACAGAGCAGGGUAGAAGGCUCUGUUUUUAGGUGGCAGAAGUGAAGCGAACUCCAUUUCUGCAACAACUGGAUGGUUUCUGCAUUGCAUGGCAGUUAAGGGGCAGGGUUUGCUGUACAACAACAACAACAACAACAACAAUAACAAUAAUAAUAAUUUAUUAUUUAUACCCCGCCCAUCUGGCUGGGUUUCUCCAGCCACUCUGGGCGGCUUCCAACAAAAUAUUAAAAUACAAUAGUGCGUCAAACAUUAAAAGCUUCCCUAAACAGGGCUGCCUUCAGAUGUCUUCUGAAAGUCUGGUAGUUGUUUUUCUCUUUGACAUCUGUUGGGAGGGCGUUCCACAGGGCUGGUGCCAUUACUGAGGAGGCCCUCUGCCUGAUUCCCUGUAACUUGGCUUCUCGCAGUGAGGGAACCGCCAGAAGGCCCUUGGAGCCAGACCUCAAUGUCCAGGAGGAACGAUGGGGGUGGAGACGCUCCUUUAGGUCUACUGGACUGAGGCCGUUUCGGGCUUUAAAGGUCAGCCCCAACACUUUGAAUUGUGCCCAGAAAUGCGCUGGGAGCCAAUGUAGAUCUUUCAAGACCGGUGUUAUGUGCAAAUGCUGACUAUAAAGCUCUCUGAGGUAGCAGCUUUCCAGUCUCUACAUCCCCAGCCUAGAAUGCUCCAGAUGUUUUGGUGCAACAGAUCAGUACAGUAGACUUACUGUUCUGGAAGGCAUGUGAAAGUUAUUCCUUCUUACCUCAUGCACGCCCGCCACUCAUUGCAUAGCAGCCUUCCGCAACAUAAUGUCCUCCAAAUGUCUUGGACCACAGCUCUCGCCAUCCUUGACCUCUGGCCAAGCUGGCUGGGGCUGAUGGGAAUUUGAGUCCAACAAAACCGAGCAGCAUCUUGCUGGGAAAAACUCUUCUGCAUUGAUUACAGAAUCGAUGCCUGUUGCUGCCUCCACUGCACACGAAGUCAGUCUUGCUAUGUUUAGCACCUGCUCAAGCCAGGGCCUAUGUGGGGACGAGGUAUGGAGAACUUUUGUAUUUUAAUUUCAUUUAAUAAUUGUGUUGGCCAUCAUCUAAAACAGUGUUAUCCUCUCUGUGGCUUACAACGUACCAAUAACAUUGCAUACCCUCCAACGUUUCUCUAACCUUUAAAGCCUUAUAUGGCCUAGGAUGCUCGUACCUAUGGGACCGCCUCUCCUGGUAUGUCCCAUGGAGGACCUUACAGUCUUCAAAUAAAAACAUCUUGGAGAUCCUGGGCCACAGGGAGGUUAGGCUGGCCUCAAUCAGAGCCAGGGCUUUUUCGGCCAUGGAUCCGAUCUGGUGGGACGCUCUGUCACAAGAGACUAGGGCCCUGUGGGACCUGACAUCUUUCCGCAGGGCCUGCAAGACAGAGCUGUUCCACCAGGCCUUUGGCCAAGGCACAGUCUGACCUCCCCUCUCCUUCUGUAAUCCUCAUAGAACUCUAGCCCAAUGGUUGCCAUUAAUUUGAUUCUGAACUGAUUUUAGAAUGUAUUUCAAUUAAUUGACUGUGAUUUUAUGUAAACUGCUAUUUUUACUGUUGUUAGCCGCUCUGAGCCCAGCUUUGGCUGGGGAGGGCGGAAUAUAAACAAAAUAUUAUUAAUGAAAGUAGGGACAUCCUAAGGAAAAAUGGGGCAUUCUGGGAUCAAAUCAGAAACCGGGACGGCUUCUGUAAAUCCAGGACUGUCCCUGCAAAAUAGGGACACUUGGAGGGUCUGGGACACCAUGUUGACUGCCCUUGCUCUAAAGGAUGUCACUCUGAGCUUCCAUCUUUGUAGCAUGAAUAUCUGUAAGCCAAAUGGCGAUUUUUAUUUUGGUGUAUUCCCUCAUUAGGAACAGUUCAGACAGAAACACCCAAGGACAUUGGACCCUGGAUCUCCUGCUUCCUGCUAAAAACAACAACAACCCAAAACCUUAAAAAACUUGCUUGCAGGGUUGGUGAGAGAUCCCUUGUGAUCUCGUGGUCACCAUGUUGGACUAGAAGCUGGGAGACCAGGACUGAAAUCCUCACUUAGCCAUGAAACUCACUGGGUGCCCUUGGACCUCUUCUCAGGCCAGCUUCCCUCACAGGGUUAUUGUAAUGAUAUUAUGCAGAAAGGAGAACCCAGUAUGACUCCUUGAACUUCUUGGAGAAAAGAUGGCAUAUACAAGCAGUAAUAAAACAAUACAGCGCUGUGGUGGCAAUAGCAGAAGAUGCCUUGCAUAACGAAUCUCCAUAUUUAUUGCUGCUGCUCCAGGGAGGCUAGCAGGAUCUGUGUGGGCGGCACAGCAGUUGUUAUGGCAAAACAGCAGCCGUAGCUCCAAACCCCAGUUUGAUAAAGGCCUAGAGGCCACAUGCCCACAUAAUGUAAGACAGCCGAGAGUUUCAAACUGCAGACUCUAGGACCCAGACCCAGGCAUCUUGCUCUUUGCAACACUGUCCUCCUAAUUGGACCAUCUUCGCUUGGUGAAUAAGCAGUUCCUCACAUCUCCAGACUCUCUCAAAAGCAAGCAUGGAAAGCAAAUUAGCCUACAUAUCCUCAACGUGUAAAAAUACAGUGUUUGUGCGGGGGGCGGGGGAGAACGAGGCUGAAAGUGUAGGCUUUUAGAGAUGGUUUGUCUUCUUCUGAAAAAUCUAUCAUGCUUCUGCAGGUGACAGAUCCUUUCACAGCAUGCGGUUUUGCUUGUAAGCAGGGCUUCAGAAAUUGUGCACAAUUUGUAUGGCAUGUGAAAGAUAAGAGCGAAAGAGAUUUAUUUUUUUCCAAAUAUAUUGUCAGUCAGUUUAUUUAGAGUUCUGAGUGCUGGUUAGCAGGCACAAGAGAGCCUUUCUGGCAGCAGUUUGGAAAUUUCUUCCUGUGUGUGCUUUAAGUGUUUAACUGGCUAUAAGGCUUUAAAAACUUUUCAGGUCACUUAUUAUGCUGGCUUGAUUAGCAUACUUCCAGGGGCAUCUUAUCCAAGUCUGCAUCUGUAUUGAACUAUAUUUAUUAUUAUAUUUAAUAGUAUCAUAUAUUUAUUAUAAUAUUUAAUAAUAUAUCUUCUAUUCUAUUUCUACUACUGCUACUACUACCACUACUACUAUAUUUAACUGUUUUAUAGGUGGAAUUAUUUUUAAAUGCUUAUAUUGUUUUUAUAUAUGGAAUUGUUUUCUAUAUGGAACUUUUUUUAAAAAAAUAGUUUUUACACUUGUUUUAUAGUUGUCACUAUUUCAUCAGUUUGAGAAUGUGUGUUCUGUUGUUGCAACUCACACUGGGACUUUCUGGUAAAGGGAGGUUCAGAAAUCUAAUAUAAAUAAAUGGUUGUAGGGGAAAUCUGGCUGCCCCACAAACAUGGCAGACUAUUGAAAACUUAAGUCCUGUCUCAUUUAUCCCCCCCACCAUGGACGUUGAAAGGUUGAAAGAUUUCACCAGUCCUCCAAGGACUGUGGUUUCCUUUUCCUUCUGAUCUGCUCCCAACCCCUACACAAUGUGCCCCCAACGUUCUGUCGGGAAUUUCAGCCCAGCCCAGCUUGUGAGCACCCUCUGAUUCACUGGGAAGUAUAAUGCUGGUUCACCAAGUUUUAUUCAUUCAUUCAUUGUUGCAUUUAUAUACCACUGUCUUCCUCCCAUGAGUUCAAGGUGGUAUACUUGACUCGCCUCACUUAGUCCCCACAGCAACCCCAAGAUGCAGAGACUGGCUCAAGGUCACUCUGUGAACUUUGACCAGGGUCCAGUGGGGAUCUGAACCCGCGUCUCCCAGCUCCUGGCUCUUAAUGGCUGUGUAUAUGCCACCUUAUUUUCUAGCUCUAACCAACACUGGACAAAACUGAAUAGUAACUGGACUUUCAGGAAGAGAUUCCUGUUGAAUUUUUAGACUGCUCACACCUCACUUUUCUUCUGUUUUGUUGCUAGGCAACCUUGACUUUCCUGGUUGUGACAGUGAAUACCAACUGCUGUUUUGCUUGAUUCUUCCUCUCUCCUCUCUCUCUCCUCCCUUUUUUAACCGAGGAAGCUGUCUGUGGCAUAAUGUCAGAUGCUCUUUUCCACAUAUCAAGAUUUACAAAGCCAAACUGCGCUCAGGGGUUUUGUUCCCCCCAGUUUUUAACAAUUGAAAUAUGCACUCGUGUUGGUUUUUUUAAUAAAGUGUUUGCAUUCUUAGUACGUAAAACAGAAAUUUCCAGACAGAUAUUUCAAGAUUGGAUGACAGGCAAUGUGAAAAUGAUUUUGCGCCUUGGACGCAUUCACAUUUUACAUUUUUUUAGGUGUGCACAGGAAUAUCAUGUGGCAGAUUACACUCAUUGUAUGUUGCUGUCAACCUCCUUUCAAAGAAAUCCUCUGACAGGAUUUCCUCUUUCCCUCAUAAAUAUUGUGUGGCUAUUGCCUAAUUCUGAAUAUUUUUGAUUUAGUAAAAUGUCAAGCCACUGGGUGGAAUCCAAUGUAGUGCUAAGGCAAUUGGCCCAUCAAUGCCACGAUGUUUGCUUGCACAAUGUAACGCUCUCCUUCUACACACUCCCUAAGGUUUUCCUCAACUCUGGGUGACGCCCAGUUUUGGAUGAACAGACUAUCCCUUGCACUCCUUCUCCUCUGCCACUCCCUGUAUGCCUCAAAAAUCUUGUCUGGAGCACAUUUUGGGGGUAUGAAGAGGGAAUGAAAGGAAGGAGAAGUUCGGCUUUGGAAGCAGAAAUGGGUCAUACAACCCUGUGGGGGGGAAAAGGUAAAGGCAAAGGACCCCUGGAUGGUUAAGUUCAGUCAAAGGUAACUAUGGGGGUGCAGCGCUCAUCUCGCUUUCAGGCCAAGGGAGCCGGCGUUUGUCCACAGACAGCUUUCUGGGUCACGUGACCAGCAAGACUAAACCGCUUCUGGUGCAACAGGACAUGGUGACGGAAACCAGAGCGUACAGAAACUGUUGAGAAUUCUGUUCCACCUUAAGGAACAGACAUGUGGAAUUGUUGCAUGUCACAUGUCUGUUUACAUUCCAGCACAGUAUGCUGGGAACUUCUGUUUGUGUAUAGCUUUUGCUUUUGCUGUUCUCUCCGAGAUGACAUGAGAGAGAGACGACAUGUUUCUUUGUUCUGAUUUAUGUUUAAUAAAUCUGUAGCUGUAGCAUGACUUACGCCUCACGCCUACUUCUGUGUGCGGACCACACUCUGCUAAUUGCGUGCCCUGGUUUUUGAAGUUCGGGUCGCUGAUUUACGUCAGAGCACGGGCCAAUGGAAGGAGAUGUCUGAGCUGGGCUUGCCAGCUGGCCUCCCGACCCCUCUGCAUGUUGACAGAAAUGCCAUUUACCUUCCCGCCGCAGCGGUACCUAUUUAUCUACUUGCACUGGUGUGCUUUCGAAGUGCUAGGUUGGCAGGAGCUGGGACAGAGCAAUGGGAGCUCACCCCGUCACAGGGAUUUGAACUGCCAGUGUUUUUAACAGCAUGCCCAAGGUGGUUUAGACCACAGAGCCACCUGCGUCCCUGUGGGUAUCACUGGAUGACACCCUCUAAAUUGCCAAAGAGUGUGCUGUUCCAUAAGGGAUGCUAUGCUUGGUGCAGAUAUAUAGCAUGGCUUUCUUUUGAAGUACUCUUACACCAAAAUAGAUUGCCUGCAUUUUGAUGAUGUCCUACUGGUUUAGUGGCUCAGUGCGUCUGGCUGGUAACCAGAAGGUUGGUGGUCUAAGGCCAUGCAGGGAUGGCGAAGGGCAGGGUUCCUGCAUUGCCGGAGGUUGGAGUAGAUGACCCUUUGGGUCCCUUCCAGUUCUAUGAUCUAUGAUUUUAGGUUGAUUAGAUACAGUUUCAAGCACCUGGUGGAACUAUUUGAAGAAGCCAGGCUGACAUCUGAUGCUUUGUGACUGCAAGAAUUAUGCCUGGCUCACUGGGAGAGAGAUCAUGGCCAAGCCUAUUAGAACACAUUGUGAGUAAAUCUGUCAAGUAAUUUGCAUUGCAUUAUCUGGCUUGUAAACAAUUUCCAUCUUCUUGACUGUUAGGCUUAUAUUGAAUGAGGACUGGGAGCAAAUCCUGGGAGCAAAGGACUGAUGGGCAAGGUAUUAUGGGAUGGAUGUUUGCACAAAUAUCUUCUGUGUAUUUAUACAGGCGAUUUUUGGCAGACACCAUUCCAUUGGGCCCCAAUUUACUAAACGCUCCGGUGUAUAAUGAUGAAUAAGGCAAACAAUUAUUCACACCAUUACUAGCAGCACAUGUUAGUACUAUGCUGAAUUUUUGUGAGGGCCAAAACUUUGCUGCAAAAGUUGCUAUUCUGCUUCGGAAAUAUUCAUGAAUCCUUGCUCCUACCCUUCCACAUUAUAAGGCUUUCUCUUCUCUUUAACCUCUUUACUGCCAUUGUUGUCCUACUUUUAGGGAGCAAUAUUAAAAUGUCAAUACAAUUCAAUAUUUCCCCCCAUUAAGUAAAUAUUCCUUGGUCAGAGAAGCAUUGACUGUUGCCCCCAUGAGAACAGUUAAAGACAACCUAAAAAUGUGUUUGUGUGGAGUCAACCUAGAAUAACUGAAAUCACAUUUAAGGAUUAAUUAAUGGCCAUGAGCACUACCAGACAACACAUUUAUAAAUCAAGGAAUCAAUAUAUAGACCAUGUCUCCUGCAUUUUCCGCCCUGGCUGGAUUUUCCUUUAGUUCCUAGGUUGUAUAGUCAUGACACUGAAAAUGUCAUAGCAGCCACAUUCAAACAGAGUUCUGCACUUCAACAUCUGCCUGAUCCAGCCCAUCUAACUGGAUUGAACCAUCUAACCUGAGUUGCAGGAUUAUACAGGUGCAAAAGACUCAAUUCUCUAUUCCUUCCCCACUCUAAGACGUUCAAAUUAAUAAUUGCACCAGGCCCUUUCGUACAGUGUGCAGAGGCAAUCAACAGGCAUUGACAGCCAGUCAUGAGAUCCUGCUGAGUGUUACAAUAUGGAACUUUUGUGUUAGUCACACUGUGGGGAGGAAAACCAUGGGUGCGCAAAAAUUGUCUGUAGGUUAAUUAAGUCUUUUCAUUUGGUUCAAGAACACUCAUGAUCAUCCCAGAAUAGCUGUAACCACAGAAUUGGGUAUUAUUCUCUCAGAUCAGAGCCCCUAGAGUUGGGGGGGGGAGUAUGUAUCACCUUUCUUUAAUCACUGCAUGUGCAUUGGGACAUAAUUGGGCUGGAGGUUAUUAAAAGUUCCCACUUUUCAAUUCUUAGCUCUCAGUGGUGAAAGAACAAGAAGAAAAACCCUACCCAUCCAGCGCUUAGUUUCUGCCAGAGGAGUUUGCUUAACAGAGGCUGGUGGCCUUAAGGUCUCUCUGGAGAUCUCAUAACCGUAACAAGUAACCAGCACAUGUUUCAUGUUUGCCACGAGAGCUUAUUUGCUAGCUUGGGACGUCUGUUUAUCGAAAUAAAAUAUAUUGUGUUUUGCGGAAAGAACCGUAGAAUUACUACAACUUCAUUCUCCCUGACAUGUUUUGUGAUUACUUUAAUAUCAAGCAGUAAUCCUGUAUUUGGAAGGAUUUAUCCAGAACAAGCACAAGCAGAACUCGCUUCACUUUGGAUCCUGAAUUACCGUAUUUUUUGCUCUAUAAGACUCAUUUUUUCCCUCCUAAAAAGUAAGGGGAAAUGUGUGUGCGUCUUAUGGAGCGAAUGCAGGCUGCACAGCUAUCCCAGAAGCCAGAACAGCAAGAGGGAUUGCUGCUUUCACUGCGUAGCGAUCCCUCUUGCUGUUCUGGCUUCUGAGAUUCAGAAUAUUUUUUUUUCUUGUUUUCCUCCUCCAAAAACUCGGUGCGUCUUGUGGUCUGGUGCGUCUUAUAGAGCGAAAAAUACGGUACCUACAGUCUAUUUUAUUUUUUUAAGCCUUUGAGAGUGCUUGAUAGAAAAUCUCUGUUAAGAAAUGCAGAUUCUGGCCCAGGACACUUUUCUGUCCAGACAAAAGUGUUGUUUGCUGCCGUUCUUAGUGUUGUUAUGCCCUAAUUGUUAUGCCCCCACAUGCAGCUGCUGGGUGACCUUGGGCCAGUCACACUUCUUUGAAGUCUCUCAGCCCCACUCACCUCACAGAGUGUUUGUUAUGGGGGAGGAAGGGAAAGGAGAAUGUUAGCCGCUUUGAGACUCCUGAAGGGGAGUGAAAGGCAGAAUAUCAAGUCCAAACUCUAAUUAAAUAUUACGUUGCAAAAAUAAUAGGGAUGGGUGGGUGGAAAGCAGGUGGGGAAUGAGAAGAGAUAGGAGCUAAAAAGCUCUGGGGGAGGAAAACAUUGACAUAUCCAGAGAAGCUCCAGUUUGGCAGUGGCCAGCUAAUGCACUCUAGGGCAGUCUUCCUUAACCUGGUGCCCUCCCAUGAUUCGGACUACAACUCCCAUCAUUCCUGGCAAUUUGCCAUCUUGCUUGUGGCUGAUGGGAGUUGUAGUCCAAAACAUCUGGCAGGUUGACUACAGCUGCAAUGGGGCGCGGCUUCUCCCAACAGCUGAUAACUAAUUCCCCUAUCACACUAACAACUCUUUAUGUGUUUGUAUACGUCUCUUUACUUCUGGAAAGAGGCAUUUAAAAUUAGCACUAAAAUUGCCUGGACAUGACUUUGCUAUCCUUCCUUGCCUUCCUCCCCACCCCAGUAUCCUUAUGUUUGAGUUGAGAAGAUUGGGAUUACUUUGCCAUUUUGCUUAUCCUUAGAAAAAACACCACACAACCCAACUAAUCCUGGAUUUUGCUGUGAAGUGAUUUCAACCACUGCUUUUUCCUGCACCUUGAAAUAGUUACAGCUUCAUCUCCAUUGAGGCUCAGUGCAGUGGAACUUACAUAAUGCUCUGGCAGCAUUUUUAAAUAAAUGACAAUGUAGCAUGUUUUGAGAAUUUCAAGUCCACAGGAGCUCAGAGAUGUCUCUGCUGCAUUUGGCUUUAAUUGGACAGCAAACCAAAAAGACACUGAGCUCUCCAGUUGUGUGCAGGUUGAAGUUGCCUCGCAUGUAAGUCAUUUUAAGGAAAUAGCACCAGCAUGUUGUUGGUACUUGCGAGGGCUCUCCCACCCCGUGGAGAUGGCAACAUUGACCCUUAGAGUGAAAUCUAACUCCUUGAGUUUGCAAGCUUCACAGAAUAACACGCUUUCCAGAACGCAAGUCACAGAAUUGGAGACAAUUAACCAAAACAAUAAUAAAUAAUAAUAAAUUUUUAUUUAUACCCCACCCUUCCCGGUUCAGAAACCGGGCUCAGGGCGGCUAACAACAAAUUUUAACAAGCAGCAUAAAAUACAGUAUAAAAACAUGAAUAACAAUAAAAUUCAAAGUUCAGAAAUCAAUUUGGGGGAAAUCCAUCUAAUAAGCAUUAGAUAAUCACCAGGGCUAGCUGGCUGAAUUGGUCCUACUUGGGCCAGUGAGGAGGCCAGGGGAGAAUUAGCUGUGGGGUCUCAGAGCGGGUAAUCUUCAUAAAAGGGGAAGGGGAGGAAAGAGAAGGGAAAUAAAAGAUCAGGCUGAAUUCAAAGUAAAGGCCAGGCGGAAUAGCUCUGUCUUACAGGCCUAACGGAAGGAGGUUAAAUCUUGAAGGGCCCUAGUCUCAUGGGACAGAGCAUUCCACCAGGUUGGAGCCAUCACUGAGAAGGCCUUGGCCCUGGUGGAGGAUAAUAUAACUUCCUUAGGGCCCGGGACCUCUAAACUAUGGUUAUUCAUGGACCUUAAGCAAGCAUUGUGUUUAUGUGUGUGUGUUUUUUGAAGAAAUGCUAUGCAAUGGUUUAAAUGCAAAGCAUAUUUAUGUGAUUAAUUGCAACACAUCCCAGCUGGAUGGCAUUAACAUGGUAAGCUGAUCUCACUCUGGCAAAUGUGGACAGCCACCACAUGUGCUACUCUUGAGCUAGGAAACACAGACUGCUUGCAUGUUGUUAGCUUGGUGGCAUACAGUGCUGAGCAUGAAAAGGAGUAAAGGUAUUAGUUUAAAAAAAUCACAAAAGAAACAUAGGAAAUGAUCUUCUAUAUGUGUACGUAAGGCCUAACUUCUUAUGUGUAUUAAGUAAAAAAUAUAGAAUGUGUGUGGGAAGAGCGAGCAAACUGGGGAAACAUGCAGAAAAAAAACCCAUGGUUAUCACUGGUCUCUGGUGGGUUGGUCUUGCUAUCUAGUCCCAGUUAUGCAGACAGCUAUACAUUGUCACAAGAAUAAUGCUGUAGUCCUUCUAGCUAACUGAGAUAAUGGCCCACAAUGUCCCUGUCAGUACAAUUCUUUGCAUGUUUGCUCUGAAGCAAGCCCAGCCAUGUUCAAUGUAGUAAGUUUGGUUAAAACUAGAAGCAAAUCUCAUAAUUUGUCAUUUAAAUGUAGCAAGACAUUUGUUUUGUUUGUCAUUUAAACAAGUGAUUUAAAAGCUGCAGCAGAUGGCCAUGCAAACCACUUGAGACUGACCACACAGAAAGAUCCAUUGGAUUCCUGAUGGGAGGAGUGCCACUAGUGUCUUAAUUCUGCCCUGAAACCAGCAGCUUCUUUUAUUCAAAAAUAGCCCCUUCUUCCCACAUUUCCAAUUGGCUCUCUUCUUUUUUUUAUGGUGAUGCCUAGCAGAGCUUUGGUAUGAUGUCGUACUUCCUUAAUAGCUUCUGUUCUUUGCAUAUUUAAUCUGGGCUAAUUUUAGGAGCUACUUCUCAGCGAAAUUCCAGUUUAGAAUUAGCUUAAUGCAGGAAGUCAGAUUAAUGAGCCUGAAGUUAGCAAAUAGCUCUGCCUUCACAGAGAGCUAGUAGAAGCUGCAAGGGUGGAUUCAUACAUAAUUUGAAGCCAUCAAGGGAAGAAAUGGACUUGAAGUAGCUUUGUUGGCAAGGUGAACAUAAUUGCAAACCACAUGACAUUAUGCAGAUUUCUGUGUGGUUCUGUGCCUAGGGAGUUCUGCUAGUGGCAUGGUUGCCAUAGAAAAGAAAACAUCUGAAGGACUGUUCAGAUGGUCUAAACUGGAGGGCGUAGGGCAGAGGAUAUGGUACAAAACGGCUAUGUCUGAUUAACCACACACAUCUGUUCUGCGUGUAGUUUGUGGGCACAUAGGCUGUGUACAUGCUGUUGGGGAUGGAUUCUCCCACCCUCAAUCUUCUGACUGUGCAUAUAUAAUAGCAGGAAAAAGGUAAAGGACCCUUGGACGGUUAAGACCAGUCAAAGGCGACUAUGGGGUUGCGGCGCUCAUCUCACUUUCAGGCUGAGGGAGACGGCGUUGGUCCACAGGCAGUUUUCUGGGUCAUGUGGCCAGCAUGACUAAACCGCUUCUGGCGCAACGGGACACUGUGACAGAAACCAGAGCACACGGAAACGCUGUUUACCUUCCUGCCCCAGUGGUACCUAUUUAUCUGCUUGCAGGCUUUCGAACUGCUAGGUUGGCAGGAGCUGGGACCGAGCAACAGGAGCUCACCCCGUCGCGGGGAUUCAAACUGCCGACCUUUCUGAUCGGCAAGCCCAAGAGGCUCAGUGGUUUAGACCGCAGCGCCACCCCUGUCCCUAUAUGUAAUAGCACUGCCAUACACACACUGUUUAACAAAUGUACAGACCGUUUGGGUGGUAGUGUGAAUGCACGUCAUUCCCUUCUACAUGCAUAGAGACACAUUUCCCUUAUUAUAUGGGAACAGAGUUAUUAUUAUUAUUAUUAUUAUUAUUACUAUUCUAUGCAGAAGCUGCAUUACAGUGGUACCUCAGGUUACAUACAGUUCAGGUUACAUACGCUUCAGGUUACAGACUCCGCUAACCCAGAAUUAGUGCUUCAGGUUAAGAACUUUGCUUCAGGAUGAGAACAGAAAUCGUGCUCCUGCGGUGCGGCGGCAGCAGGAGGCCCCAUUAGCUAAAGUGGUGCUUCAGGUUAAGAACAGUUUCAGGUUAAGUACGGACCUCCUGAACGAAUUAAGUACCUCAGGUUGAGGUACCACUGUAUUUGCAAAUGAACUAAUUCUGUAGUUGAGGCUGAACAUCUGGCAUGUGCCACAGCCGCAGGCAGAUGAGCAGUGCCGUGUAUGGGGCCCAUCAUGAAAUCAGUCGUAACCAUGUGACAGGUUGUUUCUAAGGGCUCAGCCACACUUCUGCUUCAACAAAGGGCUCGGCCGACAACGACAAGAACCCGGCAACAGUAAUCAAAUCAAUCAGGCUAACCUGACUCAAAAACACCCACCCACCCCACUCACACAUGAAAACAAAGUUCACCACAGCCAAUCACAACCAACCAACCAACCACAUCCUUGUCCAACCCCAACCUCUCUCACCCCCAAAGGAAUACAAGUGAAUAGUAAAGAGAACCCACACAAGAGAUGCUGACACAAAACCCCACACAUACAAUAAGUAGACGAAUAGAAGCAUUGCCACCCGACCCCACCCCCACUCACCAUGGCUCCCUCCACCUCUUUCCCCUUUUCUUCCUAAUGUAACACUAAUGUCUCACAACAAAUGAAACUGAUCUGUAGAAAUUGCAACUUGAGACAUUGCACGUACUGUACUUUUGUAAACCAAGAAAUCCUUAAUAAAAAUACGUUAAAAAACCCCAAAAAAACCCCAAAGGGUUCAGCCACGCUUCCGCUUCUCCAAUGCCUAGAAAGCUUGGCUCUGAGCCAUUCUCCACCAGUCUCACGCUUUCUAGGAAGAGGUCUGAGCAGUUGUAUGUUUGCUCUGUAACUUUUCCCUGAAAAAUAAGCUCUUUACUUCUGAAUCGGAACAAAUAAUUCAUGGAAAACCCCAUUGCCACUUGGUCCUAUUCAGCAAUAUGUGGUGGAUUUCCCCGGGGGAAAGCAGUGGGGUAUAGGGAGGUAUGGAGGAGCCCAAAGUCAUCCCAUUAGUUCAAGGACUUCCUUCUGCACAACAGGGCUUCCUCUCCCCAAAUAUGCUUUGGACAGUUGGGAGAACCCCAGAAAAGAUUUGCUUGGGGAAGGUCAUGAGAAGGAAAGGAAGCCCCAUUGCACAGGGGGAAGACUUUGCACUAAUGGGACAAUUUUGUCCUAAGUGUUACAGGUUUGGGUGGCACCAUUUUUCGGUGGAACUGAUCUUGAAGUCUGGUUCAAAUGCUAAGCUUCCUGCAGCAAAGGGAUGAGGAUCUGAUGGAUGGGUAUAGACAUGAUUGUUUGUUUAGUCGUUUAGUCAUGUCCGACUCUUCGGGACCCCAUGGACCAGAGCACGCCAGGCACUCCUGUCUUCCACUGCUGGUAGCUUCGAGAACACUGUCCAACCAUCUUGUCCUCUGUCGUCCCCAUCUCCUUGUGUCCUCCAUCUUUCUCAACAUCAGGGUCUUUUCCAGGGAGUCUUCUCUUCUCAUGAGGUGGCCAAAGUCUUGGAGCCUCAGCUUCACAAUCUGUCCUUCCAGUGAGCACUCAGGGAUGAUUUCCUUAAGAAUGGAUAGGCUCGAUCUUACUGCAGUCCGUGGGACUCUCAAGAGUCUCCUCCAGCACCAUAAUUCAAAAGCAUCAAUUCUUCGGCGAUCAGCCUUCUUGAUGGUCCAGCUCUCACUUCCAUACAUCACUACUGGGAAAACCAUAGCUUUAACUAUACGGACCUUUGUUGGCAAGGUGAUGUCUCUGCUUUUUAAGAUGCAGUCUAGGUUUGUCACUGCUUUUCUAAAGUUAUGUUAAGAGAACCAAUGUGGUGUAAGCCUAGACUUGGAGACCCACUGGGUGACCUUGCUUUUCUCAUGCUCCCUCAGCUUAAUCUACCUCAGAGAGCUGUUGUAAGGAUUAAAUAGGGAGAAGAGAUCUGUGUGUGCCGCCGUGAGCUCCUUGAAGGAAAGGUGGGACAUGAACCUCCCCCAAAGUCUUCUGUAUAUGACCUCCCCCCCCCCUUCCAUAACAGCAAGUUUGUUGUUCGCUUGCUUCUGUUUAGAUGAUAGCACUGCAGACUACAAAUGCCUGGCAGUGAUCAGUAACAAUGCUGGAGAUUCUGUGAGUCACAGUACAUCAUCAGCCUCCAGCCAUCUCUGCAAAGAGCGCCAGAGUUCUGUGAGUAGCAGUGACCUUUACUCCCUGUUAUUUGGGGGACCAAAAAUCCAGAUCAGAAGCAAGAAUAUAAGAGUGCUUGUGAUAUGUCUGAUCCUAGCCGAGGAUAUUGAACUGCUGGCAGAAGCUUCAGCUGCAUCACUUACUGUCACUGUAACAUCUCUCUGGAUAAAAUAUGGAGGAAAGGGAGAAGCACAUAUGCCAACUUAAACUCUUUGCUGGGCAGGUGGGACAUUUCUUUUUCAUUUAUUUCAAUUGGACAUUUUGUAUACAGUCAUACUUUGGAAGUCAAAUGGAAUCCAUUCCGGAAGUCUGUUCGACUUCCAAAACGUUCAAAAACCAAAUUGCGACUUCUGAUCAACUGCAGGAAGCUCCUGCAGCCAAUCAGAAGCUGCGGAAGCCCCGUCAGAUGUUCGGGUUCCAAAAGAAUGUUCACAAACUGGAACACUCACGUCUGGGUUUGCGGCAUUCAGGAGCAAAACGUCUGAGUUCCAGGACGUUCGGAAUCCAAGGUCCGACUGUACUGCUUAAUUAUGUUGAUCUCUUAGCAGUGUAGAAAAAAAAUCACUACAAUUAAAAUAAAAGCCAGGUAAAAUUAUAAACUCAGAAUCCAGUUAAAAUUCCUGCUAGAUUUUUUUUUAAAGGAUUCAGUAGGCAAUGGAAGUUCAGUGGGGAGAGGGCUUGUCUGACCUCAGCUACAAGGGAGUUUCAUAAAAUUAGGCCCACAUUUCUGGUGGUGGGAAAAUAGGAAAGACUAGGAUGAGAGAUGUGUUAUAAACAAACCCCAGCAAGAGCCCUGCUGCCCCAAGGGUUGUUGCUGGGGUGAGUUUCCGCUUGGGAGCAAAAGGAGUUCUCCAUUUGCUUGCAUAGGUAAAGACACAGAUCUAAAUGCAAAACAAACCAUUUCAAUGUUGGUAAGAACAUAAGAGUCUUAAUCUCAGGGCUGUUGGGCAAAAUGAUUCCUCCUCUCCAGAGUUUUCCCCAAGCAAUCGGAGACUACGCCUGUGAGAAACCAACAUCUCCUCCUCCCUUUUCAUGCCUCUUCUGGUUCUGGGAGACCAGGGGAGAGGGGAGCUUGUCACAGCAGGAGGGCGAGAGAUACCCGUGCCUCUUCACCAGUCUGACUCAAUUCUGCCUCUUGGCCUUCCUCCUCCCCUGCUUCAGCUUCUGCCUCUGAUUCUGGACUCUGCCACAGACUCUCCCAGCUCACUAACCCCUGUUACUUCUUUCCUGGUCUUCUCCCUCUGACCCCUUAUUGUUGUCCCACCACCAAUCCCUGGGCUCUGAGCCUCCUUCCUUUGGUGGUUCCUCAGCUGGUCCCUGCCACCAUUCUUCUGAAUCCAACCAGCCCAUGACAUCUGGCAAUCCAUCUCAAAAUGUAAACAAGGGUAUCUAGAGGUCAGCUUUCACAAUGCAGAGUCAAUGUGAAAGGAGACAUUGGGCACACAAUUCUGAACUUUGGGUUAAUGCAUCCUGUGUUGUGUUUCACAUUGCAUUGCAUAUUUUGACUGAAAUGGAAUCACAACUGUGCAUGGCUACUCCAAACACAAUAUAUGCCAUCGUUGGCAUCGUUUACCAAAUUAAUUUGCCUUGGAAGCAUCAGCCAAAUGAAUAAUGGUCACAGAUCAAACAUAGCACCAGACAUACUGUUUUCCCAGCUGUAAUGUUCCAGCUGUAGAUAUAGCUUUGCUAGUCAAGGGUACUGAAUUAAGCAUGAUGCCAUUGACACAGCUAGCUUGCUCAAGAAAAAUGAAACCUUUAAUUUGUAGAGCUGUGGCUUAUUAGGAAAGAAGCAUCACACAGAGUUAGUAUUAGUAGAAAAUUAAAUGAACUGUGGGAUGCAAACUAGUUUUAAUCUAUCUUGCAAUUUAAAGGAUCUUCCAAAUCUGGUCAUGGGGAAAAAUUCUCAAUCACAAAAGCAAUUCUACAAAAAGUUAUCUAACUCCUCGGCUCAGUAGAGCUUUAUUCCUUUAUAAAAGGAAUAAAAUAAAGAUGCUGAUUUGUUGAUAUUAGCAAACAGUAUUUAGUUCCUGUCUAUGUCAGAUAAACAUGAAAUUUCAGAACUGCAGCUGAGAACUGCAGAUAAAGAGAACACAGGUUGGGACUCAAGAAAUUCAUGUGGGAUCUCUUUCAGUUGCAGCUUAUUGGUUUUUAACCCAGUUGUAGCCAAGCUGUGGAACUCCACAUGGGGCUGAACUAUAGCUCUCACCAUUCCUGACCAUUGGCCAUGCUGGCUGAGAUUGAUGGGAAUUAUAGGAUAACAGGAUAACAAGCUCCAUUUUUAUGUCUUUAUAUAUUACAUCUAUAUAUUACCUUCCUCCCAAGGUAUCCAGGGUGGUUUACAAUUUUAAAUAUUUGAAGAAAGGCUAUGAAAUAUUCCCAGACCAAUUUCAGGAGCUAAUAGCAUGAGCUCCCUAGUUUGGGCUUCUCUUAACCAAACAGGUCUAAUCAGUGACUUUGGUACAGGAAAUACUUGUGAGAUUGGCUGCUCAGAACAUUGUUAGUAUCUGGUUAAGAACAUAGCAACAUUCAUCAAGAAGAAGGAAUAAACCAAAAUCACAGCCAUAAUAUCACUUCGAGAAUAUGAUGUUAAUUUGCACAAACGUUCUCCUACAUUGUGCCUAUAUAUUGGGGUUGUUUCCCUCCCCCCCCCCCCGAUGAUGAUAUAUGGUAUUCAGCUAGGUUUUAUUUAGAGUAGACCCAUUGAAAUCAGUGAACAUGAACAUGAUAGGCAUUUCGCUAGCAAAUAAAUAUUGGCCAGAGCAUGAUGCAUCUUUUCUACUCACGAUGAGUAGUGUACUGGUUUGUCAGCAAUCCUUCUGGAUAGGCUGAGAUGUCACAUUACAAAAACAAAAAAAACAAAACUACCCAACAUUAUGCACAUGGAGAUGGAAUGACUCAUGAUUCAAGGCGAAGCUGGAGUGCUGUGUGUGCUCAGCAUAAUUCUGAUAGCUUAGGGAUAUUUGAAGGAAGGUGUUUAUUGGCUUCCCGUGGUUUGUUGAUUGAUUGGGUUUUUGUGUGUGCAAAUAAAUAACAUUAAACUGCAAGAUAAAUGAAUAAAAAUGCAUUUAUUCCAUCUGUCUGUCUCCUUGCAUUAACUAUUAUAACUUUGAAUCUUCUCUGCUGCCUUUGAUAGAGUCAAACCAAACUUUGAAUAAAGUUUAGAAUACUGUACUGCGCUGAAAUUAUUCAUAUUAGUGAGAAGUUCAUGCUAGCGAUUUCUGCAGCAAUACAACAAAGGCACAUCACAGUAUUGGGGGCGGUGGCCAGGGGAUCCUGUGUAUUUGCUGCUUAUAAAUGGUCCGUGUGUGUUGAUUCUGCAGCUACCUAGGAUCUGACAAUGGACUUUAAGACUGGAAUAAAAUCUGUCAUUUACCUUAAAGAUGUGAAGGCUAGGAUCCUAGGACUGGGCUAUUGCAGUAGCUUUAAAUAUACUAGGAAUGAAAAAAAUGAGUAUCUCUAUAUUAAGGUGAAUACCAAAGGAUUCUCCAACUACCUACCAGGAUAGAAUAGUUGACUGCAACUACUAACUAAAACAUACAAACAAACAAACAAACAAACAAACAAACAAAAACAAACAUACAGGCUAUUCUUGAACACCUUAUGCAAUCUGCAAUGGUUUCAAGUGCUCUCCUGUUCAGUUCUGCCCUUGAGCAGUUAAUCUAUUGUGUUUCCUAGACAUGCUCUCUCUCUGAAGAUGCUUGGAGAUAAUGCACAACCUAAUUUUACGUGCCUGUUUCAAAAUAAAAUACAGCCUCCUUUUUAAAUAGUAAGACUGUGUACACUCCAUGCAUUUAAAGCAUUUUCCUCCUUCCCAGGAAUCCAGCUCAUCACAGAACUACAAUUUCUAGCACCCUUAACAAACUACCAUUCCCAAGAUUCGGGGCGGGGGGGGAUAAUGAUGCUUAAAUUUAUGAUGUGUAUGCAACCUAGGUGAGAGCCUAAAUGCAGGUGGUAGAUCUCAGACAACUGCCUUUCCUCAAAGGUGUUACAUUGAGGCCGCACAUGUAUUACUGUGAUUGCUUGAUUAAAUAUGUGCAUUUUUGUAGCCAUCAGUGUCACAUCAAAGCAGAGAGUGUGGCAACAUUUGAAAUUUCAGAAGUGGCUGUGUCUGCUCUUCCUCCUUCCCCUGGAAGCCUAUACAGUGGUAUCUUGGGUUAAGAACUUAAUUCAUUCUGGAAGUCUGUUCUUAACCUGAAACUGUUCUUAACCUGAAGCACCACUUUAGCUAAUGGGGUCUCCCGCUGCUGCUGCCGUGUCUCCGCCACGCGAUUUCUGUUCUCAUCCUGAAGCAAAGUUCUUAACCCGAGGUACUAUUUCUGGGUUAGUGGAGUCUGUAACCUGAACCAUCUGUAACCUGAGGUACCACUGUAUUUGUAGAAACCUUCACCUACCUAAAUUGCAAACAGCAGCAACGAGAAAUUUCAAAAGUUCUACAUGUUCAGAAUGAUCUUACCAAGCCUUGUAGCCCUGAAAUAUAGGUGGAGACACAGGCUGAGAAACUGCUCAUAAUUCUCUGUUAGCAUCACCACCUAAGAUGACUUGACCAGCCUCCACAGCAGUUCAUACCCAGGGAGAGCAUGCUUGCAUGUGAGGAAUGGUGCGUUCUGGUUAAGUUCAGCUAUCAGGAUAUCUGCUACCAGCUGGUGAGAGCAAGUGAUAACUUGUCAGCCAGAUGAUCAGGGAUGCUAAAGCCGGCUUUCUGAGCAGAAAUUUGGCAGUGGGGGGGAGGGGGAGACACACAAAAACAAAAGCUGCUCCUAAGGUCCGCAUAAAACAAUUGCACAAAUACUUCCAUAAUGCAAACGAAGCAUCCUUGUUCUUCCGAAUGUUCCCUUUCUGCGUUAUCACUUGAACUGUUGCUGACUUGGCAUUAUGCUACGCUAUGCAAAUCUCUUCCCCCUGAAAUUAGCAACAUUGAUUUACUUUUAGGAUGUGCCGUGUGUCCCUGGCUGACAUCAUUUGUCCUGCGGCGUUGCUGACCUUGUGCACGGCAGAUCUGCUGUAUCGUGAGGGACUUUCACACCGCUGCUCUUUCUGUCCUCCCACGCAGACGUUGCCUUUUGGUCCCCGGUGGAUGUGUAGCUUUUAGGUGGAAUGCAAUAGCACUGCAGCAGAGACUCUGCAGCGGUGGGCUGGAAGAAUACGCAGCAGAGCCGUUGCUGCCAAACUAGGUACCGGCUAUGGCUCAGAUCCUUUGCUCUUGUUCUUUGCUGCCUGAGUCACAGGAAUGUACUAGAUCGUGCAGCCUUAAACUGUUGAGCAAGGCUAGAAGGAAUCUUAUGUUAAAAGUUGUGGUUUUUUAAAAAAGAAAUCACCACCAGAUAAACUGAAAUCAAAUGCUAAUUCCAAACAAGGGGAACUUGGGUCUUCCAGUUCAAUCAAUCAAUCAAUCAAUCAAUCUUUAUUACGGUCCAGAGACCCAACAAAUCGUUACAAAGCAAUGCACAAUUCAGACAGCCUACCUCCAGGUUAAACAAGCAUUUUGUUCAGACUUAAAGAUAGGCAUCAUUGGUUCUUGCAACCACCGAUAAAAACUUCGCCAUUGCUAAUGUUCUAGCGUUUGUCCGGUCUUCCAAUAGGAACCUGACAUAGUGAGCCUCUGCUUUUCCUGGGAAAGGUACCAGCAAGGGUAAUAUCAGUUCAGCCCUGGCUUGCUCAUAUUUCGCAUAGUGCAGCAAAAUAUGUUUUAUAGAAUCGAUGUCUUGAGCACACGAGCAAAGUCUGUCCUGGUAGGGAACUCCUCUCAACCUGCCACCUAACACUGCAGAAGGAAAGACGUGUAGUCUGGCUUUGGUGAAUAACCUUCGAUAAUUUGGUGCUGUCAGGUUUUUAAUGUAAGGUGUUAACUUAAAGACAUGCCCAUAUUGUACUCCUACUGCCAGCGGACUACAGACUGCGUGUGAUCGAGAUCGCAAGUCACUGUGUGUAUUAUCCCAUAAUCUUUGCUUUAACGUCUUUAGGGCACCUUCAUAACCCAGGUAAUAAAGUUGGGGGGGUGACAGACCAAUAGAGGUGGCUUUUCUAGCCAUGGUUUUCUGCCAUUUGCUGACAAACUCCUCAUUGGUCAGGUGUUGGUACAAACCCUUCCCUAGAUCAAAUACUGAAAUCCUGAGCCAAUGUUUUAGGGCAGCCCACCAUGCUUUAGUUGAAAUUGGGCAUUCACCAGCUUCUAACAGAAGUAUGGAGUUGGGGACACAGUUACGUACCUUGGGUCUUCCGGAUGUUGCUGUAUUCCAUCAGCCCAGAAGCAUGACCACUGGCCAGUGAUGGUUAGAGUUGUAAUUUGGCAACAUCUCGAAGACCAAACGUUCCCUUCCUACGUGCUGCUUUAUCAUACUUGCCCUCUAUGUGGUCUAAAAGUGGAAACCUUCACAAGUUAAACAAUGGAUGUUCUUUAUUGCUGGGUGUCCAUUGAGACAAACCUCAAAUUCCUUGGGGCCAGCAUUAACUUCAGGGGGUCCUGAACCAGAGAAACUUGAUAUGUGAGAGUAUGGGCAGAUCUAUACCACAUCUUUGAAGCACAUCUAAGGCACAGUUAAAAACAUGGCUUCCUCCUUAGAAUCCUGGGAGCUGUAGUUUGUCAAGAUUGCUGAUAAUGAUAGAAUCAUAGAAUUGUAGAGUUAGAAGGGAGCCUGAGGAUCAUCUAGUCCAACCCCGGCAAUGCAGGAAUCUCAACAAAAGCAUCCCUGGCAGAUGGCCAAGGAAGGAAGAGUCCACAACUUCCCAAGGGAGACCGUUCCACUGUCUCUUACUGUCAGAAAGUUCUUCCUGAAGUGAAAUUUAGUUGGAAUCUCUUUUCUUGUAACUCCACGCCAUUGGUUUGAAUCCUGCCCUCCAGAGCAGCUCUGUGAGGGUAGUUCCGUGAGAGUGAAACUACAGGAUUCUUUGGGGAAAGUGAUGUCUUUUUAAUGUGCAUUGGAUCUGCUUUACAUGUUUGGUGUGGAUCUGUGCUGGCUGUGGUGGAGGAAAAUUACAAGCUCCUCCAGAUCUAGAGCAGAUAAGAAGUUUUCCAUUUCUUUAGUUAUUGGUGGUGGUAGGGUACUCAAAUAAGACAUUGCGCGGGGGCCUGUUUCCUACAUUACUUGACAGCAGUCUUGGAAAUGUCAUGCCACUGGGAGCCAUAGUUCAUCUUGGUUUUCUUUUUUGUUUUUGUUUUUGCGGGUGUACCUGCAUGGUGUAUGCAGAUAUUAUUGCUGCAUUAAAAUGUACAAACUAUUGUUAGGGUGGCAUAUUAAAGAUGAAGAAGUUAAGACGGUUAUGAUUAAAUGGGCUAAAGAUUUUGGUUAUAAUAUUCAAUUAGGAAUGUGGGAAAGAUGAUGGACAAAAACUAUUAAUUUUACUGUAUGUAUGGCACUUAAGGAAAAUUUCAUGAAGAUGAUCUAUAGGUGGUAUUUGACACCGACCAAACUUGCUUAAAUGUAUAGGACCCAAGAUAAGGUUUGCUGGAAAUGUAAGGAAAAGGAAGGGACUUUAUAUCACAUGUGGUGGACUUGUACUAAGAUCAAAGCCUACUGGGAUAUGAUACAUAAUGAAUUGAAAAAGGUAUUUAAAAACACUUUUAGUUAAAAAAAAAAAAAACCCCAGAGGCUUUUCUAUUGGGUAUAAUAGGAGAUGAAAUUCCCCAAAAGGACUUAAAUAUAUUUAUGUAUGCAGACCAAGAUGAUUGAAUAUGCAGAAUUGGCGAAGCUGACAGGGGAAAUCCGAAAGCAGUGUGAUGAACUGUUUGAAAAGGACUGGAGUAAAUUCUUGCAAUAUAUGAAGGAACAUUGUAAACAUUUCAAAACGUUUGCAGGAUUGAUUUAAAAUAUUUUGUAACGUUACGAUUAGAUACCUCUUUACAAAUAUUUGAAUUGAUUUAUAAGCAUAGAAAGAAGCUAAAUAGGGUAAUAGAGAAAUGCUAAUAGAGAAAUGCUAAGAUUAGUAUUUAUAGAAGCCGGGGAAUGGGGGGGGGGGGAGUCGAUGCUCUGAUUGAGCAAAGAUGUAUGUGAUGAUAAAAUUUUAUUUUGAUUGUAAUUUAAAAAAGAGAAAAAUUGAUAAAUAUUAUUUUAAAAUUACAUUUUCAAGGUGUACACACAAAAAAAAUCUAGAAUGACAACUUAAAAAACAACAUUUGAAAUGGCUUCAAAAAAGAAGGCAGCAAAUAAAUGUGAGAACCCUGAAUUGUUCAAAAUAGAAGAUGUGCAGUUAAGAUCUUUACAAAACAGAAGGCAGAUUUCUGUAUUUAUUUAUUUUUAAAAAGCAACUUGCAAUUACGCACUAUCCUGGCAUUAUUAAAAGAAGCAUGAAAAUGUUCACUUGAACUGCUCUUUGAGGACAGGUACUCUAACUAGGGUGAGAGGAUGAUACUGAAACCACGUUAUAUUUGAUCCCCUCUUUUGUCAUAGGAGUAGCGAUAGAUUAGUUACGGUCACCUUCAUGUGUUAAAAGUCCUUGGGAUGCCAUUCCCUUCAUCGGUCUCCUCUUUAGUUGCCGAGGUACUUAGACCAACACUGUGUUUUAAAAUAAGUAAAUAAAUGAUAAACCACUGAAGUUGUCAAGGAUGUUGCUUCAGGGUUGAUGUGACCAAGCGUUGGUUACUCUGGCUGUGCUCCAAGUUUAAUAAAGAACAUUUAGUUUUCAAUUCUCCUGUACGAUAUUGCAGGACUCUUUUCUCUCCCUGCCCUCCGAUUCUCCCUUCAGUAGAUUGCCAACCAUUCCAAUUCUUGCCUGGUUUGUUCUUGGUUAGUAUGGGAAAUAGAAGGAACAAGAUGCUGGUCAGUUGGGGAUGGCCUGCAGUGGGGCUGGUCAGCUAUUUUCUGCCACUUGGGAUGCAAAGAUGCUAGGUAGACAACCCCUACACUGUGCUGCCCACAAGAAGCUUCCCUUUCUUCCUCCUGCAGUACUACAGAUGACAAUGAGGUUUAUAGAUUCAGGUAGGUAGCUGCGUUGGUCUGACACAGUCGAAAUAAAUAAAAAAAUUGUCCAGUAGCACCUUAGGUAAAGGUAAAGGGACCCCUGACCAUUAGGUCCAGUCGUGACCGACUCUGGGGUUGCGGCGCUUAUCUCGCUCUAUAGGCCAAGGGAGCCAGCGUACGGCAUCCGGGUCAUGUGGCCAGCAUGACUAAGCCGCUUCUGGCAAACCAGAGCAGCACACGGAAACGCCAUUUACCUUCCCGCCGGAGCGGUACCUAUUUAUCUGUUUGCACUUUGAUGUGCUUUCGAACUGCUAGGUGGGCAGGAGCAGGGACCGAGCAACAGGAGCUCACCCAGUCAUGGGGAUUCGAACCGCCGAUCUUCUGAUCAGCAAGUCCUAGGCUCUGUGGUUUAACCCACAGCGCCACCUGCGUCCCUAGUAGCACCUUAGAGAUCAAGUAAGUUUGUUCUGGGUCUAAGCUUUCGUGUGCAUGCACACCUCUUCAGAUACACUGAAACAGAAGUCACCAGGCCCUUAUAUAUAGUGGGAGGGUGGGGUUUUUCUUAGAAGUGUAGUAGGAGAUGGGUGAUUGACUUAAUGGGUAUGGUAAACCUGUUGAUGACUGUUAACGAAUGCAAUUAGUCCUACAGGAAAAACAGUAGGCAACGGAUUUACCAUACCCAUUGACUCAAUCACCCAUCUCCUGCAGUGGUACCUCGGGUUACAUACGCUUCAGGUUACAGACUCCGCUAACCCAGAAAUAGUACUUCAGGUUAAGAACUUUGCUUCAGGAUGAGAACAGAAAUCGUGCUCUGGCGGCGCGGCGGCAGUGGGAGGCCCCAUUAGCUAAAGUGGUAUCUCAGGUUAAGAACAGUUUCAGGUUAAGAAUGGACCUCCAGAACGAAUUAAGUUCUUAACCCGAGAUACCACUGUACUACCCUUCUGAGAAAAACCCCACCGCACCCUCCCACUAAAUAUAAGGGUCUGGGGACUUCUGUUUCAAUGCACAGUGGUACCUCGGGUUAAGUACUUAAUUUGUUCCGGAGGUCCAUACUUAACCUGAAACUGUUCUUAACCUGAAGCACCACUUUAGCUAAUGGGGCCUCCUGCUGCCGCCACGCCGCCAGAGCACGAUUUCUGUUCUCAUCCUGAAGCAAAGUUUUCUGGGUUAGCGGAGUCUGUAACCUGAAACGUAUGUAACCUGUAUCGUAUGUAACCCGAGGUACCGCUGUAUCUGAAGAGGUGUGCAUGCACACAAAAGCUUAUGCCCAGAACAAACAUAGUUGGUCUCUAAGGUGUUACUGGACAAUUUAUUUAUUUAUUUCGUGAGGUUUAUGUUUAUUCAGACAUGGGGCACUCCAGAUCCAAACAGCCUUAAAUUCAUCCCGGGGAAACUGGUGCUGGUAUCUAGAACUGUAGAAUUCUCCUCUCCAUCUGCCACAUAUUGCUCACCCUUAGCAAGACAGGUCUUCAGGGCUGAAGGAAUUGAAAGCACCUUCUUCUUUGCAACAGGCCUUGCCACAGUCGCAAAGAAAAGCGAAGAUGUGGAUUGGCAUUUAAUAAAGCCAUAUAUUUAUGCAACUAUUAUGCUUAACAUCAAGCACCAGCCAGCCAACCCUGACUGUAAAAACCCAUUCUCACGGCGUCUUAAUUUCUCACACUCUGAUUUCAAGCAGAGCUUUUGUCACCUAGCGGUGGUCUCAUUUAGCUUUUCAAUUUCAAUAUGAGAGAUAAAGCCGAGCAAUAAGAAAUCAUUUGUAUUCCUUCUAGGCAAUUGCGUGGCAAAUGUCACCCAUUAGCGUAGAGGAUUAACACUGUUCUCUCUGUGUGUAUUUCUAUUUGCAAGAGUGAGAAAAAACACAAUGCUAAAUGGACAGGUGCAUAUGGAUAUGGAUAUGGAUAUGGAUAUGGGAUGGUACAAGGAUGGGAAAACCUUUUGCGGUCAGAAAGACCACAAAGGUGGGUGGAACAAUAGAGGAACUCUUACCUUUAUACAGUAGGGUUUACGCGAACUGUGCAAAAAUCAGACGUUCCUACAACAGAUCUCUCCAUCCUCCAUUCAGGCCUGUUUCCAGGCACAAUUCAAAGCGCUGGUUAUGCCUUAUAAAGCCCUUUACAGGUUUAGGUCCAAGCUAUCUGAAAGACCAUAUUCUCCCUUAUGAACUUGCCCAGGUUCUGAGAUCUUUGUGGGAGGCACUUCUCUCACCCUGCCACCUUCACAGAUGCGCUUGGUAGGGAUGCAGGACAGGGCCUUCUUGCGCGGUGCUCCCAGACUUCGGAACUCUCUCCCUGGAGAAGCCAGACUGGCUCCCUCCUUGCUGUCCUUCCACUGGCAGGUGAAGACUUUCUUAUUCCAACAGACUUUGGGGAGCUGGCUGCUUUCAGUGAAAGGGCUGGUGCCAUGCUGGGUUUUAUUAUAAUUAUUUGUAUGUUUUUGAGGGGGAGGGGGGAGAUGAGGAGGAGGCAGAGAUUUAACAGAAUCAUUUUUUAAAAUCAUUGCAUUAUUUCUACGUUUUUAGCUGUUAUUAUUUUAUCUGUAACUUGCACUGAGUCCAUGUCAGGGAACAAGGCUGAGGAGUAGUAGGAGUGAUGAUGAUGAUGAUAAUAAUAAUAGACAUCAGGGGAAGGGGUUAUGUAUAUUGUUAAAUAUAAUCCAUUUCAUUGGUAAAAAGAAUAGAUUACAUGGGAAAGUAGCUGGAAUUGACACCCGCAGGAUUAAUUUUUCAUUUCUAGCUAUUGCAAAUAGUUGUUUCGACUGAGAUGCAUUAUAACAAUGCUAAAUCCUGCUCUUAACCUUGACUUUCGGUUUCCAUGUGCAAAGCAUUCUGCAAACUAAACCGGUAGCACUUGAAACAGGAAAGAAAACAUGGGAAUAGCCAUCAUUUAAAGCACUGCAAUCUUUCUUAACCAAGAAAAGUUUUAACAGUCUCCAAUUUUGAAUAUCCUGUUUUAUUGGGGGGGGGGUCAAAGUUUUGCCUCUUAAGCUGUUUCAAAUCAUAAUAAUCAGUUCUAAACAUUUUUAGCUGCAAUUUAAGGUUUGAUAAGAGAGAUGCUUAGCCACAAUGUUUCUGACUUGGCAAAUAAAUCUCUAAGCCAGUAGCCAAUUCAGUAUGUUUCUGACAGGACAUCUCUCAAAUUACUGAAAGAAGCAGCAUACCAGCUCCAACAAUAUUUAACAUUGACUGUAACACGUCUCACUUUCAGAUUAGUACGUCCUGAUUCUGCAAAUGUUUCUAUAACUAUUCUGGAAAGAAGAGCUGAUAGUGAACACCCUUGAUUUAUUCCCCUGUGCAGCCAGACUUGAGGUGAAUAUAGCUGGGCAAUAACUGCUGAAAAAAACCUGUCUCCAAAGUAAUCUUAGAAGGAAGUUCCAUUCAAACUGCUCAAAAGCUUGAAGAUGUCUAAUUGGAUUAGAAGGAUUUAGGAUUUAGUUUGGGGGCACCAUGGUAGACCACAUUCAGUGCCCUCCUGACUGAAUGGCUGGAUGGGCAUAAAGAACAUUAUUUACGCAUUUUCAGAAUGAACUGAUUAAAUCUUGUUAGUCAUCAUUAUCAAGAAAAUGGUUUUCUCACUUAACGUUGCUGCCAAAAAAGAUCUAUACAUCAUGAUUUAUCAACGUGAACAGGCUGUACAAGUUCAUUGAUUGAGGGUCCUUAUCUGGUUUGGGUGCAACAACGUGUCUGGAUUGCUUCCAAGAAGCAGGAAUAACACUUCCAUCCAGGAUAGAAUUAAGCAGAAGUGAAAGAUGAGGGACUCAGAUAUCUGCUAAAUGUCCGUAAACUCUUAAGUUAGACCAUCAUUACUCAGUAUUUACCAUUUUAAGGUGUGGGGGGGUUGUUGUUUUUUGGAAAAAUUCAGCAUCAACUUCUUCAGCUAAAAUGGUCUGAUUCAGAUCACCUUGAUGCUCUGCUUUUAGAGCCAUUCUGGUCCAGCUCCAUGUCAUCAAGUGAUAUAAUUAGAUUGUCUAAAGAAGCCCAGUAUAUAGUAUCGCCCGCUUUGGAAGUCUUCCUUGAAAUCCAUUGUGAGUGUGGAUUUCAUGCAUAGAAUGCCUUUUGAAACCUCUAAAGCUAUGGUCUCGUGCUCUUUUCCUUGCCUUGCAUAAAUCCUUUACAGGAAGAUAUUCUGACUCUGUUGAUUAUUAAGCCUGAUGGUAACAAAAGUGUAUUUCUGGCUUGCAAACAAAAUCAUGAUGCUUAAGAACAAACACCGUCACCGAUCCUGGCACAAUUGCACUAGCUGCCAAUUAGGUUCCAGGUGUGAUUCAAAGUGCUGGUGUGGAUUUAUAAAGCCUUACAUGGCUCAGGACCUCAAUACCUUAAGGAUGGCCUCUCCUCAUAUGAACUGACCUGGACCUGAACUGACUUGUCACCUGAGGCCCUUCUCUAUGUCCCUCCCUCCCAGAGAGGUUUGGAGGGUGGCAACAAGAGAACGGGGCCUUUUCUGCGGUGGCUCUCCAGUUGUGGAAUUCUCACCCCAGAGAGGCUCACCUGGCACCAUCAUUACAUGUCUUUAGGUGCCAGGCAAAAACUUUCCUCUUUACCCAGGCCUAUGGCUAUUAAAUAACCUACAGCCUGUGAAAGUGUGGGGGAGAGGACUGCUGUUAUAAUAAGUACUUUAUUAUUAGGCUGGCUGUCAGUAUGCUUUGGUCAUGUUCUGUAAUGUGUUUUUAAAGUUGUUCACCACCCUGGGAGCUUUUGAUAAAUGGUGGCAUAUAAAUGGAAUUAAUAAUAAUUUUAAAACAUCACUCCAUCCUUAUUUCCUUUAAGGAAAGGCAUUCUACGCUGGGAAUUAAAGUCUCAUAUCAAAGUUCCUUCUGGCUUAUCAGUUUCACCUGGAUUUAUCUUGUUUUGCUUUUCUUUGUCUGCAGAAAGUGAGUGAGAAGGUUGGUGGAGCAGAAGGAACCAAGCUAGAUGAGGAUUUCAAGGAAAUGGAAAGGGUAAGUCUGAAAGACUGCUAUUACAUCGUUCAUAUUAUUUCAGCAAUGCCUGAUAUUAAAGCACUGUUGCAAUUAGGGCCAAAAUGUAUAGUUGAUUAAUCAUUUGGAACAAUUGAUUAAAAACCUUUUGAAUGUUAUUUUAAAAAUGUGCCUCUGAUUAAUUGAUUGCACGGGCAGCAGAUUUCAAGGGGCAGAUUUCAUUUUUUGAAAAGUUUGUUUUAAGUACAAGCUUUUACAAAGCCACAAAUGACAGGCACCAUUUUAGCUGGGGAGGGUAUCUCUUUUAAGAUGGUGCUUGUUGUGAUUUGUGUGUGCUCCAUCUGGAAACCAACUCUGAUUUUUAAUAAUAAUAAUAAUAAUAAUAAUAAUAAUAAUAAUAAUAAUAAUAUUUGUAUCCCGCCCAUAUGGCUGGGUUUCCCCAGCCACUCUGGGUGGCUUUCAACAAAGAUUAAAAAUACAUUAAAAUGUCACACAUUAAAAACUUCCCUGAACAGGGCUGCCUUCAGAUGUCUUCUAAAUGUCAGGUAGUUGUUUAUCUCUUUGACAUCUGGUGGGAGGGCAUUGCACUGGGUGUGCACCACCACCGAGAAGGCCCUCUGCUUGGUUCCCUGUAGCUUUGCUUCUUGCAGUGAGGGAACCGCCAGAAGGCCCUCAGCGCUGGACCUCAGUGUCCGGGCAGAACGAUGGGGGUGGAGACGCUCCUUCAGGUCUACUGGGCCGAGGCCAUUUAGGGCUUUAAAGGUCAACACCAACACUUUGAAUUGUUCUUGGAAACGUACUGGGAGCCAAUGAUAGUUGACUUCAGAAUGAUAGUUGACUUCAUUUUUUUUGUUAUUAACAUUUAUACACCCCCUCCCCAUGUUCUUCCCACCUCCUCACAACAAACCCAUGAGGGAGGUCAGACUGAGAGACUGUGCUUGUUCCAGUGAGCUGCGUCGCCGAGUGUGGAUUUCAACCAUUGCAAGGAGGAAAACCAAGACCUACUUAACCUGGGACUUAACCCCAUUGAAUUCAAAAGGACUUAACCUCGGAACAGGCAUGCAUAGGACUGCAUUGCUAGUAAUUCAGGCAGCAAUCUCGUACCUACCUAGGGAUAAGCUCCAUUGAAAUGAAUGGAACAUAUAUAGAGGUUUUAAACCCCUACUACUAAUUGACGCUGAUGGCUUUGAUCAAAUGUUGGACCUAGUUACGAUAAAACAAUUAGCACACUGUGUAGGAAAUCAGGGAUUCAAAGGACACCCGGUGUCUUAUUACCACUGAAUUCGGAAGAGACUAUUACUUUUAUCUUGUCAUAUGCCGCCAUAUCACAGCUGAAUAAAAGGAUUAAGAAAGCGAACUCCCGUGCCCCAAUCUGGCAGGAGAGAUUGAAUAUUUCGCAUGGCCUCUGGUCUUUCUUUCAUACCCAUUGCAGUUGCCAAUAUAAAUGUGGAUGGUACACAUUCCCAUCCACAACAUGAUGCUGAUCUGAGCCCCAUUGAAAGAGCUGGAUGCUACUUUUGAUGUGAACGGACGACGUCUGGAUUGGAGCCCAAUUUUCAGCAGCUACAACAACGACCACUUAUUUUGCCUUCCAAUGAAAUUUGUGUUGAUCUACUUUUGCUUUGUGCUUUAAGCCCAUGACUCAUUAGGGAAAAUGGAUAAAGGCAGAGAAUUGAAUGAACCUAAAAGCGGAAGAUGGGCAGCCAGAUGAAAGCUAGAUCCUUGCAUAUGCUUGUUCUAUUUUCUUUGGACAUGUACAAGCUGUUUUAAUGAUUGGUGGGCUGUUGAGUGUUCACUGCAGUAAAGGAAGAUUACUAGGUCUGUGUUUGCUCUGAUGAACACCUGUGCCAGAAACAUGGAAGGGAGGAGGAAGUGGCAAAGGCAACGAGACAUCUAUAAAUGCUUCCUCCUGCAAAGGAACAAGCAGGCCAGGUGCGCUUGGGCUGUACCACUGGGUUGUCCCAAUAUUCUAACAGAAUGACACCAACUGUUCCUAAUAAAAGGGUUGCUUGUUCAUGAUCACAAGGAGGCAGGUUUUGCCUGUGUCUUGCAGUGGUGAUUUUGGAGACCUGCUUCCAGGGCCUGUCAUUAUCCCCUUCCAGUCAUUCAAAGCAUUGUGGGAGGGUGGCAUCACAGUAGCAGUGAGGAAAUUCUGGAGCAGAAGGCAAGGAAAAUAUUCCGGGGAGAGGGGUGGAAGAGGGAUAAUUUCAUGUCCCUUGGUGUGAUACUGGAGCUCCCCAUCUAGGUCCAACUUAAAAAAAGAAUGAAAAUAUUCAAUAGUUUGUUAAAAAUAUAUAUACCUGUUUCCUUAAAACUAUAUAACAGAUUAGGGAUGCGGGUGGCACUGUGGGUUAAACCACAGAGCCUAGGGCUUGCCGAUCUCUGAUCAGCAGUUCGAAUCCCCAUGAUGGGGUGAGCUCCCGUUGCUCGGUCCCAGCUCCUGCCAACCUAGCAGUUCAAAAGCAUGUCAAAGUGCAAGUAGAUCAAUAGGUACCGCUCUGGUGGGAAGGUAAACGGCGUUUCAGUGCGCUGCUCUGGUUCGCCAGAAGCGGCUUAGUCAUGCUGGCCACAUGACCCGGAAGCUGUACGCCAGCUCCCUCAGCCAAUAAAGCAAGAUAAGCGCUGCAACUCCAGAGUCGGCCACGACUGGACCUAUGGUCAGGGGUCCCUUUACUUUUACCUUUACAUAACAGAUUUGCACAUAUGAUAGAGGAGAACAGAGGAGGCUCUGAAAACCCUAAAUGCAACUGUUAUUCCAGGCCCAAAGAUGUGAUGUUGAAUGUAUGGUUGCAUCUCAUGUACACAUUUUCAGAAUGCAAAUAGCAGCUUCAGGUGGGGAGGGACAAAUGACUGAUAACUGACAGAAUUUCAGCAGGCAGGGAAGAGAAGUUUAACCCUUUCCACCCCUGCUGUGCUCCUGUUGGAAAUUACUCCUUGAAUUGAGAGGAAAGGCCCCAUUGGGAAGCUUCAUAGUAAUGUUGAAAAUGUUGAACUUCUUAAAUUAAGGGCAGUACUUGUCCUGAUUGAAACAGGUAAGUGGCCAAGAAUAUGCAGCAAGCCAAAAAUUUCCUCCUUGCUCCCAUUCAUUCUUUGUAGAGCCAAUGUGGUUAAGAGUAUGAUACUGUGAAGACCUAGAUUCAAUUCUCCACUCAGUCAUGAACCUGGGAUCAGUUAUUGUCUCUCAGCCUAACCCACCUCACCAAAUUGUUGUAAGGUUAAAAUGGGUGACACAGAACCACAUGCAGACCGCUCUGAGCUGUACGGAGGAAGGAUAGGAUAUACCAUAUUUUUUGCUCUAUAAGACACCCCAGACCACAAGACGGACCUAGUUUUUGGAGGAGGAAAACAAGAAAAAAAGUAUUCUGAAUCUCAGAAGCCAGAACAGCAAGAGGGAUCGCUGCGCAGUGAAAGCAAUCCCUCUUGCUGUUCUGGCUUCUGUGAUAGCUGUGCAGCCUGCAUUCGCUCCAUAAGACGCACACACAUUUCCCCUUACUUUUUAGGAGGGAAAAAGUAAGUCUUAUAGAGCAAAAAAUACGGUAAUUGCAAUAAAUCAAUGGAAAGGCCAUUGCAUUCAAGAAUCUGCAUUUCAGACCUGGUGUUGUUAGAUCUGCUACUUCCUGGGCUUCCUUCACUGCCUUUAUUAUUCCAGCCUUUUGAUUUUAUGUUGCUCUGAGACCUCAAUUAGGCCAGUACUUCACUGUGCUAAGCAUUGUAAUGACACAUAAUAAACUUUAAUUAUUCCCCGGCCCUCAAAGUGCUUACUGUCGUAUAAACAACAAAGCAGGUGGGUGAACAAAUGAAAUGAGGGCAUGGAAAGGAGAUUAACAAUAUAAGCAGGUAUCUGUUGUGUACAUAACAAUGCAGAUGUACUUGAAAAGAAUGGGGUAGAUAUUUGGUCAAGGAUGGUAGCUGAGCAAGUGCAGGAGGACUAUUUUCAGGUUUCUGCAUAAGCCAUUGAAAGUUGGCCAUGUUCUGCUGGGUUUGGGAGCACGGACGGUCCUAUUGUUCUGCAGAGUGAUGUGGCCACCUCAUGCAAUAGUUUGGCAGAGGUGCUGAAAGACAGAGCUUUAUGUGUGCCACAUGACCUGCUCUGCAGCCUCUAAGCCAGCCUCCUACUUUGCGGGGCAGUGGAGGCACUGUCUCAUUGCUCGUUCUUCCAGUUAAGAUUCCACUGCAUGUCUGAUGAGCUUCCAUUUGUGGAAUGAGGAAGGGAUGCCAUUUUGGCCUCAAGGUGCCACAUGUCUUUAGUGUAUCCACACUGAACCUUAUCAAGUGUUUUAAUACCAGUGAAUGGGGCUGAAUAAUCUCCAGAACUCUCCCCCUGCUUCAAAAUGUGACUCAGUUUCCCAGCUAUCGCAUUGUUUACCAUAAUGGUUCCAUUUUAGGAGAUACAUUGUAAAAUAUUCAGAGUAGAAUAUUGAGAAUAUCUAGAGCCCAGAAGACUGGUAAUAGCUUAUUGAGCCUUAGCUUCUCUGAAAGGAAGGCUUGAGUCAUAUGUUCACCUCUCAAUGAGGCAUAACAUACAUAGAAGCCUCCCAGAGCCUGUAGAUGACUCUCUGUCUUGACAUCUUUGAUGCCUGACACUCAAAGUCGGAGAUCCCCCUUGUGCUCUCGGUGAGUAAAGGGCUUCAGCUGCUCACUAACCAACUAAUAGGUGCCUUGCUUUUAUUUUUAAGGAUGGAAGUAGACAAUUGCUCCCCAGUUUUCCUUUCUUGUCCUGUCUGACAUUGGUUGCUUUUCCCUACUCUUCUCCUUCCCAACUGCAGGCAGGAGAUGUCAACAAAAGAGGGAACAAGGAAGGAAAACAGUCAGGGAGUGACUUCCUUGAUCUUCUCUGCAAGAAAAAGCAAGGUACUGCCAGAGGAUGAGUGAGUAGCAGCUCUCGCCCUCCCAGAAACUGGGGCCAGGUGAAAUCUGGAAGCGGGCUCACCUGUGCCAGGUGUCUGUAGUGGCUAUCAGAACCAGUGGUUUCUAUAGGCUCUUGAAGGUUUCUGUCCCUGUUCUGGCUCAUUAAGGAGGUUGUUGCAUGAGGCAGAGUCUGCGGCAUUAUAGAUUUUCUAUCAUGGCAGGCAUAGGAUUUUGCCACAUACCCAGUAACAUGUUAGGGGAGAACAGCAGUGUGUUGGGUCUGUUAAUCUGUAGUUGCUAUUGACACAACUAGCACAUUUGUGUCAUCUACCACAUAUAAUGAAGAAUGAUGGAAGAAUAAGUACAGAAAACCAAAAGUAUUGGAUUAUCCAUCCUCAUUGGGUGUUUCCUCUCUCCCUUUUAUAUCUUCUUCUUCGUCUUCUAAUUGCAGAAAGUAGAUGUCACCAGCAGGGCUGUGAUGGAAAUAAUGGCCAGGACAACAGAAUACCUUCAACCUAACCCAGGUAAUUUUCCUUCUUUGGGAAUCAGAGUGCAUGUUGAUUAAAAGUUCACUCACUUUAUUCCAGUGCUGCUUCAGAUGGGCUUUUAUCGAAAAACAGCAGCAGAGUAGGAAAUGAUGUGUAGGAGAGAUAUUCUCUGUGCAAAGUAUGACGUAUAUAGAUGGUUUUAAGAGCUUUGUCAUUACUGAUGCAUGGGCACUGAAUCUAAGGUGAGGAAUUCACUAGCCUUUGUUGCCAUACUUCUUGAAUGUACAUCAGUGCAAGGAACAUCCUAAUGUACACAGAAGGCUGUUCUGCUUUCCCCUUUUCAGCAGAGUCUCACUUCCUCAAGUUGAUCAGAAUCUCAACAUUCAGGGCUCCUUUGUACAGUGAAAAGAAAAGACACCCGACACUAUCAUAUCCUGAACCCCCUUUGCCUUAGUUCUUAAGAUGCUCUUGUAUGAGUGGUAGGUGCUUCAGCUAGGACAAGAGGAGCCUGGUAUUUGUCAGUUCUCUCUUCCUCCUUAAGUGCCUUGUGCCCAAUGCCUUCCUCUUCCCCAAGACUUGGGGAUGGAUUUUGAGGGCUACAGAGGAGGCGGUAGAGCCCUGCCAUGUCAGCAAAAUUCUGCUCCAUAAGGAGAAUGGAUGUUAGGAACCAAGCCAUUGCCUACUCCACCAGGGCCAGGGCCUUCUCAGUGAUGGCUCCGACCUGGUGGAAUGCUCUGUCCCAUGAGACCAGGGCCCUGCAGGAUUGAACUUCCUUCUGCAGGGCCUGUAAGACAGAGCUAUUCCCCCUGGCUUUCAAUUUGAACUUAGCCUGAUCUUUUAUUCCCCUUCCUUCCCUCCCCCUGGGAUCCCACAGCUAAUUCUCCCCUGGUCUCCUCGCUGGCCCAAAACUAAUUUAGCCAGCUAGCCCUGGUGAUCACCUAAUGUUUAUUGGAUGGAUUUCCCCCCUAAAUUGAUUGCUGAAUUUGGAAUUUGUUGUUAUUCACAUUUUAUACUGUAUUUUAAGCUGUUUUUUGUUGCAUCAAUUAAGUGUUUUAAAUUUGUUGUUAGCCACCCUGAGCCCGGUUUUCUGAACUGGGAAGGGCGGGUGUCAGGGAACUGCCAUCAGUACUGGAGGGAGAGCGCAAAAGCCAGAGGGAUUCCAGAGAGCAUCCAGGGAUCGGGAGAAGCAGCCCAUCUUCUGGGGAAGAGAAUCAGCGUAGCACCAGUGGAGAAGGGGGGCAGGUGGGGGAAGUGGCGAGGUGGUCCCAUGACUCCUUUCCUGGGACCAGCGGGGAGAGUAGGGGUCCUCCGUUGCCCACGCCCUCCCUGCACAGAAGGCUUUCGCGCAGAGAGGGUAGGUGGAGACUAGGCGUCAAAGAGCUUCUUUGCUGGAAGAAGUUUAAGAAACGCCCACUCACGGAUUCUGCCAGCGACUGAGUCAGCCAUGGGUGAGUGGCGGUCCGGACAGAUAAGGUUCACUUUGGCAGCCCAGCCAGGUGUUUGCACCCAGCCAGGGAGAUAGGUGCCUGCUUACGCACGAGCAACCCCUUAGAAACCAUUACAGUGGGGUAUAAAUAAAAAUUUAUUAUUAUUUAUUAUUAUUAUUACUCUGACUGUCAACGCCUGUCUACUUCUCAGCAUGCUGUAAAGACAAAGGAAGAAUCUGCUGGGUCAGGCCAAUGUCCAGUCUAGUCCAGCCUCCUGUUCCCACAAUGGCAGACGAAAUGCCUGCAAGCUGGUCAUCAGUUCAACAGCACUCUGGCCACCUGUGAUUCCCAGAAAAUGAGUAUUUGGAGCUGCCCUUGAGACUGACCCAGAAACUCCAGCGGGUUCAGAAUGCCAUGGCGAGACUCCUUACGGGGUCCUCGCUGCAGGAUCACAUUCACCCUGUGCUAUACCAGCUGCACUGGCUCCCGGUGGAGUACAGGGUCAGGUUUAAGGUGCUGGUUUUAACCAUUAAAGCCCUAUAUGGCCUAGGACCCUCGUACCUACGGGACCGCCUCUCCUGGUAUGCCCCACAGAGGAACUUAUGGUCUUCAAACAAAAACAUCUUGGAGGUCCCAGGCCACAGAGAGGUUAGGCUGGCCUCAACCAGAGCCAGGGCUUUUUCGGCUGUGGCCCCAAUCUGGUGGAACGCUCUGUCACAAGAGACUAGGGCCCUGCGGGACUUGACAUCUUUCCGUAGGGCCUGCAAGAAAGAGCUGUUCCACCAGGCCUUUGGCCAAGGCACAGCCUAACCCCCUCCUUUGGUAAUUCUUCACAGAACUGUAGCCCAAUGGUUGCCAUCAAUUUGAUUUGAACUGAUUUUAUAAUGAAUUGAUUUUAGAAUGCUGUGUUAUUUUACUGUUGUUAGCCGCUCUGAGCCUGACUUCGGCUGGGGAGGGUGGGAUAUAAAUAAAUUUUUAUUUAUUUAUUUAUUUAUUUAUUUAUUUAUUUAUUUAUUAUAAUGCAUCUGGCAGCAUCGGUAGAGCAUAGCCACUGUGACUAGUAGCCAUGGAUAAAAUGUCAGGGAUGGAAUCUGGGGUUUUGUGUGUGCUGUUGGUCUGCCUGUAUCUCUCACUGCAUGUUUAUCACUAUGUGCAGAUGUGGUAGGGAGACAAUGCUGAGUCUGGUUUCUUGGUGUGUUUGUGGAUUGUACACUGUGUUCGUACACAUGCAUUUAGAAGAUGGGAAAUACUUCUCAGAAAUAGGUAAUGGUUUUUGUCCUUCAUGGUGGAAGAAGCCUGAGAAGGUAUGGUCUCACUAGUUAUAGUCUGCAGAGUCAUUCUGUGCGUAAUAGCUGUGCUUACAGGUGAAGCCUAACUGCAUCGUGUCCCUAGGCUACUGAAUACACCCACUUCUGUUCCAGUCAGUGCUCUUGAAUUGUGCCAGCUGCUAAAUGAGGCAAGAAGCUCUGACGUCCUGUUGAAAACACUUUAGAUUCAAAGGGCAAACCGCAGGUUGAAAAUCUUAAGCAACAUAGUCUCCUCACAUCCUGGUAUUGACCCAGAACUCUGAUGUGUAUUGAAUUAAAACAUUGCUUAUUUGCAAGGUGUUGACAUCUGAUUCCAUAUCAGAGCGUUUGGUAAAAAUGGAAUGGAUGGAAAUCAAACUUUGAAAUAUUUCUUGGCUAUGCAAGUGAUGUUGGUUCUUUUCAGUUGUUACCAACAUGCAUUGAGUUUCAGACAGUGGGGUGUCUGAAAAGGGGAUCCUGGGCACAUACAGUGUAUGCAUAUAGGCACUGCGUGUAUUCUGGAUCUCUCAUGGUGCAGACUUCCAGUCAGAUUAAGCACCUGUGGAAAGGGGCAGGGGCACUGGGGAGUGGCAAUGUCUAGUUUUGGACAGACUUCUUCAUGAAAAUAAACACCAUUUCCACCCCAGCCUUCAUCUGAAGACUGCAAGGGGGUUGUGCAACAGUUUCACUGUUUUGUUGUUCCCCGGCUCAAGGUUCCAAGAGGACUGGAAAGGAUUUAGUGAGCCCGGAAAGGAUUUGCAGCGGAACAAACAGAAUGCAAUGGCGCAAACCGUUACUUGCCAUCCUCCACUCCACCGGUAUCAUUAUAGUGUUCUGUUUCCCACUCUGAGCAACAGAAUUCUGAUGAUUUCCCCUGCCAUCUCGUGGGUUUGGUUGCGAUAUAUACGUUAUGUGUUAUUGAGCAAUUUGUGCUGCAGAGGCACCACAGCCAAAACACAUUUUCGUAGAUGAGUCACCGAGAUAAGGUUUGCUUCCUAUGAUAGGUUUUGUACUCUGAGACAGAUACCCAGCUACAAAAUGUAUGCGUCAUGCAUCCACAACGGAGGAAUUGUGUGCAUGCAUAAAUUACUCCAGGUCCCUUUACAGUUCAUGUGAGUGUGGCUUCAUAUCUCUCCCGGUUGCAGCUGGCAUAUAUUUUAAGGCGGGGAAACACAUAUCCAUGCUCCUCUCAUUCCUGAUGUGAUAUGAGGAUCUUUUGUGCACUCAGAAAGUCUCUUGAGCUACAGCUUCCUUGGAACCAUGUAGAAAGAGUAAGUGGGUUAAGCUUAUUACGACUGUCUGCUGUCCAGUGUGCUGAUAGUUGUAGUGCCAGGCAUUGGGGGUGGGAAAGCAGGCAGUCUGCUCACUUAAUACAGAGCUUUAGAGGAAAGAAGGAAGCAAACAGUUCUGUCUCUCUUCCCUGCUGCCCAAGGCACCCAUUUAGGCAGAAGAAUCAUAGAAAGAGAACCUUUCUAUGAUAUGAGUUUUUGCUGUUGUUACUGAUAUUAACUGAUAUUACAGUGGUACCUCAGGUUACAGACGCUUCAGGUUACAGACUCCGCUAACCCAGAAAUAGUACCUCGGGUUAAGAACUUUGCUUCAGGAUGAAAACAGAAAUUACGGGGCGGCAGCGGGAGGCCCCAUUAGCUAAAGCGGCACCUCAGGUUAAGAACAGUUUCAGAUUAAGAACGGACCUCCAGAACGAAUUAAGUUCUUAACCUGAGGUACCACUGUACUGAUAUUAACUUUUUGUAUCUUUAUUUUUGUGUGGAAAUUGUUCAGUUUGGCUGUGUAGAUCUUAAUCAUGUGUUUUAUUUGUUUUUAUGACUACUUUGGGAUGCGGGUGGCGCUGUGUGUUAAACCACAGAGCCUAGGACUUGCUGAUCAGAAGGUCAGCAGUUUGGAUCCCCAUGACGGGGUGAGCUGCCGUUGCUCGUUCCCUGCUCCUGCCAACCUAGCAGUUCGAAAGCACGUCAAAGUGCAAGUAGAUAAAUAUGUACCGCUCUGGCGGGAAGGUAAACGGUGUUUCUGUGUGCUGCUCUGGUUCGCCAGAAGCGGCUUAGUCAUGCUGGCCACAUGACCUGGAAGCUGUACGCUAGCUCCCUUGGCCAAUAAAGCGAGAUGAGCGCCGCAACCCCAGAGUCGGCCACGACUGGACCUAACGGUCAGGAGUCCCUUUACCUUUACUUUAUGACUACUUUGCUAUGUUUGUGAUCAUGUAAAUCUUUUCAUAUUGUAAGCCGCCUUGAGCAUUGUUUUAACUGAGGAAAGGUGGCAUACAAAUAAAAAAUGAUGAUCAUGAUCAUGAACCUACUCAAGUGACGCUGGCACAAAACCCCCACACAUGCACUAAGUAAAAUAACAUAAGCUUUACCACCCCACCACCCCUCUGUCUCCCAUCCCCUCCUCUUUUCUUACCAACCCUAUACUGCAUUUGACACCAAUGUCUCUCAACAAAUGUAACUGAGCUGUAGAAAACACAACCUGAAGAAAGAGACAACACAUGUACUUUUGUAAAUAAUAAUAAAAUAAUAAAAUUUUAUUUAUAUCCCACCCUCCCCAACCAAAGCCGGGCUCAGAGCGGCUAACAACAGUAAAAGUAACACAGUUUGCCUAAAAUCACAAUCAAUUAAUUGAAAUACAUUCUAAAAUCAAUUCAAUUCUAAAAUCAAUUCAGAGUCAAGUUAAUGGCAACCACUGGGCUAGAGUUCUAUGAGGAUUACAGAAGGAGAGAGGGGGGUCAGACUGUGGCAAAUCUUGGAGGAAAUGGAGUUUCACCAUGGCUGAAGAACUCACUGGGAGAACUCUUUUUAAAAUUAUUAUUCUGUCUUUGGUCCUGUAUUGUCACCUUUUCUUGGGCUAAUUAGCUUGUUUGCUUGCUUGCAGCUUCCAGAGCUAGACUCAACAUGCUCAACACUAUGUCCAAAAUUAGAGGCCAGGAGAAAGGACCAGGUUACCAACAGGCGGAGGCCCUGUUAGCAGAUGCGAUGCUGAAGUUUGGAAAAGAACUUGGAGAUGAAUGCAACUUUGGUAAUGUUUUUUUUUUUUUUUUUUAUCCUCACUGUAAGAUACCUCUGGCUGGACGGACCUUCUCGGGGUUAGGCCUCCCGAGGUGACACAAAAAUGGCAAAACCUGAUUAUGCCAUAUUUUAUUUAUUUAAACAAAUUUAUGCCUUGCUUUUUGAGAGAGGUUCCCCACAAAGUGGCUCAUAACAAGAUUUAAAAUCACAACAUACCACACAUUUAUUCGGGCAGAUUUUUCCCAUGUGGGAGGGCAAGGACUAAGCACAUGCAGAGAACCCUCGUUCAAAAUGUGUAGCUGCAGCCACAAUUUGCUUUGAAUCUCUGCAUCUGGUUUGCCAAAUUGUUCUUUUAUGAAUUAAAUGUUCAUAACUGGACCUUUGUAGAAUAGUUUGUAUCAGACACAAGCUCCCAGUACAAAAAUUCAACAACACGCCAUAUGUAGGGUUGCCAUAUUUCAAAAAGUAAAAACCAGGACACCCCAAAAGUUUUUGAGCUUUUUUAAAGAGAACCCUAAAGUUGUUGAGCCAAAACAUGCAAUUUUUCAAUUGACUUGCCUAAGAUCCAGGACAAAGCGGAUAUUCCUCCCGGAUGUCAAUUCCGCUUAUUUUCUGACAGUUAAACAUUUGGGGCUGUUGCACACAAAGGCUAACUAUUCAGAAUAUACACACUGUUGGGCAUAGUAGCAUCCCUUGGGCUCAUGUAAUUUUCUCCAGCAUGCACAGAUAACCUUCAGUCUGAACCAGGGCUUACAGGCAUGAGUGCUUUUAAUAGUAGAUCUUGCUUGCAUGAGAUGUCCACUGAAAAGGGAUGUCCUGAUCCUGUGAGCAUUGUCUACUCACAUAAGCAUAGAUAGAUAGAUAGAUAGAUUAGAUAGAUAGAUAUAGGCUUUCUCACAUCCUGCCAUGCUUAUAAGCUUUUGUUUCUAAUCUUCUUAGCUGCACUAGAGCCUGAUUUCCACACUAGAAGUGUGGAAAACUAUUGGUUUUUACAAAUAAACAAAUUAAUGGCUGGUAUUCCCCAGGCUGGGUCUGAAUGAGGCCAACAUAGCAGACAACCAAAGGUCAUCUGGGAGGGAGUUGCAUGAUUAUGUGCCAUGAUACAGAAGUUCUGUUGCCUAGAAUGCCUUUAGUGAUAUUCAACAUUAGUUGUACAUUAGAAUGAUUGAAAUCAGUGGAUUAAAUCCAGCGGUUUCAGUGGGUCUAUUUGUGUAUGAUUAAUGCUGGUUUUCACCCCUGUGUUUUUGAUUCCUGAGAAAUUACUGAGCUUAGGAACCGUGCUAAGAAUUUUAUUUCUGUAUGGAACUUCUCAAUACUUGCCCUGCUCUAUGCUGAUGUGGAAGUACAGUCUUUGCUUCUUUGUCAAGAUUAAGUAGACUCUUCCAUUUCUUCAGGCCCAGCUCUCGGUGACGUUGGGGAAGCAAUGAGGGAACUUUCUGAGGUGAAGGAUUCUUUGGACAUUGAUGUGAAACAGAAUUUUAUUGAUCCCCUUCAAAACCUUCAUGACAAAGAUCUGAGGGAAAUACAGGUAAUUUGCUGAGAAAUUAACUGGCCGUUGCAAGAUACACAGCAGAACCAUUGCUCUGUAGCUCCUCCUUUCUCUUUCACAUAAUACAAAGUGCCAGGAUAGAGAAGCACAUGCACUGGCGGGAGACCUGUUUGGAUCUGUUGGUGUGCUUGCACUGUAUUCACCUUACCUCUGCCCUGCUCCAUAUCUGUAAUUUAAUUGUGUGUAUGUGUACGUACACACACACACACAAUAUUUUCUAUCUAUCUAUCCUAUGUAUGUAUCUAUCUAUCAUCUAUCAUCUACGGCCUAGGACCCUCGUACCUACGAGACCGCCUCUCCCGGUAUGCCCCACGGAGAGCCUCAGAGUCCAUAAAUAGCAACACCCUAGAGGUCCGGGGCCCUAAGGAAGUUAGAUUAGCUUCAACCAGAGCCAGGGCCUUUUCAACUCUGGCUCCGGCCUGGUGGAACGCUCUGCCUCAUGGGACCAGGGCCCUGCAGGAUCUGAUUUCUUUCCGCAGGGCCUGUAAGACAGAGUUGUUCUGCCUGGCCUUUAGCUUGGAGUCAAUUUGAUUCCCUCCUGCUCUUUCUUUUUUCUUUCUCCUCCUGUGAUGAGGCUGCAUUUUAAUAUUUUAAUGUUUCAAUAUUUUAAUGUUGUAUUUUAAUCCUGUUUUUAAGUUGUAUUCAUUCAACUUGUUUUUAUUAUUGCUUGUUAGCCGCCCUGAGCCCAGCCUUGGCUGGGGAGGGCAGGGUAUAAAUAAAAAUUAUUAUUAUUAUUAUUAUUACUAUCUAUCUAUCAUCUAUCUAUAUCACAUAUCUCUAUCUUAGAAGAAGUAGUUGUUAAAUGGUGGUCAUACCAAUAUAUAACAUUGCUCAGCUCAUUUUAACUCUGCAAUCCUAUGUAUGUUUAUUCAGAAGUGAAUCUUCAACGGGAUGACUCCCAGGUAAGUGCAUAGCAUUGCAGCCGUGGUCUGGAUCCAACCCUUUAUGCAGCGCAGCUCAGGGAGAAUGUAAUUAAAAAUGGAAACAAGGAUUCCAAGAAUAGAAAUCACUCCCAGCAGCAAGUUCCUACUCCAAAGUCAAAACUAAAAGAACGUUCCCUGGUGGCCGGUGUUGCGGUCCUCAUCUAUAAUAAUAAUAAUAAUAAUUUAUUACGGCCGUAGGCCCAUACAGAUAAAAACAAGACAUAAAUAACAGCCUGUGCACAUGGGAAAAAAACAGCCGCUAAAACACUACUAUAACAAUAAGCUACUAUAAGAUGGAAUGGCAUACUACGCCUUAAUUAGCUUGUGGUGCUCCUUGGCGACGCUUUUGGGUAAGGACAGCGACCAGGAACCUAGCCACUUUCAGGGUCGUAUGGGCAUCCUUAUCCUGCAAGAUUUGGGCAAGGUGGAAUUUUGGUGGAGUACCCUCUAAUUUCUGUAUGAUUGAUCCCAACAAGUUUGCCCGUGGCACCUUAAAUAAGGGGCAAGUGAACAUAAUGUGCUGAAGCGACUCCGGCAUCUCCUUAUCACAUUCGCACAUGGCGGAGGUUUGGCCCUUUGAGAAUCUAUGUCUCAGGACAUUGGAGGGAAAAACAUUAAACCUCGCUUUGGUGAAGGCCAGCCUAUGGGCAACAGUCGAAAGGGAGGAGAGGUAUGAUGGAACGCAAUAAGUUAAAGUGAUACCAAUGUUCUGGGGCGAACAAACACCUCCCCCCAGCAUAUAAUUUUGCUGUAAAUCGAUGUCAUCCAGUCUUUGGCGGAUCAGUCUUUGAGCAGUGAUUUGAUCUAGUUUUAGGGAAUCUAAGGGAGAGAUUCCAUAGCUCAGGAGUUUGGCAUGAAUUCUACUGGUCCAAAGGCUGGGGAUUCAUCUCGCCAUAAGCAUUGGGCAAGGUAAUGGUCUGGUAAUCUAUGCCACAAUGAUAACCAAUAAUUGAAGACUUGCUUCCACAGGCAGGUUUCUAAGGAUGCGAUCCUCAAUUCUAAACGCAUGGCUGCGUUGCUUACGCACAGGGGAGCAUUAGGAGCCGACGUAGGAAUUGGUUUUGCAAAGUCUCAAGAGGAGCAAGGUCUGUCAUCACGACCCAGAGCGGGGCAGCAUAAGCAAGCACGGGAACCACUUUUGCCUUGAACACCUUUAGGGCCGAGGAACAUGCAAAGCUCCAUCCGAAAAGAAAAAUCGGAGGAGCGCAUAUGACAGAGUUUUGGCCUUAUUAAGUAGGUGUUGAAUAUGUGCUUUCCACCCCAAAUUGUAUUGAAAAAUAACUCCUAGGUAUUGAAAUUUUAGGACUUGCUCUAUUUUUGCUCCACCAAGCUUCCAUCUCAUCUACACAAUAGCAUCUUCCCCAGCAGCCUGAGAAUUGUAGUUCUGUUCAGACACUGGUGUUUGGAUACAGGCUCACUCAGAGCUCUAAUGGCUUACUGGAGAGCGCUAGAAAAAAUGUUUUAUUUGUAAAAUUAUUAUUUUUAUUUUAGAUAUUCCUAAACUGUCCUUUAAUUUAGUGGGCUGUAAGUACACCUUAGGCAAAUGAAAGGUUGUUUAUAUCACAGCUUUCUAAAAAACAACAACAACACAACCCCAUGCACAGAUUAAAAACAAAGAAACCCAAAGAGCAAUAGGAAAGCAACAGCAGCAGAAGAAGACGCCAGUCAUGGUACCAUCUCUUAACUUUCUGCCAAUUUUUUUUUUAAGGCUAAUAAGCUCCCUAGAAUUGGGCAGGUGAAGUAGCUUGGCAGGAUUGCCUCCAUAAUUGUGGCCCAUAUCCACCAUUUUUGCUAGCAGAUGGCAGGGUUUAAAGGUUGCGCAGCAAAGAAAUUCAAUGCAGCAGUUGCGCUAGUGGAAGUUUGUUGUGCAACAGCCAAUGUUUAUUGUGCAAUUUGUUUCACAGCAAUGCUUGGUAAAGUACUUAUGUUUUCCCUUGUCCAACAAUGUUUCGCCAGCGCAACAAGAACAUCACUAAUCAACUUUAACUUUGUGCUACAUUGGAUGCACUCUCAGCUCCCUCUGCAGUGAAGUCUUGUGCAGUACUGCUUUCUUCAAGGACUGCAAAUUUGAUGGAAUUUCCUGUCAGUAUAAACGCCUACUUAUUGUUUUAAUUGUGGUAGGAGGGUAGCCAUUGAAAUGCUGUACAAUCAACAAAAUAAAACAAGGGCGAUCUCGGAGUACCACUUUUCCUGAUGAUCUCUAGAGCCUGGAAAGGCAACAUUCUUUUUUUUUUUUUUUUUUUUUUUGCAAGUAAAUUUUUAUUCAGAAUUUGUAUAAAGAAAAGAAAAAAGAACUAACAAAUACAAAAAUAAACAUUUUAACAUAAAUUAUUCAUCCUAUUUUCAUACUUUACAAAAAGAAAGCAUAUGUUCAUACAAAAAUAAUAAUAUAACCAUUAGGCUCUCCUUAGCCUUUGACUUCCCUUCACCCUUUUGGUAAGUAUCAAAUAAGUCCCGGGUUGCGUAAUUAGUUUAUUAAAGUUUAUAGUUAUUAGCUGAUAAAGUUUUUCUAAUACCGCCAGUUCCUCCUAUAUAUCCGUUCCAAUAUAUUUCCAAAACUUACUCCAAUUUUUUGAAAUUUCUGGUCGUCUUGGUCUCGUAUUCUGCCUGUUAAUCUAUCUAGCUCGGCAUAGUUGAUCAUUUUGACCUGCCAGUCACUUAUGUUAGGAAUAGUUUCUAUUUUCCAGUUUUGUGCCAGCAUAAUUCUUGCGGCUGUGGUGGCAUAGAGAAAUAUUUUUUUAUCUUCAUUUUUUAUUUCCUUACCCAUUAUUCCCAGCAAAAAGGCCUCAGGUCUCUUGGGAAAAGUGUAUUUAAAAACUUUUUUAAGUUCAUUAUAAAUUGCUUCCCAAAAAACCCUCACCUGGAAAGGCAACAUUCUUGUGAUAAACAUAGUUUCUGAUGUAGUUGGUAGUUGUCAAAAUUCAAGGAAGCAGUGUGUGGUCCUUGAAUAAAUAAGGAUGUAAUUAAGAUGCACAGCUGGUCUUGAAUUCACUGUGAAGCUUUCCCAUCCACUACAGUGUUAUGUCUGGAGUUGGCAUUCUAGAAUAAUAGGCAGGGAGGAUUCUAGAAGGCAGCAUCUGAUUGGCAGUGGAGCCGUCCAAUCCGGCUCCAGAAGGGAAGUUUGAACUAACCUAUCAGGUGUGACCUAGGGUGUGGUUACAGGAUAUAUAGCCUGGGUCUGGGAGGGACUACAAGCCAGGCUACACCCUGACUGUUUUUAUCUGGCUACCCUGAAAUAAACUGAUGGCCUUUCUCUGAGUAUAUUUCAUACAGUGAGACAAAAAUUAGGUUGCAAGCUAAAAUUGCUUGUGUUUUUUUUUAAAGUUGCAUAUUUAGGCAAAUAAUGUUAUAUUAAAAAUAUGACUGUGUGGUUCUCCUAUUCUAUGUAUUUCAGCCUUCACUCACUCUGAUAGGCUAGUUUCACAUCUAAACAGCUACCAACUAUGACUUCUGCCCUUUAUCUGCAAUAUGAGUAGCAUACGGUCUUGAUUCUACAGCAGAAUCUGUGGGUACUUAGUCAACUCAUUCCAUAUAAGUUUGAAUGCAUAGUCUUUAUUUAGUCCACUGUGUUUGUAAGGCAGAGGCGAUGACUUGCAGAAACUCUCUCCACCCUUCCCCCCCUCUUCAGCAUCACCUUAAAAAAUUGGAGGGCAGACGCCUGGAUUUCGAUUACAAGAAGAAAAGGCAAGGCAAAAUCCCAGAUGAAGAACUCCGUGCGGCUCUGGAGAAGUUUGAUGAGUCAAAGGAAGUUGCUGAGUUGAGCAUGUUUAAUCUGCUAGAAAUGGAUGUGAGCAAAUCUCUUAUCUCCUUGGAAUGUGUUGUAGUAUUGACAUGUUUGCUGGCAGUUUAAUGACUUUUUAAAUGAGUAGAAAAACAAAACAAAAGAACUGAGUUUUGUGUUCAUGUUUCCUAGACUCUCUUCCAUGGAUAUGCAUCAUCGUAUUUCUUAAAACAACAGAGCUAGCAUGCACAAUAAUAAUGUUUUAUUUGUGUGCAAGCUAGUCUGUGUAUGGACUCUUAACAUAAGAAGCACCUUGCUGCCCCAGGCCAACAUCUAUCUAGCCCUCAUUCCAGAACCCAACUGGAAUCGAAUGAUUCUUACUCAGAAAAUGCCCAGUACUGAUCGAUCAGUCUGCCACUGGUAUACCAAUGGUUCUGCCCAUUUCCUGCUGAAGUGAGCUCCUAACACAAGUCUACAUACGUUUAUGUUCACUUUGGCUUUCCAGUCCAAUACAGAUAGUACUUUAUUCACCGUUUCUUGCAUGUUGGAGUGUUAGUGCCUUUACGAAAGCUCUUUGAAUAAGCUGCACGACGAUACGUUUUCAAUAUCUCCCUUUUUCAGAUCGAGCAAGUGAGCCAGCUAUCUGCCCUUGUACAAGCCCAGCUGGAGUACCACAGGCAAGCCACACAGAUCCUCCAGCAAGUUAGUUCCAAGUUGGAAGAGAGGUAACUAAAUAUUUCUGAUGUUCUUAAAAAAGGGGGGAGGGGAAUCUGAGGCUUAAUAUAUGUUUCAAUUUGUGUAUAUUGUCUGUGCAAACUUGUCAGUAGUGCUGAACCAGAAAAAACAGGCAUGAAAUUGUAUUGUUGAUCUGUUCAGUCUUUUAACACAUAACUUAAAUCCCAUUGGUUGCAGCCACCAGGAAGUAAGAUACGCAAGUGUAACUUAGGGCUGGAGCAUGUUAUAUUUUGCAGCAGGCACUCAACUGAAAACAUCAUCCACUCUACCACUACCACCACCACCAUCCCUAGCCUUACUAGUAUUCGCACAGUUGCUCCCAUGCCAGUAAAAGAACAGAUACAGAUGGAUUGAAAUGUUACUUCUAAAGACUGGUGGUGGGGUUAGUUCCCUUUUUUCAUUCUGAAGUCAUGUGUACCUAUUUCAGGUGUUGCAAAACUUGGAGCUGGCUUCUUUGCUUGUUUUAAAUUCUGUAAGUUGUUGACAGGAAGAUUUUGGAGCUUCCUAAGACAGUAUAUGCCUUUACACUUUUACUCAACUAUAUAUAGUCUUUCUACUGUUGACUUUAAGCACCUUGGACAAGUCCAGUCUGUUGCAUUCUAUCAAUGGAGAGUUGAAUAUAUUCAGUGAGCCAGGGAAUCUGCAUAGCUUCAGUUCCACUGCAAAUUUGACCUCAAACUGCAGAACAUGACAGCUUUGCAGAAACACAGCUUUCCUGAGGUCUUUUGCAAUCAGACCUUCCAGGAAAAAGUACAAAAGGAUCUACGAUGAUGAAGGGUUAUAAUCAGUGCUAUUUUUCUAGAAAAAGAGGUACCAGAGCUCACCGUGAACUUCUCUCUUGUUCUCUUAGAAUGGCAAUGGUGCUCACCUGAGAGGUGCUGGCGCUCUUGUGAGCUCUGGCUGAAAAAAGCCCUGGUUAUAAAUAUACCAAAACAAAACAGAACAAAAUAUCUAAGAGACUCCAGUUUAUUCAGAAUGCAAGGGAAACUUUUUGUCUUUCAUUAGUCUUGGUGUUUACGAUUUGCUGAUGAAUUGCAUGCUCAGGAUUUGCUUAUCUUCUGGCAGGAUAAAAGAUGCCUCAGUUCAGCCCAGAAGAGAGUAUCAGCCAAAGCCCCGCAUGAGUUUGGACUUCUCUGAAAACAAUCAGCACAACGGAGGGCUCUCUAAUGCCACCACUCCCAAGCCCUCAAGUAAGAGAAGGUGGAAAGGAGGGGUGGAGAACAUAUGAUAGUAAAGUCUCUCUGGGGGUUGCUCUGAAAAUUAAUACUAAACAAGGACAAACGCUGACAUGAGCGACUCCUGCAAUAGCAUUUUCAAUUUCUGGCUAGGAAUGCCCAAAGGUUGAAUUCUGUAGAAAGAUGCAUGGGCAGUAUCAGAUGUGGGAACACCUCACAUAAUUCACCAUGGAAGACAUGCACAGACUUUCCCCCUUGGAUAUGAGACAAGGAGCAUUGAAAAGCAGGGGCAUCUGUCAGCGCAAUUCAUUGGUUGAUCUCUCAUACAUUUUCCCCACUGUUCCUCCAAAAAGACAAAGCUGGCACACAUGACAUUGUCUCCUUUUAUUCUCACAGUACGUAUGAAUGAAUGAAUGAAUAUUUAUUUGCACCAGCCAUCGGCCAUAGCAAUAAAACAACAAUACGAUAUACAAAGAAUAAAAAAAGUCAAUUUUAUAAAAGACAUUUUAGGGUUUUGAAUCAAUAGUCAAAUAGUGGAUCUUAUUCUAAUUGUCCCAGCUAAAAACCUUGCAGCCUUUGCUGUCACCUGCUCAUCUUGAUCUGCCAAGAGAAAGGACACUGGGGCAGUGGCUGAGCAACCCGGAAUGGACAAUAAAAGAGGGGUGAUAAUCUCAUUCCUCAAGUCUUUAUAAAGAGUGCAAACCAGAAGGGCAUGUGCCACCGAUUCAGUGCUGCCAUCUCCACAGGGACAUAAGCGUUUUUCAUGUGGAAUCUGUUGGAAUCGUCCCUCAAGUACAGCCAUGGUCAAUACAUUCAGUCUUGCGAGAGUAAAAGCACAUCUACAUUUUAGAAUUGCUAGGUUAUUUAGAGUGCCAGAGAGUCGAGAUGGGAAGGUGGAAAAUAAUUAUACCAUGGGCAAAAUUUCCUUAUUGUGGCCAAGUUGUUCUGAUGCUCGAUAUCAUUUAGGCACUGACAGGUUGUGAGGUUGCAAUGCCUAAAGCCUCCAUGUGUUGCCGAUCCAAUGCCAUUCGUAGAUUUACCAACCCAACUGGCAGCAAAGACAGAAAAGGGUGGUGGCUCCUGAAAGAGGGGCCCAUGCUCACCUUCAUAAUCUGUGUUGACCAAAGACCUCCUGACUCCACCCCAGCUCAUUCAGUAUAAAAUGUGGUCCUGGUACUGGGUGCAAACCAUUGAAUAUGUCUAGGCUGAAGUAUGCAAUUCUUGGUCUGAGGACAUGAUCUAGACCACAGGCCAGUUUCCCUCAAGAUGCCCACCAUGCUCCUUUAAAAAAUAAAAUAAAAUAAAAUCAAGUGUUCCUAUGAAGCAAAAAUUAAAAACUCAGUUGACACAGUGUUGGGGUGCAUUUGUGCAUGCUCCCUGUGAGGUGUGGGUCUCUGUGUGGGUUGCCUCACUUGAUUUUGGCUACACCCAUUUCUGGUUUGGAGGGCCUCAGAGGGCCACCAAAUAAAGUUAGCUACUCCUGGCACAAGGGACGUGGGUGGCGCUGUGGUCUAAACCACAAAGCCUAGGGCUUGCCGAUCAGAAGGUUGGCAGUUCAAAUCCCUGUGAUGGGGUGAGCUCCCAUUGCUCGGUCCCUGCUCCUGCCAACCUAGCAGUUUGAAAGCACAUCAAGUGCAAGUAGAUGAAUAGGUACCACUCUGGCGGGAAGGUAAACGGUGUUUCUGUGUGCCGUACUGGUUUGCCAGAAGUGGCUUAGUCAUGCUGGCCACAUGACCUGGAAGCUGUACGCCGGCUCCCUCGGCCAGUAAAGUGAGAUGCGCGACGCAACCCCAGAGUCGGCCACGACUGGACCUAAUGGUCAGGGGUCCCUUUACCUUUAUCUUACUCCUGGCACAAAUGCUUCCACACACUGGGAACCCUGCACUCUCAGGUUUCCUGGUCGUGCUUAGAGAACCUACAUGUGUCCACCCCACUGAAUGUAGGGGAGUCAAGCGUGUUGCCAGCAGCCACGAUGUCCUUGCCAUGUGUUCCAUCAAUGAAAGUUUUGAUGGUGAGCGGAAGUCUCCAAUGGCAUUGUGGACGCCUGUCCUUUUACUGAGGUUUGUUGAACCCUCCAUGGACUUCCGAGCAUCAUUCCUGGGCCGCGUUCAGCUUAGUGAGUCGAAAGUUGCACAAGGUCCAUACUCGAGAAUAAGAAAAAAGUUUGUGCAAAUUGUGUGUGUGUUUGUGUAGGUAGCAGCCAAAUUGGGAUGGUUGCACGGGGAUAUGGAGGUUAAUAUGUCCUCCCAUGUCCCAAACCUAUGCUAUAACCAGACAUUUAUCAGCUAGUAUGACUACUCUCCUCAGCCAGUCCAAGGGCCCAUCUGGUCCAGCAUUUUUUUUAUGCUGGACCAGAUUUAUUUAUUUUUGCCAUGUGUAGGGUACCUGGUUCCCUUCAGUUGUCACUGCCUACAGUGCCCACCAUCCCUUGCCAUGCUGGCUGGGGCUGAUGAGGGCUGGAGGGCACCACGUUGCCUACCCCUGACUUCUGCCAGUAUUGAUUUCUCUCUCUCUCUCUAAGCGCCUUUGUUUUUGUUCCCCUCUCUUCCCUCUGCUUCCUCUGCAGAUGUUCCCAUGGACCAGCCGUGCUGUCGAGCUCUGUAUGACUUCGAUCCUGAAAACGAAGGGGAGCUGGGCUUUAAAGAGGGUGAUAUCAUUACCCUCACUAACCAGAUUGACGAAAACUGGUAUGAAGGCAUGCUUCAUGGCCAGUCGGGCUUCUUCCCUAUUAAUUACGUGGAUAUUCUCGUCGCUUUGCCUCAUUAGGAGGGCCGAGUCACCGUGUCUUAAUCUCUCCCCCUCCCUCGAGAAAUAAAUAAAACAGGUCAUGUGUCGACACCACUGCUUUUUAAAAACAAAGCAAUGAAUACAUAAUAUGGCUGCUUACUCCACAUCACAAAUACAAGCUGCGGUGGUGAUUUUUUCUUAAAACAAAAACAAAAAACCAGUCAUCGGGCCCCCACAGACAAUCCUUGGUUUUCGUGUUGUCAUGCUACAUCGUGGUGAUGCGUGUUAUCUUCUCCAGGCUGUGUGCCCAGGCACGUGGGACUUUCACGUUCACACACGCAUGGUUGCCACAGAGAAUGAUGGGGGGAGAAAGUGGCGGUAGGCGAUUUGAGUCAGUCAUAGUGUUGGGAAUGGGGGAUGCAGUUGAGUUAGCUGGGAAGAAAAGUGUGUCGCCAGUCUACUGCCAUUUUAGUUCUCCCAUCGAAAGCGGGGAGCUGGGUCGCGCCCCUGAUUGUUCCAUCUUUCCCUUCCCAAAUGUUGCGGUUUAUGCGGGCCUAAUAUCGCUAACCAGCUUCUCAUGUCGUUCUUCUCUUAAAAAGGAAAAAAUAAAGGGGGAGGGGAAAGACAGAGUCCUGUCCUUGGAGAAACAGCAUAGCGUAUAUUUCAGUUUCUCCGUAGAUGAAUCGCCACUAUUCUAUACCCGCUGUUGGCGUAGAACCAGCUUUUAUAUACGCAAUAGUUAAAUAGAGGCCUGUGCAGUAUCCAGGUUACCUUUUGAAAACAUCCAAAGGCCAGGCCAGGAAAGUAAAGCGCCACAAGCCAAUGUGGCUUUCCUCAGAAAUGUUGGACAUAACAACAACAACAACAACAACAACAACAACAACAACAACCUAAUGCCAGCAGCAAAUAGAUGAUGCUAGAAGAAAAACCUAAAGAAACAAACAAACACAACUGUUUUCACUUUGUGUAAAGUCUAGGCACAGAAAAACAACAACCCCAAUAUUAUUCUACAUCUUCACUGAAAAAUAAUAAUGAAAAGCAACUCACGUUAUGUAAUUUUUAUUUUCAUCUACCUUGUGUUCUUCGAACAUCAUUUGUGUAUAUUCUGCCCUCAGUGAGGACUAAACAAAACAAAACAGAAGAAUCUUUGUGCUGAGCAAUUAAAGCGACAUGUGGCUAUAUAUGCAAAAACAUUCAAGUUGAUUUUUCCUCUCCAGAGUCAUAUAUAUAUAUAUAUAUAUAUAUAUAUAUAUAUAUAUAUAUCCCGUUCUGCGUCCUACAUUUUGUGUGUGCAUAGUGAUGUCUCUAGCUGAUUCACUGUUCCUAUUUUUGGUAACUGCUGUAAGAGUUUGUUUUAAUUUGAGUUGCCCAGAGUUCUAUUUAUCUACGUACAUAUAUAUUUCUAUAUGUACAGACUCUUCCUGCACUGCUUUGGACGUGCCGCUUCAGUAUUGGACCAUGUGAAACGACGGCAAUCCUCCUGCUUUUAAUGUAUAAACUUAUACCAUGGAGAGCAUUGUUAUUUCAAAUAAAAAUGCGGAUUGACUAGUGAA